AGGCUUUUUUAUCGAAAUAACUUGCGUAAGGUGAUUAUUAUUUGAUGAGACGCAAUAUUGUAGCAACUAUUUGUCGUAUUUUUUUAGCUAAUAUACUAUUUUUUUCGAGCGUAUUAUCGUGAUUUGAUAUUCCAUUUGAGUCUAACUAAAAAUUAUACUAUUCGCCAUUUGCUAUCUCAGAAUUAUAACUACUAAGACUAACAUUCGAAUUAUAGUGGGUAACUGUUAUAUUGGAAGGUAUUGUAAAUUCUUCUCAUCUGUAGUCUGCAGCUGUAUAAUUUAAUUAGAACUAAGUAACAAGUAGUUCAAUAACUCUUAGUAAGCUUUUGACUAAGAAGUUUCUAAGAUGGUUCUGGCGUCCGUGGACAUGGUUCUCGGCUCCUGCCUGACUGGGGUAUGAAGCAGCCACCUGACUGGGAGCAUCCCACGGCUGCCUCCGGCAGUUCGUGGGAUGUACGGAGUCCCCGGAGGCGAAGGAGGAAGUCUACUCUUCAUCCUAGUGAAGAGAUAGAAGAGUUGGAGGCGGAGCUAAUGGUUGAAAUGGCAUCAUCAAGAAGGUGUCGAAGCGAGGAAGAGAUGACCACCGGGUGUAGUACGCACUUGGAGAAGAAGUCGAUUGAUAGGAGUGGACGCCUGUUAGUCGGAGAUUCUGAGUCAUCCAGUAGUAGCUUCUGGUACCAAAAAACUGCUCCUCUAGGAGCAUCUUCAACAGCAUCUUCUCAACUAGACAACCAUAACUACUAUCCACAUGGCAAGGCUCCUAUGACUAGUAGUGGUGCUCCUCUUGUGGAGAAGGAUGAGCGCACGGAAAUGAGAGAGUGGGUGCAAGAUCUGAGGGAGUGGACGCCUGAAGAUUGUAGCACGGCUUUCUCUAUCGGAACUAGUAGCCGUGGAAGUAAGCAGGAUCUCUGGUAUAGACGGCGCGGCAAAAGAAGACGAAAGCGCGGUCGGGAAGCAGAAGAGACGUCUCCUCUAGCAGAGACCACUCGUGCUCUUGAACAAGAAAAACAGGGUCAACAUCUUCGUUCAAGCAAAUGCUUUCUCCCCUCCUCAACAUCAAAGCAAAGCAAGAGAUCAACCCCUGAUAGAAAACAACUACAUGCGCGACAUGAAAGGCAGCGAGGGUUUAGCGUGAUGUCGUUUUUCUUCUUCGUCUUCGCCUAUCUGUUUGUGCAAACGGAGGCAUUCGUGCUGGUUAGUAACUACGGUGACAUCACCCUUUUAGGUCCCGUGGACAUCGACCCAGCGUUGGAAGACCCGAAGAUUAACUUUCGGAAGGUAAUCAUACUACUAGAUGGUUGUUUGGAUGGUAUCAGCAGGUAAUGCAUUUUUGGAGAACAAUCAAAAAGACAUCAAAUAAAACCAAUCGUCCCAAUCCAAAACCGAAACCACCCCUCAGGACGGCCUAAUCAAGUGGACUCUGAAGACCAUGAAUAAGUACACGAUGGCAGCAGCUAACAUUGGACAAGAUUUAGUCGUCUCGGGUGGUGUAGGGAUGGCAGAUAUGUUGAUCAUCACGCCAGACGCCAGAGCCUUCUUCAACACAACACUGAGUGUCUUCAACAAGGUCGAGUUCGGAGACGAUUUGCGCGUCUUCAAACAGACAACGUUGGGGGACAAAUUGUCAGUGACAGAUGUUGUGCAUCUUGGUACGUUUGAUUUUUAGACUUUUUCGACUUUUGCAUUGAUUUUAAGUUAAAGUUUUUCACUAAGUAAGUAUGUUACCUCAAGUUGUAGUACAUACUCACUAAGUAUCUUACCUCAAGUUGUAGUACAUACUGUUAUAUUAGACUUUUGCAUUGUAGUUCGUGGUUUGGUUUGAUCACUUGGAUUGAUGCAGUAGGUUUCCGUGUAGAUGUUGUAGUAUAAAUAUCUUGUGUUGAUGAAGUUCUUGUCACAGUAUCGUUUGCAUCACUCCCAUCAACUACAAUUCCCUCAUCGUGAACAAGCAAUGACGCCUCCAAGUUGUACCUGUCAGCCUCUCUCCACCACGUCUCUCAACCCUCUCAAUACUGUCUGACCAUCCCUCCUCUCAACCCUCUCCAGGUGAGGAAGUGUCUGUCGCUCAGAGCGCAUACAUGGGCUACAAGCUGUCAGUUUUCGGACACGUAGACUGCGGUAGCACGUGCACAGUAACGAACUGGUGCUACCUCGGUAGCUCUCUGUCCGUGAAUCAGUUCGUGCGUAUGGGUAGUACCUUGUCGGUGCGUCAGUUCGCGAGACUUGGUAGCUACCUAUCCGUUGGAACCUACGCGCGAUUGGGCAGUGCUUUGUCCGUAUUCGGAACGGUGCGUUUCGGAUCAAGUUACUCUGUGUUGGACUUCGUGUCGAUGAGUAGCUCUCUCUCCGUCGCCAGUUUCGCGCGUUUGGGCCAGGCACUGACGUGCUACGAACAGGCUAGAUUGGGCAGUUCCCUCUCCUGUCUCGAUUUCGUGCAAUUAGGAAGUAUGCUUUCCAUCCGAUCACUGAUGCGAAUGGGCUCUACGUUCUCGAUCUACGGUAUCGCAAACUUGGGAAGUGCACUGUCCGUCCUCGACUACGCACACAUGGGCAGUAGUUUCUCUUUGCGAAACUUCCAGCGAGGCGGUUCCACACUGUCCGUGUACGGUCUGGCCAGACUGGGGUCUACUCUGUCGUUAUUGGACUUCGUGCACACGGGUUCGGCGGUGUCUCUGCGUAGCUUCAUGCAGGUUGGGAGCAGUAUUUCGAUCUACGGGUUUUCGAGUCUCGGAUCUUCGCUGUCGAUCUUGGACUUCGUGUCGUUCGGAAGCAGCACUUCAUUGCGAAGCAUGGUGCGGAUAGGAAGCGCGUUGAGCGUAUACGGACUCUGCAGGUACAUACUUGGAAACUGACAUCUGGAGGAUAUCUUUUGUUGAGUGAAGAGAGAGUAGAACAAUACGUUGUAAGACAAUUGUUCAGUAGUUUAAUAUUAUUUCAUGAUCCAUCACGUUGUCGUGUGUGUCUUAUUUUGAGGAGACCAUUCAUCUUUUGAUAGAUGUUGACGGUCUCAUCCUUCUUUUGGUAGAUGACAGACUACAAAGCUCGUUUUAACUUUUCAAAAUGACGAUACUUUUCAAAAUGACGAAAAAAUUCACAAGUUCGUCAAACUCUCUGACUCGCACUCUCAAGAAAAUGAAAGUUAUAAGAAAUUCACUAAACUCCGCGUCACUCACACUCAGGUUCGGUUCGUCAGUGUCAUUGCUGGACCAGAUUUCAUGUGGGUCGAGUCUUUCACUGAGAACCUUUCUGCGCUUCGGAAGCUCUAUGUCGGUCUACGGUUUGGCGAAGAUUGGGAGUUCCUUUUCCAUUCUCGACUACACCCAGAUUGGCAGUUCCAUGAGUGUCCGCAAGUUCGUGCGCAUAGGCAGUGCACUCAGCGUCUACGGCGUGUACCGAUUGGGCAGUGGACUCUCAGUGUUGGACUUUCUGCACUUGGGAUCUAGUCUGAGUAUCCGUGGGAUGACGCGCAUCGGCAGCAGUCUCUCGGUGUAUGGCUUGUCCUUUUUAGGGAGUUGCCUGUCGUUGCUAGACACAGCGCAGUUGGGCAGCAGCUUGAGUGUGCGCAGCUUCGCGAGGAUGGGUAGUGCCAUUUCGAUGUACGGCUUCGCACGACUCGGAUCCUGCCUCUCAACCUUGGACGCGGUGCACGUAGGCAGCGCUAUGUCUUUGCGAAAUUUCGCAAGACUAGGUAGUUCGGUGUCCGUUUUCGGAUUGGCAAGAAUUGGCAGUUGCAUUUCCGUUUUGGACUCGAUUUCGGUGGGCAGUGCCUUGAGUAUCCGAGGUUGCGCACGAUUGGGCAGUUCUAUGUCAGUCUACGGCAUUGUGCGUUUCGGCAGCUGCUUGAGUAUCUUGGACGCUGUGAGCUUCGGAUCCGGCCUGUCUGUGAGGAUGCUCUCUAGAUUGGGUUCCUCGUUGUCAGUCUACGGCAUCACGCGCUUCGGAAGUUGCUUCUCGCUGUUAGAUCGCGUGCAUUUAGGCAGUUGCUUGUCCUUGAGAACGUUCUUCCGAUGUGGGUCAACCUUGUCCGUCUACGGCAUGACUCGUAUCGCUAGUACGCUGUCAUUGCUCGACUGCCUGCAUCUAGGGUCUUCGCUCUCCUUGCGAACGUACAUGCGCAUUGGUAGCGGACUGUCAUUGUACGGAUUGACGAGAUUAGGAAGCAGCAUGACGGUUUUGGACUUCGUGCACCUCGGAUCGAGUAUCUCAUUGCGCAACUACUGCCGAAUCGGAUCUUCUCUCUCCGUCUACGGCAGCACGUGGUUCGGAAGUGAUCUUUCCGUGACGGACUUCGUGUCCCUGUCCUCAAGUCUCUCCAUCCGAGCGUUUGCGCGCGUGGGUUCCAGCAUUUCCGUCUACGGAGUAACCAAGAUCGGAAGCGGAUUGUCGGUUCUGGACUUCGCCUCUAUGGGUAGCGUUGUUUCCAUCCGUAACUUUGUGCGCAUCGGCUCGGCGAUCUCGAUCUACAGCUUGGCGAGGAUGGGAUCCUACCUCUCAGUCCUAGACUUCAACACCUUCGGAAGUAGCAUGUCCGUACGAGGCUUCUCGCGAUGGGGGAGUGCUGUAUCCCUCUUCGGAACCGCUAGAUUUGGAUCUGCGCUGUCCUUGCUAGACAUGAUCUCCUUCGGGAGUUCCUUUUCGCUCCGAAACAUGGGACGUUGCGGCUCCAGUAUGAGUUGCUACGGCAUGCUCAGCCUGGGAUCUCAACUCUCCGUUCUAGACAGCGUGCACAUGGGAUCUGCUCUUUCGGUGCGAUCGUUCUGUCGACUGGGCAGCUCCAUGUCGGUGUACGGCAUGAUGCGCAUCGGCAGUUCGGUUUCGGCUAUGGACUUCCUUAGUCUAGGCUCAACAUUGAGCCUGCGCAGCUACGCACGCUUGGGUUCUGCACUCAGUGUGUACGGGGUUGGACGCAUGGGCAGCAUCUUGUCCAUCCUGGACACGACACAAGUAGGAAGCGCGCUUUCGAUCCGUGGAUUCGCACGAUUAGGAAGUUCCUAUUCCGUGUACGGAAUGGCCUACUUCGCUUCUGCGCUCUCCGUCCUAGAUGCGAUCCACUUCGGUAGUUCCAUGUCUUUCCGAAGCUUUCUGCGCAUGGGUGAGACCCGCUUGUCCGUCUACGGCAUGGUCCGACUUGGAAGCAGCAUGUCUCUGCUCGACUACUUCCACGCAGGCAGCAGCUAUUCUCUGAGGAAUUUCGUUCGUCUCGGAUCCAGUUGCAGUGUCUACUCUCUGGCGAGGAUUGGAGCCAACAUUAGUGUGUUGGACUUCUCGCACAUUGGUAGCAGUCUCUCCGUGCGUGAUUUCGGUCGAUUUGGCUCCGCAAUCAGCGUCUUCGGAUGUGGCCGUUUCGGAAGCACAAUGAGCAUCCUGGACUGCGUCAGUCUAGGAAGUGGAAUUUCCAUUCGUGCCCAGUGCCGACUUGGCAGUGCUUUGAGUGUCUACGGAUUAGUGAAAUUGGGCAGCUGCUUGUCCAUCCUCGACUAUGUGCAGAUGAGCUCAAGUUUGAGUUUGCGAAACUUUGCACGUCUAGGAUCCAGCUUGUCGUUGUACGGGUUCACAAUGCUCGGAUCGGCCCUGUCAAUUCUGGACUACAGUUCAGUGGGAAGCACCGUCAGUCUACGAGGCUUCUUCCGCGUAGGCAGCGCCAUGUCCGUCUACGGCGCAACGAGGCUCGCUUCGAGUUUGAGUGUUUUGGACUUUUUGCUCAUGGGCAGCAGCAUGUCUUUACGUGGAUUCGCACGAGUAGGCAGCGCCAUGUCGGUUUACGGCAUGUCACGACUAGGUAGUUCGCUCUCCGUGCUCGAUUGGGCCUACAUUGGCUCUGCAGUGUCUUUGAGAGGAUUCUGCCGACUCGGAAGUUCGAUGUCCGUCUAUGAGUUGUGCAGAUUAGGCUCCAGCAUCUCAUCUCUUGACUACCUGCUUCUAGGAAGCGCGAUUUCCAUCCGAAGUGGCACAAGACUGGGCUCUUCCUGCUCCGUGUACGGAUUGUCGAAGUUUGGGAGCAGCAUGUCCAUUCUGGACUACGUGAACUUCGGGAGCACGCUGUCAGUCCGAAAUUUUUGCCGCCUAGGCAGCUCGUGCUCGGUUUACGGCGUGUGCUAUGCCGCCAGUUCCCUUUCAGUGCUAGACUUUGUGCAGUUCGGAAGUUCCAUGUCUUUGAUGAGCUUCUGCCGAUUAGGAUCGUCCUUCUCGCUCUACGGAUGCGGCCGAUUCGGAUCCAACUUGUCGAUUUUGGACUAUGUCACUCUAGGAAGCUCACUUUCGCUACGAUCUUUUUUGAGAAUUGGUAGCACGAUGUCGCUCUACGGCAUGCUAAGAUGCGGAUCGCAGUACUCAGUCCUCGAUUUCAUCAGCUUUGGCAGCGCAGUUUCGCUCCGCAGCUUCAGUCGUAUUGGCAGCAGUUCCAGUGUCUACGGCAUGCUCCGCAUGGGAUCCAUGCUCUCUGUUCUAGACAGCAUCCACUUAGGCUCCGCUCUGUCCGUCCGUUCUUUCUUGCGCAUGGGCAGCUGCCUCUCGAUGUACGGCGUGGCCAGGUUGGGCAGCAACAUUUCCAUUCUGGACUACGUACAGGUGGGGUCGGCGGUGUCCGUGCGCACCUGCAUGCGCAUCGGAAGUUCCAUGUCCUUAUAUGGUUUAGGUCGGAUCGGAUCGCAAAUCUCGAUUCUGGACCACUUCCACUUGGGCAGCAGCGGCAGUCUUAGGAGCAUGUUUCGUGGGGGCGAUCGACUGAGCGUCUACGGCUGUGCACGACUGGGUAGCGGAUUGUCGGUUUUGGAUUCCACGUCUCUAGGUAGCUCGUUCUCGUUGCGAGGGUUCGCGCGACUCGGAAGCUCGCUUUCUGUCUACGGGAUCGGUCGAUUUGGGAGCGCGAUGAGCAUCUUGGACUUCGUGCACAUGGGGAGCACUAUUUCCUUGAGAAACUUUGCGCGCGUGGGCAGCAGCUGCUCGGUCUACGGCAUGGUCCGGCUGGGCAGUGCGUUGUCCGUGCUGGACUUUCUGCACCUGGGCUCUUCCGUGUCGGUGCGCUCGAUGGCGCGCCUGGGUAGCUGCAGCUCGGUCUAUGGCCUUGCGCGCUUGGGUUCCGCACUAUCGUGUCUGGAUAUGAUUGGGCUCGGGUCCGUGCUCUCCAUCCGGUCCUUUUCCCGAUUGGGCUCCAGCAUGAGUCUCUACGGCUUGAUGCGGAUUGGCAGUGGCUGCUCAGUCCUGGACUACGUCAACUUCGGUAGCAGCAUGUCUCUGCGCAGUUUUGGCCGCUUAGGCUCUAGUUUGUCGAUCUUCGGCAUCGGCCGCUUCGGAUCGAGCCUUUCCGUCUUGGACAGCAUCCUCAUGGGAAGCAGCUUCUCGAUCAAGUCCUUCGUGCGUCUCGGCAGCAGCGCGUCUGUCUACGGCUACAUGAAACUCGGCUCGCAAUGCAGUGUCCUCGACUUCUUCACGCUAGGAAGUUCAGUUUCCCUUCGCGGAUUUUGCCGCAUUGGUAGCAGCUUCUCGGUCUUCGGACUCGCGAAUCUAGGAUCGCAAUUGUCGUUGCUGGACUACGUCACCCUCGGGUCAGCGCUCUCGUUGCGUUCGUGGGCACGACUCGGAAGCACGCUGUCCGUCUACGGUUGCAGCCGUCUCGGAUCCAGCAUGAGUAUCCUCGACUACGUGCACCUGGGUUCGUCCCUCAGUCUCCAGUCCUUCUACAGACUGGGAAGUAGCAUGAGCACCUAUGGCAGUACCUACUUGACGCAGGAGUUGAGCGUGAUGAUGUGGGUCUCUAUUUCUAGUUCCCUAUCUGUGCGCUCCUUCUCGCGUUGCGGAUCUGCAGUGAGCAUCUACGGAAUCUCGCGAUUCGGUUCUCAGUGCUCCGUCUUGGACGCCAUUACUAUUGGGAGUAGCUUCUCCAUCCGUAGCUUCAUGCGUAUGGGAUCGACGCUGUCCGUGUAUGGAUUGGCAUUGCUGGGAAGUGCGAUUUCAGUAUUGGACGUUGCGCAUGUCGGUUCUUCCCUCUCCGUGCGUUCGUACAUUCGCGCAGGCGCAUUCUCCGUGAAGGACUACACGCGAUUGGCGAGUACGCUUUCUGUGCGUGCCUACGUGCGCAUCGGCAGCGCUUUAUCCGUGAUGGGAACCGCUCGUUGCGGCUCUACCCUCUCCUGCCUCGACUGGUGGCAUGUGGGGAGCGCGUUGUCCAUCCGCAGUUACGGCCGAUUCGGAAGCAGUUUGUCGAUCUUCGGUCUGGCCCGUUUAGCUUCGGGUUUUUCCGUGUUGGAUUUCGUGCACUUUGGAAGUUCCCUUUCCUGCCGAUCCUUCUCCAGAUUGGGCUCAGCAUUGUCACUGUACGGAUUGGCAACAUUUGGAAGUACAUGCUCGAUCUUGGACUUCUUGAUGCUUGGUAGUUCAUAUUCUGCGCGAACCUUCUCGCGGUUCGGUAGUUCCUUGUCGAUCUACGGAUGCUCGCGAUUCGGCAGUGCACUUUCGAUGCUCGACUAUGCGCACUUCGGAUCGAUGUUCUCCUUGAGAAACUUUGCUCGUUGCGGCAGCUUCUGCUCCAUCUACGGCGUCACAAGGUUGGGAUCCAGCGUUUCCGUGCUGGACUUCUUCUCGUUGGGAAGCACACUGUCGCUUCGUGGCUUCGUGCGCAUGGGUAGCAGCUUGAGUAUCUACGGUUUGUCCAAGCUGGGAAGCAGCUUGUCCACCUUGGACUACAGCAGUUUCGGAAGCAGCAUGUCUUUGCGUAGUUUUAGUCGAUGCGGCUCCAGCUGUUCUGCCUACGGCAUGUUCCGAUUCGGAUCGGCGCUCUCUAUGUUGGAUGCAAUGCACAUGGGCUCAGCUUUCUCAUUGCGAUCUUUCGCCAAGAUUGGAAGUUCCACUUCGACCUACGGCAUUGCAACUCUCGGCUCCGCACUGUCGGUCUUGGACUUCCUGACGCUUGGCAGUUCGCUGUCCUUGAGGCAGUUCGCACGCUUGGGUUCAGCGUUGUCGCUCUACGGUGUCGCGCGCUUAGGAUCCAGCAUGUCCUGCCUCGACUACGUGCAUCUCGGAAGCGCCAUGUCGUGCCGCAGCUUUGUCAGAUUCGGCUCGUCGCUCUCCGUCUACGGCUUCACCAAUAUCGGUAGCGCGUUCUCGUUGCUAGACGCUGUAGCACUAGGAAGUUCGCUCAGUAUCCGCGGCUUCGCACGAUUGGGAUCGGCUUUGAGUGUCUUCGGGUUGAUGAAAUUGGGAUCCGGAAUCUCCGUUCUGGACUACAUCACCUUCGGAUCUAGUCUGUCCCUGCGUUCGUACGUGCGCUUGGGCAGCGCGUGCAGUGUCUACGGCAUGCUCAAAAUUGGAUCUUCCAUGUCCAUCUUAGAUCACAGCAGUUUGGGAUCCACGCUCUCGAUUCGUGGCUUUGUCCGAUUCGGAAGCUCCAUCUCGAUCUACGGAUUCUCAAGGAUCGGUAGCAGCAUGUCCAUUCUGGACUGCUGCUCUCCAGGUAGUGCAGUGUCCCUGCGAUCCUUUGCCCGGCUCGGAUCAAGUCUGAGUACCUACGGCUUUGCGUCGUUGGGAAGCGCGUUCUCCAUGGUAGACUUCGCGCACGUCGGAAGCGCUCUUAGCAUUCGUACGUUGGCGCGACUAGGCUCCAGUAUUUCCUGCUAUGGCAUUGGCCAAUUUGGCAGCAGCAUGUCGGUUUUGGACUACGUCUUCCUUGGGAGCGCAAUGUCCGUGCGAACCUUGGCACGAUUGGGCAGCUCGCUCUCUGUCUACGGCAUCAGCCUGUUCGGAAGCUCGCUCUCCCUGCUCGACACCUGCUUCGUUGGCAGCAGCGUUUCGCUUCGUACCUUUUCGAGAUUGGGCUCUAGCAUGAGUAUCUACGGCGUGACCGUGCUGGGGAGUGGACUUUCCGUGUUGGACACGAUCUCUGUCGGAUCAUCGCUGUCUGUGCGUUCGAUCGCUCGUUGCGGCUCGUCCUACUCCAUCUUCGGAUUAGCAAGAAUCGGCUCAGCUUUGUCGGUGCUCGACUUUGUGUCUGCUGCUUCCGCAUUCUCCGUGCGCAGCAUGUCCCGCAUCGGCUCGUCCUUCUCGUGCUACGGUCUCUGCAGACUUGGUUCCUCAGUGUCCGUUUUGGAUUACACCAGCAUGGGCAGCAGUCUCUCUUUGCGUGGCUUUUCGCGUAUGGGAUCAGCCCUCUCCGCGUAUGGUUUCUUGAGAAUCGGAAGCGGACUCUCCGUGCUCGAUGCGGCUUGGAUCGGUAGCUCCUUGUCUAUUCGAUCCCUUGCGCGUCUCGGUUCCGCUGUCUCGCUGUACGGUAUCGCGCGUAUGGGCAGCAACUUCUCGUUGCUCGACGCCGGAUCCGUUGGUAGCGCAAUGUCGUUGCGCGGUCUGGUUCGCUUGGGCAGCAGCUUGAGUGUCUACGGCUUGGCGCGUAUCGGAAGCUCUAUCUCGAUCUUGGACUAUGGCAGCUUCGGCUCCAGUUUGAGUUGCCGAUCGUUCCUGCGCUUCGGAUCCUCCAUGAGCGCCUAUGGUGUGUGCCGCGUUGGCAGCAGCUUUUCGAUCCUCGAUGUUGUCAGCAUCGGAUCUGCAUUGUCGGUCCGGUCGUUUAGUCGUUUGGGCAGUUCAUUGUCCAUCUACGGCUUCACGCGCAUUGGGUCUAGCACUUCCUGCUUGGACUUCUUCCACGUCGGAUCCAGCAUGAGCAUCCGCAACUUGAGUCGUCUCGGCAGCAGCUUAUCCGUCUAUGGAAUCUCGCAUUUCGGCAGCAGCGUCAGUCUCUUAGACUUCUUGACGUGUGGUAGCGCACUGUCACUGCGCUCGCUGGCGCGUUUGGGAUCCGCCUUGAGCAUCUACGGAAUGAGCUUCUUGGCCUCUAGCGUAUCGAUGAUGGACUUCAUCAACAUGGGAAGUAGCAUUUCGCUCCGUACCUUCUCGCGCUUCGGCUCUACCAUGUCCGUGUACGGUGUGACACUGUUUGGCAGCUCCUUGUCCAUUCUAGACUACGCCUGCUUGGGCAGCGGUUUUAGCACACGUAGUUUUGGGCGACUUGGUAGCACUCUGAGUCUGUUCGGCAUCUCGCGCUUCGGAUCGUCAAUGUCGAUGCUGGACUUCCUGGGCAUGGGAUCGUCUUUGUCAUUGCGCAAUUACGCUAGAUGUGGAAGUUCCAUGAGCGUGUACGGAACGAUCCGCUUCGGAUCCGCAUUGUCGAUAUUGGACAUAAUCAAUGUCGGCAGCGCAAUGAGCAUUCGCGGUGUGUCGCGAUUAGGCAGCGCCUUUUCGGUCUAUGGCUUCAGCCGAUUGGGAUCAAGCUUGUCCGUUUUGGACUUCGUCGCACUCUCGAGUAGCAUGUCUGUCCGCGGCUUCUCCCGCUUCGGCAGCUCCAUGUCGUUGUACGGUUUGACGCGAUUGGGCAGCUCCUUCUCGGUGCUGGACUACUGCCACAUUGGCAGCAGCGUUUCUAUCCGAUCGUUCGUGCGAAUCGGUAGUUCCUUCUCGUGCCGCUCCAUCUACGAGCAUCCGGCGAUUGUGAACGCGGCUCUGCGUAUUGAGGAUUACGUACAGACGGCGUCGACCUUCUCUGUACGCUCAUUUGUGCGUCUGGGCUCCGCAUUAUCCGUCUACGGCACUGCACGACUGGCUUCGGCUCUGUCGGUAUUGGACAUGGUCUCGAUCGGAUCCGGCUUUUCGUGCCGUAGCUUUGUCCGCUUGGGGUCGGCACUAUCUGUCUUCGGAAUCAGCAGAAUGGGAUCGCAAAUGAGCAUCUUGGACUUCCUGCACGUGGGAUCCUCGAUCUCUGUGCGUACCUUCACUCGUAUCGGAAGCUCCGUUUCCAUCUACGGCAUGAUCCGCACUGGGUCCAACUUGUCUGUCUUAGACUUUUUCAACAUCGGAAGCAGCAUGUCCGUUCGCUGCUGUGUGCGCAUGGGCAGCGGCUGCAGCGUCUACGGCAUGAGCCGACUAGGCAGUGCAUGCAGUGUAUUGGACUACCUGCACAUCGGAAGUUCUUUGUCCGUGCGAUCCUUCGGUCGUCUCGGCAGCAGCUGCAGUGUCUACGGUGUGAGCCGCUUCGGCAGCGCUUUAUCCGUGCUUGACUCGAUCUCAGUCGGAAGCUCUCUGUCGAUUCGCGGCUUCACUCGCUUUGGAUCUUCGCUUUCCGUCUACGGCUUGUCGAGAUUCGGAUCUGCAUUAUCAAUUCUUGAUUCCUUCUGUGUCGGCAGCAGUUUUUCUCUCCGUAGCUUCAUCCGAUUGGGAUCUGGCGUGUCCGUCUUCCAGUCGCACAUGCGAUUUGGAGCCAACAUGUCCGUGCUAGACUACUUCUGGCUGGGCAGCAGCAUGUCUCUGCGAGGCAUGUUCCGCUUAGGGUCUGCGACAUCUGUCUACGGCAUGGCGCGUUUCGGUAGUGGAAUGUCUCUCCUCGACGCGGUUCACUUAGGAUCGAUGCUCUCCAUGCGUAACUUCUGCCGUAUGGGGAGCAGCAUCUCGGUCUUCGGCCCCACGCGAUUCGGAGAUCAGAUGUCUAUGUUGGACUACUUCUCUCUGGCCUCGUCCUUGUCGGUGCGGUCCUUCGCACGCUGCGGAUCUUCCUGCUCGGUCUACGGCUUCACUCGACUGGGAUCUAGCUUCUCGGUUUUAGAUGCAGUGCACGUCGGUACCUGCAUCUCCAUCCGUGGCUGGGCUCGCCUGGGCAGCGCCGGUUCCCUCUACGGAGUCAGCCGCCUAGGAAGCAGUUUGUCGGUGUUGGACUUUGUGUCUAUGGGAAGCUCCCUGAGCUGCCGCGGUUUCUUGAGGCUUGGAUCAGCAUUGUCGAUGUACGGAACUUGCCGCAUCGGGUCUGGAAUGUCGUUGCUGGAUUUCUGCCACAUCGGCAGUUCGCUCAGCGUCCGCAACUGCGCACGCCUCGGGAGUUCGCUCAGUCUGUACGGCUGCAUGCGCAUCGGCUCCAACGUGAGUUUAUUGGACUUCUUGUGCAUUGGCUCCAGCUUGUCCCUGCGCACGUUUGGUCGCCUAGGAUCCAGUGUGUCCUGCUACGGCAUGGGCCGCUUCGGCAGCUGCUUGUCGGUUCUAGACAUGCUCUCGCUCUCCAGUUCGAUGUCGCUGCGCAACUUCGCGCGCUGCGGUUCGUCUUUGAGCGUCUACGGCAUGGCCCGUACGGGAUCGUGCCUUUCGCUUUUGGACUUCUUGCAGAUCGGCAGUGGACUCUCCGUGCGUAAUUUGGCUCGUCUUGGGUCAUCCUGCAGCGUCUACGGCAUGGUGCGCUUCGCCAGUUGUCUGUCAGUUUUGGACUACUUCUCGAUUGGGUCGUCAAUGUCGGUGCGCAACUAUGGACGACUGGGCAGUUCGCUGUCUAUCUACGGAAUGGGCAGAUUAGGAAGCAACCUUAGUGUCCUGGACUUCGUGACCAUGGGAUCCGGCUUGUCUCUGCGGAACUUUGCCCGCAUCGGAUCGUCUGCUUCCGUGUUCGGCAUGGCGCGCUUAGGAUCCUGCAUGAGCGUCUUGGACUUCGUGCAGAUCGGAAGUGGUUUUUCGGUCAGAAACUUUUCGCGACUGGGAAGCAGUCUGUCCGUGUACGGAAUGACGCGCUUCGGAAGCUGCAUGUCGAUCUUGGACGUUGUGCAAGUGGGCAGCAGCAUCAGCAUUCGCACAGUGACUCGUCUCGGUAGCGCAUUGAGCGUCUACGGCAUGGCGCGCUUCGGAAGCUGCUUGUCAGUUCUAGAUGCCGUGCACAUUGGAUCUUGCAUGUCCAUCCGCAACUUUGCGCGAUUCGGCAGCUCCUUGUCCGUGUACGGUAUUAGCCGCUUGUCGUCCGCGUGCUCGAUCUUGGACUUCGUGUCGAUUGGCAGCAGCCUUUCAGUGCGAAACUUCGCACGUCUCGGCAGCUCCCUUUCCGUCUACGGAACGCUGCGCUGCUCCAGCAGCAUGUCCUUGUUGGACUUCAUGACGCUGGGAAGCGGAAUGAGCAUGCGCUCUUUCGCUCGCCUCGGAUCCUCCGCGAGUGUCUACGGCAUCUCACGCUUGGGCUCAAGUGUGUCCUUGUUGGAUUGGUUCUCGCUUGGAAGCUCAGUUUCGCUGCGCAACUGCUUCCGUGUCGGCAGCUCAUUGUCCGUUUACGGUAUGGCCCGAUUCGCCAGUUGCUUGAGCGUCUUGGACGCGGUGCACUUGUCGAGCUGCUUGUCGCUACGCAACUUUGCGCGCCUCGGUAGCUCUUUGUCGGUCUACGGCAUUAGCCGCUUCGGCAGCAACAUGUCGGUGCUCGACCUGUUCCACGUCGGAAGCUCGCUUUCCGUGCGCACUUUCGGCCGUCUCGGCAGCGCGAUGUCCGUCUACGGCAUGGUGCGCCUUGGCUCCAGCGUCUCCACGCUCGACUGCUGCCACAUCGGAAGCAUGCUUUCGUGCCGAACCUACACACGCUUGGGAUCCAGCAUCUCCGUGUUCGGAAUCGCAAGAUUGAGUUCCGCAGUUUCCAUCCUGGACUACUGCACCCUCAGCAGCGCUGUGUCGGUGCGCAGCUUCUUCAGGCUCGGAUCUUCCAUGAGCGUCUACGGAACGAGUCAGGUCGGAUCUAGUCUGUCCGUCCUCGACUUCGCGAUCAUCGGUAGCAGCAUUAGUUCUAGAUGCCUCGCACGAUUGGGCUCUGCGCUCUCCGUAUACGGAAUGACGCGAUUCGGAAGUGCCAUGAGCAUCCUCGACUUCACGCACUGUGGCAGCGCUCUUUCUUUGCGUAACUUCGUUCGCAUGGGUAGCUCCUUGAGCGUGUUCGGGAUGUCGCGCAUCGCGAGCAACGUGUCGAUCUUAGACUUCGUCAGCUGCGGAAGCUCAGUGAGUGUGCGAUGCUACUUGCGCUUAGGCUCUGCACUCAGCUUGUACGGCAUGGCGCGUAUGGGCAGCAACCUGAGUGUCUUGGACUUCGCCCACGUGUCGAGUUCCUUGUCUCUCCGCAACUUCUUGCGUGUAGGCAGCUCGCUCUCCGUGUACGGCAUGACGCGGUUCGGAAGCGCACUCUCGAUGUUGGACGUCCUGCACAUUGGCAGUUCGUUCUCAACACGUGGCUUUGCGCGAUUGGGAUCAUCCUUGAGUGUCUUCGGCAUUGCGCGAUUGGGAUCAUCCUUAUCUGCACUGGACUUCUGCCACUUCGGAAGCUCUUUGAGCAUGCGAUCGUUCGCACGUCUUGGCAGCAGUUGCUCAGUCUUCGGAUUGGCCAAGUUCGGUUCAUUCGUUUCCAUGCUUGAUUUCGCUUGCUCCGGCAGCGCCUUGAGCUUGCGCAGCUUCAGCCGCAUGGGAUCAUCGCUUUCCGUGUUUGGCGUGACACGAAUGGGUUCGGCAAUUAGCGUUCUGGACUUCUUCCAGCUUGGCAGCACCUUCUCUAUGCGCAGCUUCGCGCGCAUGGGUAGCAGCUGCAGUGUCUACGGCGUUUGCAACCUGGGCUCGUCGCUCUCCCUCUUGGACAUGCUCAGCCUUGGCUCUGUUCUGUCCUUGCGCACAUACGCUCGCAUCGGGUCGACGAUCUCGAUCUACGGCACUGCGCGAAUGGGCAGCUCAAUGAGCAUGCUGGACUUCUUGCUCGCAGGUUCCAACCUCAGCGUGCGCGGCUUCGGUCGUUUGGGCAGCGCUCUUUCCGUCUAUGGCAUCACUAGACUGGGCUCUGGUCUCAGUCUGCUGGACCUGUGCCACUCGAGUAGCUCGUUGUCGUUGCGGUCGUAUGCGAGACUCGGAAGUUCCUUGUCCGUCUAUGGAAUGGUCCGUUUGGGUUCUUGCCUCUCGUGCUUGGACGCUAGCUCCUGCGGCAGCGGAAUCAGCCUGCGUAACUUCAUGCGCGUUGGCAGUUCCGUGAGUGUGUACGGACUUUCGCGGCUCGGAUCCGCACUUUCGGUUUUGGACUUCGUGCACGUCGGCAGCUCGCUGUCCGUCCGCUCCCUGUCGCGAUUUGGAUCCUCAUUGUCCGUCUUCGGAAUCGGGCGAUUCGGAAGCGCUCUUUCCGUCUUGGACUUCGUGAUCCUCAGCAGUGCUCUCAGUCUUCGAUCGUUCGCACGAUUGGGCAGUGCGUUGUCCGUUUACGGCAGUGUGCGUCUCGGAAGCACAGUAAGUCUCCUGGACUUCUUCCACAUCGGCUCUAGUGUUUCGAUCCGCUCGUUCGCAAGACUCGGCUCCUCCGUUUCGCUUUACGGAUAUGCGCGUCUCGGAAGCUCAAUGAGCGUCUUAGACUUCGCACACUUGGGUUCCGGCUUGAGCUCGCGCUCCUUCUGCCGAUUUGGCAGCUCUUUGAGCGUCUACGGGUGCACGCGGUUCGCGAGCUGCGUGUCUCUACUCGACUUUGCGCAGUGCGGAAGCGGGAUGUCGGUUCGCUCUUUCGCUCGUUUGGGAUCCAGUCUCAGUGUCUUCGGCAUGGCCCGAAUGGGCAGUUGCUUAUCACUCUUGGAUUACUUCCAGCUCGGCAGCUCGCUCUCGGUACGUGCCUGCGCCAGACUCGGCAGCUCCAUGUCCGUUUACGGCUUCACCAAGUACGGAAGCGCUUUGUCGAUGCUGGACUUCCUGUGCGUCGGCAGCAGCAUGUCUUUGCGUGCCUUCGCACGUAUCGGAAGUAGCAUUAGCGUCUACGGCGUUGGACGAUUGGGGAGUGGACUCUCGGUGCUGGACUUCAUCCACUUCGGAAGCAGCCUCUCGGUGCGCGCACACACACGACUUGGCAGUUCCUUGAGCGUCUUCGGCAUGUCGCGCAUCGGCAGCUGCUUGUCGCUCUUGGAUUGCUUGCAACUAGGCUCUUCCUUCUCCUGCCGCAACUUCGCAAGACUCGGAUCCAGUUUGAGCUUCUUCGGCAUCGGGCGUCUGGGCUCCGCACUUUCGGUUCUGGACUUCGUCCAUGUUGGUUCCGGACUCAGCAUGAGAUCGUUCACGCGCAUGGGCUCUACAGCUUCGGUCUACGGACUUGCACGACUUGGUUCGCAACUGUCUGCGCUGGACUACUGCAACUUUGGCAGUUCCGUGUCCUGCCGCGGAUUCUUGCGACUGGGAAGUUCCUUCUCCGCCUAUGGCUUGGCGCGUAUUGGAACGGCCCUUUCGGCCUUGGAUUUCGCGACCUUUGGUUCGACAAUUUCGUUGCGUAACAACGCUCGCUGCGGCAGCAGCUUGAGCGUGUACGGCAUGAUGCGCAUGGGCAGUUCCAUGUCACUGCUAGAUUUGCUACACGUUGGCUCUUCGCUCUCGAUGCGUACGUUCGCGCGCAUCGGCUCCUCGACGUCCAUGUACGGAAUGAGCCGCGUUGGCAGCUCGAUCAGCGUGUUAGACUUCAUGCACCUGGGUUCUUCUUACAGCGUGCGCAGUUUCUCCCGCCUCGGAUCCAGCAUGUCCGUCUACGGCUUGGUGCGUCUCGGCAGUUCGCUCUCCACUCUGGACGCGGUCCACAUGGGAUCGUCAUUCAGUGUGCGCAACUUCGCUCGAUUCGGAAGCUCGAUGUCCGUGUUCGGUGUGACUCGUCUCGGCAGUGCAUUGUCACUCCUGGACUUGAUGCACCUGGGAAGCACUUGCAGUGUGCGGUCCUACAACCGCCUCGGCAGCAGUUGCAGUGUGUUCGGCGUCCUGCGCAUUGGGUCGUCGAUCUCGUUGCUGGAUUGCUUGCACAUCGGCAGCGCGAUUUCUCUGCGCUCCUUCGCGCGCCUAGGCAGUUCCAUGUCCGUGUUCGGCACAGUGCAGCUCGGAUCCCUGCUGUCCUGCUUAGACUUCGUGCAGUUCGGUUCCAGCAUGUCUCUUCGCAGCUUCUCGCGCCUAGGGUCAUCUGCUAGUAUCUUCGGCUUGUCCCGUCUUGGCUCUGCCUUGUCGGUGCUGGACUUCACCGGCGUCGGUAGCAGCCUGAGCGUACGCUCUUGGGGCCGUCUAGGCAGCGCCCUUUCCGUCUACGGCAUGGGCCGCUUCGGCAGCGCUUUGUCCAUCCUCGAUUGCCUGGCCAUCGGCAGCACCAUGAGUGUCCGUGGCUUCGUGCGCAUGGGCAGCGCUCUAUCCGUGUUCGGAAUUGCGAAGCUGGGAAGCAGCGUUUCUAUCCUCGACUACGUGUCUUGCGGCAGCGGAGUGAGCAUGCGCUCCUACAGUCGUCUCGGCUCCAGCUUCUCGCUCUUCGGAGUGUCGAGGUUGGGAAGCAGUCUUAGCUUGCUAGACAUGAUGAGCCUUGGUUCCGUUAUGUCGGUGCGCUCUUUCAGCCGCAUUGGGUCGUCCUGCAGUCUCUAUGGCGCUGGGCGCUUCGGAUCCUCUCUCAGCGUGUUGGAUACGGUCUUCUUGCGAAGCUCGUUCUCGUUGCGCAGUUUCGGACGUUGCGGUUCAAGCUUCAGCGUCUUCGGCUUGGCACGCAUGGGAAGCAGCUUUUCGCUCUUAGACCACGUCACGUUCGGAUCCAGUCUCAGUCUGCGAUCUAUGGCAAGACUUGGAUCCAGCACCAGUGUGUUCGGAAUGCUGAGGUUGGGAAGCAGCGCUAGCGUUUUGGACUUCGCUUCUUUGGCCAGCGCAGUGAGCAUGAGGAGCUUCACUCGCUUAGGCAGCAGCUUAUCGCUUUUCGGUAUCUCGCUCUGCGGCAGCAGCGUUUCCGUUCUGGACUUCAUGAGCCUUGGCAGCUCCUACAGCCUGCGCUCAUUUGGAAGACUCGGAUCUUCAGUGUCCGUCUUCGGCAUCGCACGGUUGUCCAGUGGCUUGUCAACACUUGACUUCGUUUCCCUAGGUUCCAAUCUGUCGCUGCGUUCCUUCUCGAGAAUGGGAAGCUCGCUCAGCGUCUAUGGAACCUCCUAUGUGGGAUCGCUCUUGUCCUUGCUCGAUGCAGUGGGCGUGGGCAGCGGCAUGAGCAUUCGUUCCUUCUCGCGUCUAGGAAGCAGCAUGUCGCUCUUCGGCCUCGGCCGACUAGGAUCGUCUUUGAGCAUCGUGGAUGCAGUGAGCUGUGGAUCUGCGUUGUCCAUUCGCUCUUUUGCACGUCUCGGAUCCAGCUUGUCCGUGUUCGGAACUACGCUGUUGGGUAGCGGACUGAGCUUGGUUGACUUCGCGCACUUGGGCAGCAGCUACAGCUUGCGCAGCUUUGCUCGAUGCGGUAGCACGCUGUCGGUGUACGGCUUCACCAAGAUGGGAUCGGCACUUUCCGUUCUCGACUACGUGCUCUGCGGUAGCUGCUUCAGCGUACGUGGCUUCUCUCGCCUGGGAAGCACCUUGAGCGUCUUCGGGCUCGCUCGUCUGGGAAGCGGUUUGAGCGUUUUGGACAUGCUCACUCUGGGCAGCAGCGUUUCCUUGCGCAACUGCGCGCGCAUUGGAAGCGCCUGUUCCGUGUACGGCAUGACGCGAAUGGGAAGUUCCAUGAGCGUGUUGGACCUGUUCCACGUAGGGUCUUCACUCUCCGUUCGCGCCUUCCUCCGCUUCGGCAGCUCGAUGAGCGUGUACGGAAUGAGCCGUAUUGGCAGCGCGAUCUCCGUCCUCGACACGAUCAGCGUCGGUUCCUCCUUCAGCUUGCGCGCGUUCGCUCGUCUGGGCAGCGCCUUGUCUGUUUAUGGUGUUAGCCGCGUCGGCAGCAGCGUCAGCUUGUUGGACUUCUCGCUCUUCGGCUCGGCCAUGAGCGUGCGUUCCUUCGUGCGAUUGGGAAGCUCCUUGUCCGUGUUCGGCAUGGCUCGAUUCGGCAGCAGCAUGAGCAUUCUGGACACUCUGUGCAUCGGCAGCUCCCUCUCGAUGCGACACAUGGCCCGUCUCGGCAGCGCCUUCAGCAUGUACGGACACUGCCGACUUGGAUCCCUGCUUUCGAUCCUUGACUUCGCGCAGAUGGGCAGCAGCACCUCGGUGCGCGGCUUCGCACGUCUCGGCAGCUCCAUCUCCCUCUUCGGAGUGGGUCGAUUGGGCAGCAGCAUGUCGAUCUUGGACAUGGUCAAUGUUGGUAGCAUGUUGAGUUGCCGCAGCUACGCUAGGUUCGGCUCCGCGGUGUCGAUCUACGGCAUGGCUCGCCUCGGAUCUUCUGUUAGCGCAUUGGACGCUUUGUGCCUGGGCAGCAGCUUCUCGAUGCGCUCUAUGUGCCGCAUCGGCAGUGUGUUGUCCGUGUACGGCUGCACCAGGUUCGGAUCCUCGCUCUCGAUGCUGGACUGCGUUUCGCUCGCGAGCAGCUUGAGUAUUCGCAGCUUCGUCCGCAUCGGAUCGUCGCUGUCGCUCUUCGGGUGCGCGCGACUGGGAUCUUCCAUCAGCGUGCUUGACUUCAUCACGUUCGGCAGCUCCUUGUCAUUGCGUUCCUACAGCCGAUUCGGCAGCAGCUUCAGCGUCUUCGGCAUAUCCAGAAUGGGCAGCAGCAUGUCAGUGUUGGACACCUUGAGUUUGGGAAGUUCGGUCUCGAUCCGCAGCUUCUCGCGCAUGGGUAGCUCAUGCAGUGUAUUUGGCUUCAUUAGCAUGGGAUCUUCCGUCUCGGUGCUAGAUUUCUUCACAGUUGGCUCAGCUCUGAGUUGCCGAUCCUUCGCGCGUCUCGGAUCCGCAUUGUCUGUGUACGGCUCUGUGCGACUCGGCUCUAGCCUGAGUGUCCUUGACUUCACAUGUGUCGGAAGCUCUUUGAGUGUACGUUCGUUCUCGCGCUUCGGAAGCGCCAUGAGCGUUUUUGGACUGGCCACUCUCGGAAGCACAAUGAGCGUCUUUGACUUGCUGAAUCUGGGAAGCACGGUCUCCUUGCGCAGCUUCGCGCGUCUCGGAAGCACACUCAGUUCCUUUGGAAUCAUCGCUCUGGGAAGCAGCGCCAGCAUCCUCGACUGGGCUCACCUGGGCAGCGUGAUGAGCGUUCGCUCCUUCUGCAGAUUAGGUAGUUCGAUGAGCACCUACGGCGCAAGCCGUCUUGGUUCCACGCUGUCUGCGUUGGACUGGGUUAGCCUGGGAAGCGCCUUCUCGAUCCGCUCCUUCGCUCGUGUCGGAAGCAGCUUGUCCAGCUAUGGCUUUGUUGCUUUGGGAUCCAGCGUCAGUUGCCUCGACUUUUUCACGCUCGGUUCCGCGAUGUCCUUGCGCUCGUUCGCGCGCAUGGGAAGCUCCGUUUCGAUCUUCGGCUGCGGCGCUCUAGGCAGCGCUCUGUCCGUGUUGGACUUACUGACUCUAGGUUCAAGCGUUUCGGUGCGCUCCCUGGCGCGUAUGGGAUCCAGCUUGAGUCUUUUCGGUGUCGCCACCAUGGGCAGUGCAACCAGCGUUCUGGAUUUCAUCAGCUUCGGUUCCUCGUUGUCGAUCCGUUCCUUCUCGCGGAUGGGCAGCACAAUGAGCGUUUUCGGGUGCAUGCUCUUGGGAAGCAGCAUCUCUGUGCUGGAUACCUUCUCUCUCGGCAGCACGCUCAGUCUGCGUAGCUUGGCCCGCUACGGGUCCACCGUCAGUGUCUAUGGCGUCUCGAACCUGGGCAGCAGCAUGAGUGUCUUAGAUACCAUGUUCUUGGGAAGCACGAUGAGCAUGCGCUCAUUUGCGCGUCUCGGAUCCUCCCUGUCGCUCUUCGGAUGCGGACUUCUGGGUUCCGGCGUCUCCGUGUUGGACGCCAUCUCUUUCGGCAGCACGCUUUCGAUCCGCUCGUUCUCGCGUCUUGGAUCCACGGCUAGCGUCUACGGCAUGAGCCGCUUCGGAAGUUCGCUUUCCGCUCUGGACUUCGUGAACAUCGGCAGCAGCUUCUCCUGCCGCAGCUUUUCGCGAUUCGGCAGCGCUUUGAGCGUCUACGGCUUCAAUCGCAUCGGCUCCACCUGCUCAGUGCUAGACUUCUUCAACGUUGGCUCCACAUUGAGCACACGCAGUUUCGCACGCUUCGGCAGCGCUCUGUCGCUCUACGGUGUCGGCUUCCUUGGGUCCUCGAUGUCCAUGCUGGACUUCGGUACCUUUGGAAGCAGCCUGAGCUUGCGUUCCUUCGGGCGAUUGGGAUCGACCAUGUCGGUGUUCGGAUGCACGCAGCUGGGAAGCGGAAUCUCGAUCUUGGACUUCAUCAACUUCGGAUCUAGCUUCUCGGUCCGCAGCUUGGCUCGGUUCGGAAGCUCUUUGUCCACCUUCGGCGUUGCGCGUCUGGGAUCGGCCUUGUCCAUCCUAGAUAGCAUGUCCAUCGGCUCGAGCUUGAGUGUGCGAUCCUGCGGUCGCUUGGGUAGCUCUUUGAGCGUCUUUGGAGUUUCGCGUCUUGGCAGCAGCGUUUCCGUUUUGGACAUGCUGUCUAUUGGAAGCUGCCUGAGCGUCAGGUCCUACUCGCGCCUGGGCAGCACUUUGAGUGUCUUCGGCAUUGCGCGUUUGGGAUCCUCCUUCAGUGUCCUAGACUACAUGACGCUGGGUUCUUCAGUUAGCAUGCGGUCUAUGGCUCGCUUGGGCAGCAGCACUUCUGUGUUCGGCAUCGCUAGACUGGGAUCGGCGUUGAGUAUUCUUGACUCUGCUUCUAUUGGAUCCUCCAUGAGCAUUCGUGGCUUUGCCCGCUUCGGAAGCGCUUUGAGUGUUUACGGCAUCGCGCGCUGCGGCUCGCGUCUGAGUAUCUUCGACAUGCUCGUGAUGGGCUCAACUAUUUCCACCAGAGCGUAUUUGCGAUUCGGAUCCUCCGUUUCCGUGUACGGCAUGUCGCGAUUGGGAUCCCUGAUGUCGAUCUUGGACUGCACUUCCGUCGGAAGCUCCUAUUCGCUGCGCUCGUACGCACGAUUGGGAAGCUCCGUAAGUGUCUUCGGUGUGGUGCACUUCGGAUCCAGCUUGUCGGUUUUGGACUUCGUCUCACUGGGAAGCUCAAUCUCCUUACGCAGCAUCGCUCGCUUCGGAUCCAGUCUGAGCGUCUAUGGAAUGACCAAGUUCGGCUCCUCGGUAACGGUCCUGGACUUCUUCCACAUCGGGUCUUCGAUGUCCGUCCGCAGCUUCGUUCGCCUGGGAUCUUCGCUAUCCGUGUUUGGCGUGGCACGACUGGGCAGCGCAUGCUCGGUCCUCGACAUGAUCAGCAUGGGAAGCGCGGUUUCGAUCCGGUCCUUCUCGCGUCUAGGCAGCUCUUUGUCGCUCUUCGGCUGUGCGCGUCUGUCCAGUGCUUUGUCGGUGCUGGACUACGUCACGGUCGGCAGCUCCUGCUCGCUGCGCAGCUUCGCACGCAUGGGCAGUUCGUUGUCCCUGUUCGGCAUCAGCAGUUUGGGAAGUGCUUUGAGCGUGCUUGACAACCUUUCGCUGGGUUCCACCCUGUCGGUCCGUGGAUACGCCCGAUUCGGAUCUUCACUCAGCGUAUAUGGCAUUGCCCGCUUCGGAAGCACAAUGAGCGUCCUAGAUACGAUCUUACUUUCGAGUUCGAUGAGUAUCCGCAACUUCUCGCGAUUGGGCAGCUCGCUGUCUGUCUUCGGCAUCUGCCGUCUAGGUUCAGCACUUUCGGUGCUGGAUUGCAGCACUGUCGGAAGCAGCCUUAGCCUUCGUGGCUUUGCGCGAUUUGGCAGCGCACUUUCUGUCUACGGUAUGUCGCGGUUUGCCUCGAGCAUGAGCAUCUUAGAUAUGCUCACGAUCGGCAGCUCGCUUUCUGUACGCAACUUCGUGCGCUUGGCAAGCAGCAUCAGCGUUCUAGGACGUGCGCGAUUCGGAUCUUCGAUGUCGAUCCUUGACUACGUCAGUUGCGGAAGCUCCUUGUCGACGCGCAGCCAUGUCCGACUGGGGAGCUCUUUGUCCGUGUUCGGCCUGGCACGCCUGGGAAGUGCUCUUUCGAUCCUGGAUUUCGUCGCGAUCGGAAGUUCCCUUUCCGUGCGCAACUUCGCCCGUCUUGGUUCCACAGUCUCGGUGUACGGAAUGCUGCGCUUCGGCAGCUGCUUGUCCGUCUUGGACUGCGCGCACUUUGGGUCUUCCAUGUCGGUUCGCAGCUUCGUCCGAUUCGGAUCCGCCAUGUCGGUCUACGGCAUGUCGCGUCUGGGCUCAGUCUUCAGUGUGCUCGACUUCCUGCACAUUGGUUCGACAGUCUCCGUCCGCACGGCGGCGCGCUUGGGCAGCAGCUUGAGCGUCUAUGGCCUGUGCAGACUUGGAAGUUGCCUUUCCACGCUCGACGCAGUGCAGAUUGGCUCGAGCUUGUCCGUGCGUGGCUUCGCGCGAUGCGGCAGCUCCUUUUCGGUCUUCGGAGUUGCACGACUGAGUAGUUGCAUUUCGGCAUUGGACAUUGUGCACAUCGGGUCGUGCAUGAGUGUGCGUGGAUUCGCGCGCCUCGGCAGCAGCGCCUCUGUCUUUGGCAUGUUCCGCAUCGGAAGUGCUAUGUCGAUUUUGGACGUCCUGCAACUGGGAUCUUCGAUCUCCACGCGCAGCUUCGCUCGCAUGGGAUCCAGCUUGAGUGUCUUCGGGCUUAGUCGUAUGGGCAGUGCUUGCAGCAUCUUGGACUUCGUCAUGGUCGGCAGCUCGAUGUCGGUACGCAGCUGCAGUCGCUUGGGCUCCAGCUUGUCCGUUUUCGGCAUGACGCGCAUGGCUAGUGCCUUGUCGUUGCUCGACGCCGUGCACCUCGGCUCCGUACUGAGUGUGCGCAGCUUCGCACGUCUCGGCAGCACCUUGAGCGUCUUCGGCGUGUCCGUGAUGGGAAGCAGCCUUUCGUUAUUGGACUUCUUGAGUAUUGGAAGUUCUAUCAGUCUGCGUAACUGCGCACGACUGGGAAGCAGCUACUCUUUGUACGGCACCAUGCGGUUCGGAUCGUCGCUUUCGGUAUUGGACUUCAUCACCUUUGGCUCGGCCGUCUCGAUGCGUGGCUUCGUGCGCCUCGGCAGCAGCGUGUCUGUCUACGGCUUGACGCGCAUUGGCUCCACCAUGUCGUGUUUGGAUACGGUGUCAGUGGGCAGCAGCAUCUCGUUCCGCAGCUUCUCGCGGAUGGGCAGCAGCAUGAGCGUGUACGGCAUGAUCCGCUUCGCGAGCAGCUUGUCUGUGCUCGACCACGUCAGCCUCGGCAGCUCACUCUCGGUACGACACUUCAUGCGGCUGGGCUCUUGCCUCAGCGCCUUCUCCAAGGUGCGCCUGGGAAGCAGCAUCUCGACCCUGGACUUCUUCAAUGUCGGUUCAGCUUGCAGUGUGCGCUCCUUCGCACGCUUAGGAAGCUCGCUCUCGCUCUUCGGAGUGGCGCGUCUGGGUUCGACGAUGAGCUUGCUCGACCGCGCAUGCCUUGGAUCUAUGGUCUCCGUACGCAGCUUUGUCCGAUUGGGAUCCAGCUGUUCCUUGGUACGUGGCGCCACGCGCUUCGCCAGCUGCCUUUCCGUGCUCGACGCCACGCACCUCGGCUCCUCGCUGUCGGUGCGCAGCUACGUGCGCCUGGGCAGCACCAUGAGUGUGUUCGGCCUGACCAGAAUGGGCUCCGCGCUUUCGUUGUUGGAUUUCCUGCACAUGGGAAGUGCCAUCUCCGUUCGCGGCUUGAUGCGCUUCGGCUCUGCAUCGAGCGUCUAUGGCGUUACCAGACUUGGCAGCAGCUUCAGCGUGCUCGACUUCGUGUCUGUUGGAAGCGCACUUAGUUGCCGUAGCUUUUUCCGUCUCGGAUCCGCGUGCAGCGUCUACGGAACAUCGCGCUUGGGAUCGUCCUUGAGCGUCCUUGACUUUGUCACGGUCGGCAGCUGCAUGAGCGUACGUGGGUUCACUCGCGUUGGAAGCACCUUCUCGAUCUUCUCGAAGACCUGCGGACAGAGCUUUAGCGUCCUAGACUUCUUCAACCUCGGAUCCACUGUGAGUAUUCGAGGUCGCACGAACCUCGGGUCCAUGUUCUCGCUUUUCAGCCAGGCAAGCCUCGGCAGCACUCUGUCCGUCUUGCAGCAAGUCUGCAUCGGAUCGACACUGUCGUUGCGAUCAGUUGCCAACUUCGGCAGCAACUUCAGCAUCUUCAGCCACAUGGUGAUGGGAAGCUCCAUGAGCGUCCUGAACUUGAGCAACUUUGGAUCUGCUCUGUCCGUUCGCGCCUUCACGCGCUGCGGCAGCAACUUCUCCGUGAUCAAGCAGGUCAUGUUCGGCAGCUCUCUGUCGAUCCUCGACUACACGUGCAUGGGCAGCAGCGUGUCUAUGCGUGCAAUGGCCAGACUUGGUUCCGCAUUCAGCCUCUACGGAAUGUUGCGUGCAGCAUCUUGUUUGAGCGUGUGCGACUUCGUCAACCUCGGAUCCGCUCUGUCGAUUCGCAGCUACACCAGACUGGGAUCGAUGCUGUCUGUCGCUGGCUACGUGAAGUUCGGAUCUACUGUGAGCGCUCAGGAACAGACGAACUUGACUCUUCUUUCCGUCCGUAGCUGGGUGCGCCUCGGAAGCGGCAUGAGCAUCUACGACUGCGUGCGCGCGGGAAGUUCCUUGAGCGUCCUGAACUACAUGGUGUGCGGCAGCACAUUGUCCUUGCGUAACUACGCACGUGUAGGAUCCACAGUGUCGAUUUUCGGAAGAUUCUGGAUGGGAUCCAUGAUGAGCACCUUCGACACCAUUUUGGUCGGGAGUUCGAUGUCGAUUCGCGGCUACGCGCGACUUGGAAGCGCAGUCUCCGUGUUCUCGCAGCUCCGUUUUGGAAGCAGCGUGAGCAUCCUAGACUACUUAAGCUUCGGAAGUUCGCUCUCCACACGUGCAGCAGCGCGGUAUGGAAGUGGAGUCAGUGUCUUCGGAAAGUUGCGCAUGACCAACUGCUUCAGCAUCUUGGACUUUUUCGCGUCUGGCAGCAGCUUGUCGAUUCGCGCGGCAACGCGGUGCGGAAGCUCUUACUCGGUCUUCUCGCAGUUGCGAUUCGGAAGCUCGCUCUCGAUGUUGGAUGCUUGCCACUUGGCCAGCACUCUGUCGGUGCGUGCCAUCGCCAGACUGGGAUCUAGCUUCAGUAUCUUCUCGCAGACGCGCUCUGGCUCGAGCUUGAGCGUCCUGGAUAAGAUCUUGUUGGGUUCCGCACUCAGCAUCCGAAACUUCUUCCGCAGUGGAUCGGCGGUUAGUGUGUUCUCCCGUGUUCUGCUCGGAAGCACCUUGUCCGCGUUGGCCCACUCGCACCUCGGCUCGUCGCUCAGUAUGCGCGGCUACAGCCGCAUGGGGUCGACUAUGAGCAUGCUCGGAGUGAGCCGACUCGGCUCGGUCUGCUCGAUCCUGGACAGCGUCAGCCUUGGCAGCUCCCUGUCUCUGCGUAGCUUCGGCCGUCUGGGCAGCAGCUUCUCGGUGUACGGAGUAUGCAGACUGGGGAGCUCGCUGUCCAUGUUGGACACCACGAUGCUGGGAUCGGCAUUGUCUGUGCGCGCCUGCAUGCGAUUGGGCUCUGCGAUGAGCAUCUUCUCGCAAGUUCGAUUUGGAAGCUCCUUGUCCAUCCUGAACUGUUUCAGCUUCGGCAGCACGUGCUCCUUGCGUGGCACUGGAAGACUCGGAUCGGCUAUCAGCGUCUUCGGCCAGAUGCGAUGCGGCUCUACGAUGUCUGUUUUGGACACUUCCUGCAUCGGUAGUUGCUUCUCGUUGCGCGGUCUCUGCCGCUUGGGCAGUGCCGUGUCGAUCUACAACCGAUUCAAGACCUCGGCGAACGUGUCUCUCCUCAACUUUGCGUCCUUCGGCAGUGCAAUGUCUUUGCGCAGCUACGCACAGCUCGGAUCCGCUAUGAGUGUCUUCAGCAGCGUGUAUGGCGGAAAAGCGCUCUCCCUGUUGGCAGAGGGAACGUUCGGUAGUUCGAUGAGUCUGCGUGCAUUGGCUCGCUUGGGAUCCAACAUCUCUGUUCUCGAUGCAAUCAUGCUCGGAAGCAGCUUCUCGUUGCGUGCAAUGUGCCGUGCGGGAAGUGGAUUGUCGGUUUACAGCAAGGCGAUUUGCGGAAGCAGUCUGUCUGUGCUGCAGGUCUCAAUGUUCGGAAGCGCAUUCUCGUUGCGUGCAUUCUCGCGCCUCGGCAGUUCGGUCAGCUCCUUCAGCUGCGUGCGAUUCGGGUCUUCACUCUCCGUGCUGGACUUCCUGCAGGUUGGCAGCUCACUGUCCGUGCGCGGCGCCGCUCGUUGCGGUUCGAGUGCAUCCGUGUUCUCCGUGAUCCGUUUGGGCUCCGUGCUGUCCUGCCUGGAUCAGAGCAUGGUCGGAAGCGGACUCUCCGUCCGUGCCUUCAUGCGUCUCGGCUCAGUCUGCAGUAUCUUCAGCAGACUCCGUGGCGGUUCCUGCCUCUCAUUGCUUGAUUGCGCUAUGUUCGGCUCUUCGCUCUCCAUGCGCGCCAGCAGCAAGCUUGGCAGCACCUGCUCUGUCCUGGGACGCUUGACCACCGGUUCCUGCCUGUCCAUCCUGGAUUACCUCUCCAUGGCUUCGAGUAUCAGCGUUCGCGCCAGUGCUCGCUUGGGUAGUGCCAUGAGCAUCUUCUCUUGGGCUAGGUUCGGAUCUUUGUGCAGCAUGCUGGACGCAACCAGCGUGGGAUCGGCGUUCAGUUGCCGCGACUUGGUCCGCAUCGGUUCCGGUAUGAGCGUCUUCGGCAUGAUCCGCACGGGAUCGAACAUGAGUAUCUUAGCGCACUGCAGCAUUGGGUCUUCGCUUUCUCUCAGAAACUACAUGCGUGGAGGCUCCGCGUUCUCGAUCUUCGGUCGCGCGCGCAUCGGCAGUCAGAUGAGCAUUCUAGAUCGUGCGAUCAUGGGCAGCUCAUUGUCUCUGCGCCAAUUGGCUCGCUUCGGCAGCUCCUUGUCGAUCGUGCAGGCCGCUCGCUUCGGCUCGAGCUUGAGUCUGCUGGACUUCUUCACAGCAGGUAGCUCGCUUUCCGUUCGCGCGGUUGCGAGGUUUGGCAGUUCGCUGUCUUUGUUCAAUCAGCUUCGCGGCGGAAGCAGCGCAAGCAUCAUGGACUACCUGUGCAUGGGCAGCAACUUGAGUCUCCGCGCCUACGCUCGCGUCGGCAGCGGAAUGUCUGUGACCAGCACCACCGAUGUCGGCGACAAGUUGUCAGUGUUGGACUCGAUUUCUCUAGGAAGCUCGAUGUCGCUUCGUAGCUUCUUCCGCUGCGGCGCUCAAGCUUCGAUGCUGGACUUCGUGAUCCUCGGAAGCUCGAUCUCGUUGCGUGGAACACUGCGUUGCGGAUCCAACAUGUCGUUGUUGCGUGGUGCUCGCGUCGGCGCCUACCUAUCCGUCAUGGAGGAAACGGCUUUGGCCUCCACGGUCUCUCUGCGUAGCUUCGCUCGUUUCGGAUCCAGUGCCAGUAUCUUUGAUACGUUCCGCAUCGGCAGUGCGCUGUCUCUGCGCAACUGGUCGCGCGUUGGCUCUGCGGUCUCUGCCUUCGGGUGCGCUCGUUGCGGGAGCUCGAUGAGUGUUCUAGAUGCUACCGCAUUCGGAAGUUCGCUCUCUUGUCGAACGUACAUGCGACUCGGAAGUUCGCUUUCGAUCCUCGCUGGUGGCCGCUUCGGCAGCAGCAUGAGCGUGCUAGGCUACAUCCACUUGGGCAGCAGCAUGUCUUUGCGCAACUACUGCCGACUGGGUUCCACCAUGAGUCUGUACAAGGGUGUGCAAGGUGGCGCAGAAAUGUCGAUCUUGUCUCAAGUGAUGUUGGGCAGCAGCUUCUCUGUCAGAUCUCGAGCACAACUCGGUUCCAACGUGUCCAUCUUGGACUUCAUGGCAAUGGGAUCAUCCUUGUCGAUCCGCUCUAACGCUCGUUUCGGCAGCUCCUACUCCGUCUUCGACUACUUCCAUGGUGGCAGCAGCAUGAGCUUGCGUGCUUUGGCCAGAUUUGGAAGCUCCGUUUCAAUUCGCGCUUUCGUCAGGUUCGGAAGUGGCUUCUCGAUCUUCUCGAAAUCGCAGUUGGGCUCCAGCUUGAGCGUCCUAGACUACUUCCACCUCGGAAGCUCUAUGUCUCUCCGCUCCCACGGCCGUCUAGGAUCCGCCAUGAGCGUGAUUGACUUCGUCACACUUGGUAGUUGCUUGUCCUUGCGACGCAGCGUUCGCGCAGGAAGUUCCCUGUCUGUGUUCGCGUCUGCACGCAUGUGCAGCAGCUUCUCUUUGGUCGGUUUAGCGCAUUUGGGCAGCUGCUGCUCUGUUCGCGCCUUUGGUCGCUUGAGCAGCGCGUGCUCCGUCUUCGGAAUGGUGCGCCUCGGCAGCAGCAUGUCUCUGUUGGACGCGUUGACCAUGGGAAGCAGCAUGUCUCUGCGUCAGUUUGUCCGCUUGGGUCAAGGCCAGUUUUCAACCUUCGGUUGCGUGCGUACGGGAUCCUCUUUGAGUAUGCUGGACUUCUUGACGCUCGGUAGUUCGCUUUCCGUGCGCGGGGAAGCGGGACGCUGCGGUGGUUCCCUCAGCAUCUUCGACUUCUUGCAAGUUGGAAGCACCAUGUCCGUCCGUGCAACAGCGCGCUUCGGCUCGGUCUUUUCGGUCUUCUCGCGUAUGGUCGUUGGAUCCGUCUGCUCGUUGCUUGACGCCACCUGCUUCGGUUCCUCAUUGUCCGUUCGCGCCAUGAGCCGCUUCGGAGGACGGACUUCGCUUCUCGACAUGACCAACCUGGGCUCGCAGCUCUCGAUGCGUGGUGUGAUCAGGUUUGGCAGCAACUUCUCGAUCUUCGGUCAAACGCGCAGUGGAUCGUGCAUUUCCAUCUUGGACUUCCUCAACAUGGGUUCCAUGCUGUCCACUCGUUCUAUGGCCAGAUGCGGCAGCGUCGCCUCCGUCUUCGGCAAGACCAACUUGGGAGCAUCUCUCUCGAUUCUCGACACAGUUUCCUUCGGUUCCUCUCUCUCGAUCCGUAUGACGGUCGAUCUAGGUGGCAAGCUCUCUGUGCACGAUUACACCGCAGUCGGGAGCGCUCUGUCGUUGCGUGCAGUGUGCCGUAUGGGCUCCGCCAUGAGCAUCUUCUCGCAGAUCCGACUCGGAAGCUCUUGCUCUCUCUUGAACUUUUCCUCCUUGGGCAGUCAGGUGAGCCUACGCGCGACUGUGCGCUUGGGUUCGACGUUUAGUAUCUACAAGCAGGCUCGAUCGGGCGGCUCCUUGAGCGUUUUAGAGUACGUUCAGAUGGGAUCUUCCCUAUCUCUGCGUUCAUUCGGUCGCUUCGGAAGCUGUGCUACGGUCUUUGACUUCUGCUCGCUCGGAAGCUCGCUUUCUUUGAGGUCUGGAGUCAAGUUCGGAUCGAAGCUGUCUGUCUAUCACAAGGCUGAUUUGACGCAGCGCUUGUCCGUUCUGGAGACAGCCACUCUAGGAUCUGUGCUCUCCGUACGAUCCUACACGAGGUUUGGAAGCUGCUUGUCGAUCUACGACGUGACCAUGCUCGGUUCGGUGCUCUCGCUGCGUUCCGUCUUGCGAUGUGGAUCGGCCUUCUCGAUCUUCAACCGCGUGCGCAUGGGCUCCGCGUUGUCCACUUUGGACUUCUUCAGCUGCGGCAGCUCUCUGAGUAUGCGUGGCUACGUGCGACAGGGCAGUGCCAUGUCCAUCUUCGGUCGUGGCCGAUUCGGUUCUUGCCUCUCCAUCUUGGAUGUCUCUCUGCUCGGUAGCUGUCUGUCCGUGCGUUCCUACGUGCGAUUGGGAAGCGUCAUCUCCGUGCACGACCAACUGCGUCUAGGUUCUACGCUCUCUAUGCUGAACAGUGAGACUCUCGGAAGUUCGCUAUCCGUGCGCAGCUUCUUGCGGUUCGGAAGCUCUCUCUCCGUCUUGACCCGCUUAACCCACGGAAGCACACUGUCUGUGUUGGACUUCCUCACUUUGGGUUCGAGUUUGUCCUCACGAGCAGUGACGCGAUUGGGAAGUAGCAUGUCCAUUUUCUCGCAAGCACUGUUUGGAAGUUCGCUCUCCGUGUUGGACUACACUACCUUGGGGUCGUCCAUCUCCGUCCGAGGUCUGGUGCGUGUCGGUUCCGCGCUCUCCGUGUUCGUCACAGAAACUUCCGAUUCGCUUAACUUGGGUAAACUGUCGAUUCUCGCCACCACCAACAUUGGUAGUUGCUUGUCUCUACGUGGUUUCUCGCGAUUCGGUUCAACGUUCUCUCUGUACAGCCGCGCAGUCUUCGGCAGCAGCUGCAGCGUCUGCGAUUGGUGCGCUCUGGGAUCGACUGUUUCUGUGCGCUCAGUCGUUCGCCUAGGAUCGAUGAUGUCUACCUUCAGUCGAUUGACUCUAGGAAGUUGCAUGUCGACGUUGAACUUUGCGAAUUACGGUUCCUGCAUGUCGUUGCGUGGUGUGGCAAGACUAGGAUCCGCGUUCUCGAUCUACUCCAAGCUGACCAUGGGCAGCAACAUGUCUGUGCUUGACUACGCCUUCCUGAGCAGCACUUUGUCUGUCCGCCAAGUCGUGCGCAUGGGCUCUUCGCUUUCGGUGAGCGGCCCAGCCAACUUCGUGCGCCUUCACGCCGCUCUGUCUGCUUUGGACCAGACCAACCUUGGUAGCAGUCUUUCGUGUCGAACCAUGUCCAGACUCGGAUCAGGAUUCUCGAUCUACAGCCGCGUUCUCCACGGAAGCAGCGUCUCUGUGCUGAACUGCCUCACCCUCGGAAGUUCUCUCUCCAUUCGACACGCAGUUCGACUCGGAUCCACGUAUUCCAUCUUCGCACGCGUAACUAUGGGAAGUUGUAUGUCCAUGUUGGACUUCUUCGCCUUAGGUUCCAACUUGUCGUUGCGUUCUGCGGCAGCCUUCGGAUCCAGCUUCUCCGUAUUCAGCAGAGGCAUGUUCGGUUCCUCCAUGAGCACGCUGAACUUCGCACACUUCGGCAGCUGUUUGUCUGUGCGUGAGGUAACGCGUCUGGGAAGCUCAGUGUCCAUCUUCAAGACCACGCGUGUUGGUGGUUUGAUGAGUUGCUUGAACUAUGUGCACUUGGGCAGCAGCAUGAGCGUUCGUGCUUUUGCGGCUAUGGGCUCUCGUGCAAGCGUUUUUGACUUCAUGAACUUGGGCAGCAGUUUGUCAUUGCGUGCGAUGAUGAACAUGGGAAGCUGCGUGUCCCUGCGCUCGUUUGCGCGCGCAGGCUCCAGCCUGUCCGUCUUCUCCCGAGUGAUGUACGGUUCCAGCUUGAGUACCCUGAACUUCGUGCAACUUGGAAGCUCAAUGUCGUUGCGUAGCUACUUGCGUGCUGGAAGCUCCCUGUCCGUGUUCUCGCAGUUGCGCAUGGGAAGCAGCUUCAGCGCUUUGGACUUCCUGAACCUGGGUAGCACCAUGAGCAUUCGCGAAUAUGUGCGAUUAGGAAGCAACAUGUCCGUGUUCUCGAAGUUCGUGACCGGAAGUUGUCUCUCCUCGCUCGAUUUCACGGCUAUGGGCAGCGUCUUGUCGAUCCGCAGCUACUGCCGACUCGGAAGCACGGUGUCGAUUUGCAGCGUCGUCCGAUUCUCCUCGACUCUGUCUGUGCUGAACUACUUCCACCUGGGCUCGACCCUUUCCUUGCGCCAGUUCAUCCGCUGCGGCUCGGCCGCCAGCGUGUACGGACGCGCUCUGUUCGCCUCGACCAUGAGCGUGUUGGACGCUUUCAAGUUGGGAUCCUCUUUGUCCCUCCGUUCCUACAUCCGCGUUGGCAGCACCAUGUCGGUCUUCGCACGCGCAGACUUGGGCGCAAGCCUCUCCGUCCUGACGCAGAUCGAACUCGGAUCCAGUGUCUCCUUGCGAAGCUUCGGACGUUGCGGCCGCAACCUGUCUGUAUUGGACUUCACCAGCUUGGGAAGCGCACUGUCGAUUCGGCAGUACUCGCGCGUAGGCAGCUCUCUAUCGGUGUACGGUGGAGUGGUCCGCUUCGGAUCCAGCCUUUCUGUCAUCGACACGUUGCAGUUAGGUAGCUCGCUUUCAUUGCGAUCCUUUGUGCGAUUGGGCUCGACCUUGUCCGUCAAGUGCGACGCGAAGUUUGGCUCCACUUUAUCUGUUCGUGGCUUCGUCCGUCUCGGCAGCACCUUUAGCGUCUUCAGCACGGUUCGUGCAGGCGCGGAUGUGUCCAUCCUGGAUCAGAUCGAGUUCGGCAGCUCUCUAUCUCUGCGCGCCAUGUCUCGCUUCGGGGAGAGCAUGAGCAUCUUAGAUGCUACUGCGCUCGGCAGCUCGCUCUCAGUGCGUCGCUACGUGCGCAUUGGUAGCGCCUGCAGCAUCAACCAGGGAACCAGACUCGGAUCUUGCCUCAGCAUUCUGGAUUACUUCCACUGCGGCAGCUCUUUGUCUCUGAGAACGUACAUCCGCUUCGGCAGCACGUUGAGCGUCUUCGAGGCUGCACGGUUUGGAAGCUUCUGCAGCGUCCUCGACUGCGUGAACCUCGGUUCCUCCUUGUCGCUGCGUUCCUACAUCCGCAUUGGCUCCAGCAUGUCCGUUGUCGAAGCUCUAAAACUUGGUCAGGCAUUGUCCGUGAUUAGCAGCGUGAACUUCGGCAGCGCUUUAUCGCUGAGAUCGAUGUCGCGUCUUGCCUGCAACGUUUCCGUUUUGGACUUGGUCAACUUCGGCAGCGCUUUAUCUGUUCGCAACUACAUGCGCUUGGGCUCCAACUUCAGCAUUCAAAGCAAAAUGACGUUCGGAUCCACAUUGUCGCUCUUGGAUUACUGCAUGAUGGGGAGCUCUUACAGUCUGCGUGGGGUCGUUCGCUUGGGUUCCGCACUCUCCCUCGUUAGCAUGGCGCGCUUCGGCAGCACCAUUUCCAUGUUGGAUGUUUCGGAGAUUGGAAGCUGCUUCUCUUUGCGCGCCACCAUGCGCUUGGGUAGUGCUAUCUCCGUCUUCGGACAGCUGCGUGCGGGGUCCACCAUAAGUUUGCUGGACCGCAUUUUGCUAGGAAGCAGCAUGUCUUUGCGCAGCUACUGCCGAUUGGGCAGCACGUUGAGCGUGAAGCAGACGACCAAGUUGGGUCAAGAACUCUCGGUCUUGGACCAAGCGGCCUUGGGGUCGUCUUUGAGCGUGCGCAACUUUGGUCGCUUCGGUGACAGCGUGUCGGUGUUCGACAUGAUGCACAUGGGCAGCAGUUUGUCGAUCCGCGCUUCGUCCCGUUUGGGUUCGUCCUUCAGCAUUUUCGCUCGUGCCGACUUCGGAGCUGCGGUUUCCAUGUUGGGCAUGGUCUCGAUGGGCAGCAGCUUGUCUCUGCGUCAGACCACGCGGUUUGGCCAGAGUAUGAGUGUCCUGGAUUACACCAGCUUCGGAAGCACGCUCUCCUUGCGCAGUUUCAGCCGCUUCGGCAGCACGGUCUCGGUCUUCGGUCGCUCAGCAGUCGGUGCGUCCUUCAGCGUCUUGGCUGCGGUUAGCCUUGGAUCGACGCUUUCAGUGCGCUCCUUCACACGAUGCGGCAGUGACAUCAGCACCUUCGACUUCUUCGCGAUGGGCAGCAGUUGCUCAGUGCGCUCCAUCGCGCGCAUCGGAUCUAGCGUGAGCAUCUUCUCGCGCAUGACGCUGGGAUCCAGCCUCAGCGUGUUGGACUUCGCAAACUUGGCAAGCUCGGUUUCCGUUCGCGCGACCGCGUCCAUCGGCAAGAGCUGCUCGGUGCUCGACUACGUUGCAUUCGGCAGCACCAUGUCGCUGCGUGAGUUUGCACGCUUGGGUAGUUCGUUAUCCAUCGUGUCUCGUGUCCGCUGCGGCGGUGUACUCAGUGUGCUGGACUACCUCACUCUGGGAAGCAGCCUUUCCGCACGCGCAACGGGCCGCCUCGGAUCCAGCCUGAGUGUCUUCGACUACCUGAACCUCGGCUCCACGCUGUCCUUUCGUGCAACUGUCCGCUACGGAUCCACCUGCAGCGUCUUCGCCCGCAUGACACUGGGAUCCACGCUUUCGACCUUGGCGCAAGUUCACUUGGGCUCCUCCAUGUCUCUGCGUUCCAUGGGCCGCUUCGGCAGCAAGCUGUCUAUCUUGGAUCAAUUGGUGCUCGGAAGCUCGCUCUCCGUGCGUAACGCCAUGGCCACUGGAUCGCACCUCUCCAUCUUCGGUCGGGUGAAGAUCGCGAACCAACUGUCUGUGCUGGACACCGUCCGAUGCGGAUCUACGCUUUCGGUUCGUGCCGUGUGCCGCUUCGGUGGCGCAACCUCAGUCAUGGACCUGUGCAGUCUCGGAAGCUCCUUAUCGCUCCGUGGCUACACCAGAGUCGGCAGUGCCGUAAGCCUUUAUUCGAAACUGCGUGUGGGAUCGUCAUUGUCCAUGCUGCAGCAGACGCACUUCGGAUCCAGCUUGAGCUUGCGCGCCGUGAUGCGCAUGGGCUCCGCUUGCAGUAUCUUCAGUCAGAUCCGCGGCGGAAGCAGCAUGUCCUUGUUGGAUGCUUUGGCGCUUGGCAGUUCUCUGAGUAUUCGUCACAGCGCACGGUUCGGCAGCUCUUGCUCGCUCUUCUCAAGAACGCGCUUGGGCUCCAGCAUGAGCGCUUUGGACUUCGUGAACGUGGGCAGCGCCUGCAGCUUGCGCAGCUUCGCACGCCUAGGCAGCAAUGCUAGCGUCUACAGCAAGAUUUUUCUUGGAAGUUGCUUGAGCGUGCUCGACCAGCUCCACCUCGGAAGCUCGCUUUCGAUCCGCUCAGUGCUGCGCGUCGGCAGCAGCGUGUCUGUGCUCGGUGACACCCGCUUGGGCAAGAAGUUGUCGCUCCUGGACGGCUUCGCACUGGGUUCGUCUCUGUCCGUGCGUGGCGCAGCCCGUUGUGGCAGCAAAGCCUCGGUCUUGGACUUCCUCGAUUUGGGAAGCUCCCUCUCGAUGCGCAACUUCUUGCGUGUUGGCAGCGCUCUCUCGGUCGUGGAGAAGGUGCGUCUCGGCGCGAUGUGCAGCAUGAUCGAUCAGCUGCACCUCGGAAGCAGUCUGUCUUUGCGUUCGCACUCGCGAAUCGCUGGUGCGAUCUCCGUCUUGGACUUCGCGAACAUCGGAAGCAGCUUGUCGCUCCGCGAAUUUGCUCGAUGUGGUUCCUCCAUGAGCGUGCUGCUGAGCACUGAGCUCGGCGCCAAGCUUAGUGUGCUCAACCUCGCGAACUUGGGAAGCUCUCUGUCGUUGCGCGCAACCGCCCGUCUCGGCAGCUCCAUGAGCAUCUUCAGCCAGACACGCUUCGGCAGCUCCGCUUCGGUCUUGGACUUCCUGGAGUUGGGCAGCUCCAUCUCUCUGCGCAACUACUUGCGCUUGGGCAGCGCUCUCUCCGUGAUGAGCCAGGGCCGCUUCGGAUCCAGCGCCUCAUUGCUGGACUUCUUCGACAUGGGCAGCUCCCUGUCUUUGCGCGCACAGGUUCGAUUGGGCUCCUCGCUCUCCAUCGUCCAGACCGCACGAUUUGGAGAUGAUCUUUCUGUUCUUGCGCAAAUGCACCUCGGCAGCUCUUUGAGCGUCCGCUCCCUCGCCCGAUUCGGCGACAGCAUGUCCGUCUUGAACUUCGUGGACCUGGGAAGCUCUUUGUCUCUGCGCAACUUCUUGCGUCUUGGCAGCAGCGUCUCCAUGCUCAGCUGCGGUCGUCUCGGCAGCAGCAUGUCGCUGUUGGAUCACUUCACGUUGGGCAGCUCAUUGUCCGUGCGUUGCUUCUCGCGCAUCGGCAGCGCCGUCAGCGUGUGGAGCAAGUCUGUGUUCGGCUCUAGCCUGAGCGUCCUGGACUUCAUGAACAUGGGAUCCGGCAUGUCGAUCCGCAACUACCUACGCGUUGGCAGUGCCUGCUCCGUCGUCGAGAAGGCUCGCUUGUCGCAAGAACUCUCGGUCUUGAACUUCUUGGCCCUGGGCUCCUCUCUGUCCGUUCGCGGGGUCACGCGAUGUGGUUCCAACUUGACGUUACUGGACAUGCUGGCUUUGGGCAGCAGUCUGUCGGUUCGCCAGUUCAGCCGCAUGGGCAGCAACAUCUCUGUCCUCGAGUACUCGCACUGCGGCUCUUCGGUCUCGAUUCGCAGCUUCGUGCGCGUUGGAAGCGCAGUGAGUCUGCUCACUUCGGCGUCCGUUGGUGGCAGUUUGUCGGUGCUGCAGCAAGUCGAACUCGGGUCCUCAUUGUCUGUGCGUUCUUGCGCCAGAUUUGGUUCCAGCACCAGCAUCUUGCUGUUCGCGAACUUGGGAAGCAAUUUGUCGAUCCGUGCCACGACUCGCCUUGGCAGUUCCAUGAGCCUCUUCAGCCAGGCUCGCUUCGGAAGCAGCUGCAGCAUCAUGGACUUCCUCAACUUCGGCAGUUCCAUGUCCAUCCGCCAGUACCUGCGUCUCGGCAGCGCCUUCUCGGUCCGCUGCAAGGCGCAGAUGGGUGCAGAACUGAGUUUGCUCGGUUGCUGCAACCUUGGAUCGUCUAUGUCGCUGCGCGCAGUCGCUCGCUUUGGAAGCGCAUUGUCGGUUCUCGAAUUCGUCAACUUCGGAAGCUCCAUCUCUGUGCGCAACCAGAUGCGAUUGGGCUCUGCGGCUAGCGUCUUCUCGAUGGUCCGCUUUGGAUCCAACAUCAGCAUUUUGGAGUACGUCAGUUGUGGAUCUGCAGUUUCUCUGCGAUCUCGUUGCCGCAUUGGGCAGCACCUGAGCGUCUUCGGCACCGUCAAGAUGGGCAGUUCCAUCUCGGUUUUGAACUUCGUCAUGAUGGGCAGCAGCUGCAGUCUGCGAUCCUUCGCGCGACUCGGUUCCUCGAUGUCCGUCUACGGUCUGCUGAGGUGCGGCACCACAUUGAGUGUCUUAGACACGAUCAACAUGGGAAGCACCAUGAGCUUGCGCAACUUUGCACGUAUCGGAAGCGGCAUGAGCGUUUUUUCGAGCAUGCGCAUGGGAUCCGUCACUAGCGUUUUGGACCAGAUCAUUCUCGGUUCCGCUUGCAGCUUGCGCUCCUUCGCUCGCUUCGGCAGCGCGUGCUCCCUCUACGGCGUGAUCCAGCUGGGUUCGCGACUUUCGGUUUUGGACUUCGUGAACAUGGGCAGCUGCUGCAGUCUGCGUAGCUUCGCUAAGUUCGGCAGCUCCUUGUCGUUGUACGGCAUCUGCAAGAUGGGAAGCGCCGUGUCGAUUUUGGACUUCUUCAACUUGGGAAGUUCCGUUUCGAUGCGUAGCUUCUGCAAAUUGGGCAGCAGCAUUUCGAUCUUAGACCAAGCUCGCGUAGGCAACAUGAUCUCCGUCUUGGACACGUGUGGUCUCGGCUCCGCCUUGAGUUUGCGUUCCUUCUCGCGCUUGAGCAGCACCGCGUCCGUCCUGGAUCAGAUUCAAUUCGGAUCCAGUUUGUCGUUGCGUUCGCUGUGCCGUUCCGCAGCAACUAUGUCCGUGCUGGACUAUGUCAACAUUGGAUCUAGCUUGUCCCUGCGGACCUUCCUGCGUGUCGGAUCUAGCCUUUCUGUGCUGGACAAGGUUCGUCUCGGACAGGGUGCGUCGAUCCUGGACAGCGUGUCGCUCGGCAGCUCCUUGUCGCUCCGCAGCUGGCUGAAGGUCAGUGGCCACAUGAGCGUGAUUGACUACGUGAAUCUCGGCUCAGCACUCUCUUUGAGAAGCCUAUUGCGAGUUGGAUCUGGACUUUCGUGCUUGUCGGAUAUGCGCUGCGCAGGGCCGCUCAGUGUGAUCUCGCAAGUGCUCUUGGGAAGCUCUCUGUCUGUCAGGUCUGUAGCGAAGAUGGGUAGCGCAGCUUCCGUUCUCGAGUACGUGAACCUGGGUUCCAGCUUGUCGUUGCGCAGCUUCAUCCGCCUCGGCAGCGCAUGCAGCGUGCGCACAGACGCUCGCGUUGGCGGCUACUUGUCCGUGAUGCACGGCAUCUGGCUGGGCAGCUCCAUGAGUGUGCGCUCGACGGCUCGCUUGGGCAGCACGAUCUCUGUGUUGUCCUUCGCGGACUUCGCUAGUUCGAUGUCCCUGCGCAGCUACAUCCGCUUGGGCAGCAGCGUUUCCGCUUUGAGCAAUGUCCGUGUCGGCGCCAACUUCAGCGUCUUCGACUGCUGCCACCUCGGUUCAGCACUCUCGACGCGUGGCCUCGUACGCGUAGGAAAGUCCUUCAGCGUGUUGGACUUCGUGAACUGCGGAUCCGCUCUUUCCAUUCGCGCGAUCACGCGAUGCGGAUCUCAAGUUUCUAUCCUGGGCAUCUUGCGCUUGGGCAGCUGCUACGGACUUUCCGUCAUCGACUAUUUGAGCGUGGGCAGCUCCAUGAGUGUCCGCAGCUUCAUGCAGAUCGGAGACAAGCUUUCGGUCGUCGACUACACCAACCUCGGCAGCUCUCUCUCGUUGCGCAGCUUCGUGCGAUGCAGCGACACCGCGAGCAUCCUGGACUACCUCAACCUGGGCAGCGCGAUGUCCGUUCGCCAGUUCUUGAAGUUGGGCAGCAGCUUCUCGUUGACCGGGCAACACGCCAGACUUGCAGCAGCGUUCUCCGUUGUGGACUACGCCUUCUUCGGGAGCAACAUGUCUCUCCGUGGAGCAACGCGCAUUGGAAGCCGCUUGUCGGUCCUGUCCUUCGCGCACUUCGGUUCCAGCAUGAGCCUACGCUCGUUCAUCCGACUCGGAUCUUCGUGCAGUGUUCUGGAACGCGCUAAGGUCGGCGAAACACUUUCCGUCCUUGAGGCUUUGGCUAUCGGUAGCAGCCUCAGUGUGCGUUCCUUCAUGCGUGUGGGCGCGGACGUGUCGGUUCUAGGCUACUCGCACAUGGGCAGCACCUUGUCGUUGCGCUCCUACUGCCGUAUCGGCAGUUCGCUGUCCGUGGUCGAAAAGAUCCGUCUAGGGGAGGGAAUCUCGGUCUUGGACUUCUUCAACCUGGGAUCGUCCUUGAGCGUUCGUUCCUUCGUCAAGUGCGGCAGCGACGUUUCGGUGAUGCACUUCGCCAAUCUGGGUUCCAGCGUCAGUCUCCGUGGACUCGCUCGUCUCGGAAUGAGCGUCUCCGUUUUGGACUUCAUGACCAUGGGCUCUUCGCUCUCGUUCCGUGCAGGUUUGAGACUCGGAAGCGCCAUGAGCGUGUUCUCGACCACCAGCUGUGGUGCGGAGGUCUCGGUGCUACAAGCCGUGAACUUCGGAUCCUCUUUCAGCGUGCGUUCCUACGGACGCUUCGGAGCGGAAGUUUCGAUCCUGCAAUUCUCCGACAUCGGAUCUUCGCUUUCCUUGCGCAGCUAUGCUCGCUUGGGCAGCAACCUGUCGCUCUACGCACGUGCGUUUGCCAGCUCUCCAGUCAGCAUCCUAGACUGUUUGAAUCUGGGCAGCUCGAUCAGCGUACGCAACCGCGCACAGUGCGGCAGCUCCAUGUCGAUCCUGCUCUUCGCAGAAGUCGCUUCCAGUCUCUCCAUUCGCAUGUUCUCGCGCAUCGGCAGUGGCCUUUCCAUCGCGAGCAGCACGCGCUUCGGCGCAGAUCUUUCCGUUUUGGAGCGUUUGAACAUUGGUUCGUCACUCAGCGUGCGUUCAGGAGCACGUAUGGGCGCAACCAUGUCUGUGAUGGACUACGUUCAGUGCGGCAGCACCUUCUCGGUGCGCGCCUUCGUGCGUCUCGGCUCCACCAUGUCCGUUGCGGGCAUGGCGCGCAUCGGAUCCAGCUACGCUCUUUCCGUUGUGCACCAAGCCGAGAUGGGCAGUACCUUUAGUGUUCGCAGCUUCGUGCGCUUGGGCAGCUGCUUGAGCGUGAUUGACUUCCUGCACUUGGGCAGUGGCAUGAGCGUGCGUUCUUUCACAAAAUUAGGCGAAUCGCUUUCCGUCUUGGACUUGGUCAACGUAGGCUCCGCUUUGAGCAUGCGUGCCGUGAUCCGUGUCGGCAGUGGCUUCUCCAUCUUCAAGGGAGUACGCCUCGGUGAUUCCGCGUCUGUCAUGGACUUCCUGACUUUGGGAAGCUCGAUUUCUAUGAGAAAUUUCGUCAGAUUCGGCAGCGCUUUGAGUAUCUUGGACUACGGUACUCUCGGAUCCAGCUUGUCAUUGCGUGACUUUACGAGAUUGGGCAGCAACGUGAGCGUCAAGCGCCAGUGCCAACUCGCAGACCGCUUCAGCGUUCUCGAGCACGUGCAGCUCGGUUCCUCUCUGUCUGUACGCUCUGUCACGCGGUUCGGAAGCAUUGUUUCCAUCUGCGAACAGCUAACCUUGGGCUCUGCCCUCAGUCUGCGCUCUUACACAAGACUUGGUAGCAACUUGAGUGUGGCUAAGACAUGCACUUUGGGCGACAAGUUGUCCGUGCUGGAUCAGUUCGUGCUUGGAAGCUCUUUGUCGAUUCGCAGCACGCUGCGUGCCGGUAGCAGCAUGAGCGUCCUCGACUCGUUGACGCUGUCGUCCGCUUUGAGCGUUCGCAGUGCCGUUCGCUUGGGUAGCCGCUGCAGUGUGAUCGACUUCGCCAACGCAGGCAGCUCUGUGUCUUUGCGCAACUACAUCCGCUUCGGCUCCACGAUGUCCGUUUGGGCACGUGCCAGCUUCGGCGCCAACGUCUCCGUAAUCGACCAGAUCGAACUGGGAAGCACUCUGAGCGUUCGCGCGCACACGCGCUUCGGCAGCAACGUGUCGCUCCUCGGCUUCUGCUCGUUGGGCUCCACCUUGAGCCUGCGCGCAGUUUCUCGUCUCGGCUCGUCUUGCAGCGUGGUCGGACGCGUGUUCGUGCAGUCACCGGUGAGCAUCCUGGACCAGAUCCAGUGCGGCUCUUCGGUCUCGCUCCGCGCUCUGGCUCGUAUGGGAAGCAACUUCUCGGUCAUGGACUUCGUACAUCUGGGCAGCGCCUUCUCGGUGCGCGCACGCCUCCAGUGCGGCUCCGCACUCAGCGUCUUCGGAAAUGCACGCAUUUCAGGUGCGUUGAGCAUCAUCGAGGAGAUGAACAUCGGCUCAGCUCUCUCGGUGCGCGACUUCGUGCGCCUCGGAAGCAGCGUGAGUAUCGCAGACUUCCUGAACUUGGGCAGCGCACUGUCUUUGCGUACCGCAGUCAGAUUCGGAUCAACCGCAAGCAUGAUGGGCCUGGUGCGCUUCGGCUCGCUCCAUGCACUCUCCGUUAUAGAAGCAACUGAACUCGGCAGCACACUGAGCGUUCGCAGCCUGGUCCGUCUGGGCUCCGAGUUCUCGGUCCUAGACUUCGUGCACUUGGGAAGCGCAGUUUCGCUUCGUGACACCGCACGCUUUGGCGCGUCGAUGAGCACCUUCCAGUUCGCGGCGUUCGGCAGCAACUUGAGUUUGCGAUGCGUCAUGCGCAUUGGCAGUUCCGUCAGCGUAUUCUCAGGUUCCCGUUUCGGAUCGACCCUGAGUGUCCUUGACAGUGUUGCCUGCGGAAGCUCCUUCUCGCUGCGCAACUUCGCUCGCUUCGGAUCCUGCAUGUCAGCUCUAGACUACCUGAACCUGGGCAGCAGCUGCAGCAUCCGCGGCUACGUGCGCGCGGGCUCUGCCAUGUCCGUGCACGGCCUGUUGAACCUUGGGAGCUGCAUGAAGCUGAGUGUGAUCGACUUCUUGCACAUGGGAAGCAGCUUCUCGUUGCGCAACUUCGCGCGCUUCGGCAAGAACAUGAGCGUUCUGGACUUCGUGUCUAUGGGCUCCUCCCUUUCGGUGCGCACGUUCCUGCGUACGGGUAGCUCUUUGUCGGUCACCGGCACUGUGGACCUCGCGGUCAAGAUGUCGGUCUUGGACACCGCUAAUUUAGGCAGCGCUUUGAGCGUGCGUGGUCUCUCCCGCAUGGGCUCCUGCAUCUCGGUGCUGAACUACCUUGGCCUGGGCAGCAGCUUGUCUAUCCGAUCCACCACGCGCUUCGGCUCCGUUAUGUCGGUCCUGGACUUCACCAGCUUGGGCAGUGCGAUUUCCGUACGCACCUUCGUCCGCAUUGGCUCUGCCGUGUCGGCUCUUUCGUCCAUGUACGUUGGAGAAUCGUUGAGCGUGCUCGACCAAGCCAUGCUGGGCAGCUCGCUGUCCAUUCGCGCGGUCGCACGCCUUGGUGGAAAGCUUACUCUGCUGGACAUGUUCGCUUUGGGCAGCUCUUGCAGCGUCCGCAGCUUCGCUCGCGUCGGCGCUAACUUAUCCGUGCUGGAUUGCGUCACCAUGGGAAGCAGCUUGUCCGUCCGUCGCAUGGGCCGUAUUGGCUCGAUGGCUAGUGUCCUGGACUCGGUGUCCCUGGGAAGUUCCCUGUCGUUGCGAUCCGUUGUCCGACUCGCCAGCCAGACCAGUGUGUUGAACUGCGCUUACCUUGGAAGUUCGCUCUCCAUGCGCGCUUUGAUUCGCAUUGGCAGCAGUGCCAGCGUCCUCGGAACGGUCCGCAUGGGUUCGCAGUGCUCCGUUCUGGACUAUGUGAACCUCGGCAGCAGCCUGAGUGUGCGCAGCCACGCCCGCAUGGGAGCUAACCUUUCGGUGCUCGACAUGUGCAACCUCGGCAGCUCGCUUUCCAUUCGCAACUACUUGCGCGUUGGAAGCGCUUUGUCGGUCAUCGGGAAGUGCGACACUGGAUUGAACAUGUCAGUCUUGAGCCAUGUUUCUCUCGGUUCCAGCAUGUCGAUCCGCGCUUUGGCUCGCCUCGGCUCCAGCCUUAGCGUCUUCGACUUCUUCAAGAUUGGCAGCACCUUGAGUUGCCGCGCGGUCACGCGUCUCGGAUCUACUUGUUCAAUCGUCAAAUCCGCUAAGCUUGGCCAAGACUUGAGCGUCAUUUCCCAGGUUUGCAUGGGCUCCUCGUUGAGCAUUCGCAACGUUGCCCGCAUGGGGAAGGCGUUCAGCGUCUUGGACUCCGCCACUCUCGGAAGCUCCUUGAGCCUGCGCGCAUUCGUGCGUGUCGGCAGCAGCACCUCGAUCUUGCAGAACGUGAACGUCGGCAUGUCGCUGUCGAUCAUGGACUUCGUGCAUCUCGGAUCUACGGUCUCAAUUCGCGGUGCUGGACGCUUCGGCAGCCGCGCCAGCGUGUGCGACUUCGUCAACUUGGGCUCUGCACUGUCUCUCCGGGCCUACGUUCGUGUCGGCAGUGGAAUGAGCGUCCUCUCGAGUGUGGAUGUCGGAAGCUCGCUCAGCGUGCUCGACAUCGCGCAGUUCGGAUCUUCUCUAAGUGUGCGUUCGCACUUGCGCUUGGGCAAGACCGCGAGCGUCAUCAACUGCCUUGAACUGGGCAGCUCCUUGAGCUUGCGAUCGUUCGUGCGCUUCGGCGCUUGCGUAUCCGUGCUGAACUACGUGAACUUGGGAAGCACGUUGUCGUUGCGUUCCUACGCUCGACUUGGAAGCGGACUUUCAGUCACUAGCGACUUUGUACACCUCGGUGCGCAACUGUCUGUGAUGGACUAUUGCCAACUAGGGAGCUCAUUGUCCCUGCGUGCCAGCGCAAAGUUGGGAGAGAACAUCUCCGUUUUGGACAUGGUGCAGUUCGGCAGCACGAUGAGCCUGCGUGCCUUGGCACGCUUCGGCAAGACUCUCUCUGUCUUGGAUAGCGUCUCGCUCGGCUCCGCAUUGUCUCUUCGUGCGUACUUGCGACUGGGCAGCGGCUUGAGCGUCUUCGGAUCUUUGGCUCGUGUGACUGCAGGUGUCAGCGUCAUGGACUGCGUCACGCUCGGAAGCUCAGUGUCUUUGCGAAGCAUGGCUCGCUUCGGCGAUUCCGUCUCCUGCCUUGACUUCGUGCAGAUCGGCUCUACGUUGAGUCUCCGUGAGUUCGCGCGUAUUGGAAGCGGCGUCAGCGUCCAUGGCAGAUGCAGAAUUUCGGAGAACAUGUCUGUUUUGAUGAGCACGAACUUUGGAUCCACCAUGAGCGUGCGCAGCACGGUCCGCUUCGGCAGCCGCGUUUCGCUCUUGGACGCACUGUCGCUUGGCAGCUCGCUGUCGUGCCGCAGCUUCGUGCAGCAGGGUUCUUCGCUCUCCGUGCGCAGCUUCGUGCGCCUGGGCUCGACGCUCUCGGCCUUCUCGUCCGUACGCUUCGGCUCGACUCUCAGCACCUUGAACUUCCUCGCCCUCGGUUCCGCUUUGAGUCUAAGAUCCAUCGGCAAGUUCGGCUCUAGUUUCACGGUCUUGGACUUCGUCAACAUUGGAAGCUCCUUGAGCAUGCGCACUUACGUCCGAGUGGGAUCCACACUGUCUAUAGUAGAACGUGUGCGUGCUGGUGAAUCCCUCUCUGUUCUCGACUGCACUACUCUGGGCAGCUCUUUGUCUGUGCGCAGUGGAGUGGAUCUCGGAUGCAGGACGUCGAUCUUCGACUUCUUGGGUCUUGGCUCUCAGCUCAGCGUCCGUGCGUUCACUCGUCUCGGAAGCACCUUGUCCGUUCUCGCUGCCGUGCGACUGGGCAGUUGCGUUAGCGUGUUGGCCCAGGUGAGUGCCGGUAGCUCGUUGUCGGUUCGUAGCUUUGUGCGCUUCGGCCAGAAGCUGUCCGUGCUCGACAGCGCGAACUUCGGCUCUGCACUCUCCGUUCGCUCCUUCGUGCGCGUUGGAAGCACGUUGUCCAUCCACGGACAGCAGGUGCGAUUCGGAAAAGGCUUGUCCACUAUGGAUUGCGUGAACCUUGGUUCUACUCUUUCUGUACGAGCCUUCGCGCAGUUCGGUUCCACCAUGUCCGUGCGGUCCUUCGUCCGCCUUGGCUCCGCAAUGAGCGUGUUCCGCACCGUGCGCUUCGGAUCCAGUUUGAGCAUUCUCGAUUGCCUCAACUUGGGCAGCAGCAUGUCUAUGCGCAGCAGCGGCCGAUUCGGCAGCUGCGCAUCGGUCCUCGACUUCGUGAACCUGGGCAGCAGCUUGAGCUUGCGUGAAUUCGUACGUCUGGGUAGUGGACUCAGCGUGAAGAGCACGUUCCGAGUGACAGGAGAACUCUCUGUCCUCGACUUGUGCCACCUGGGCAGCUCAUUGAGCGUUCGCGGAACAGUGCGUUGCGGCAGCAAGAUGUCAUUGCUGGACUUCCUCGCCUUCGGUAGCGCAACCAGCGUUCGCAAUUUCUUGCGCGUCGGAAGCCGUCUUUCGGUCUUCGGCGCUGCAACUGUCAGCUCCACGGUAUCCAUCUUGAGCUUUUCGCAGGUUGGCAGCGCCCUGUCGAUUCGCAGCUUCUUGCGUGUGGGUUCCACUUUGUCUGUGAAGGCAGACACGCGUCUUGGCAAGGCCUUGACCGUCUUGGAUACACUGUCGUUGGGUUCGUCGCUCAGCGUCCGCGGCUUGGUGCGUGCGGGAUCGCGCGGUAGCGUGUGCGACUUCCUCUCCUUAGGAUCGUCGAUGUCCUUGCGCGCCAUGUCUCGCUUCGGCUCUAGCGUCAGUAUUCGCGCAUUCCUGCGUCUAGGAUCCGCUUUGAGCGUGUUUGGCGAACACACACGAAUCGGUGGCAAUGCUUCCAUCUUGUCCUUCGCACAGCUAGGAAGCAGCUUGAGCGUCCGACAGACGGGACGUUUAGGAUCUUGCCUCUCCGUCCUCGACUUCACUAACCUCGGCAGCUCCAUGUCUUUGCGCAACUUCCUACGUGUUGGGUCGGGCUUCUCGGUUCUCGGCACAGCAGAGGUUGGUCAAGCACUCUCCGUUCUCGAUAAGGUGAACCUCGGCAGCAGUUUGAGCGUUCGCAGCACUUGCCGCUUCGGAAGCCGUGCUAGCGUGCUGAACAUGUUGACUCUCGGCUCCUCGAUGUCGUUGCGCACACAAAUGCGUGUCGGAUCUGGACUUUCCGUCUUCGGCACUGCCAAGUUCGCGGCUGACAUGUCAGUCAUCGACCAAACUGAAUUGGGAAGCAGCCUGUCGGUGCGAUCGCUCGUACGAUUCGGCUCCACCUUCUCCGUUCUGAACUACGUGUGCCUUGGAUCCACGCUGUCUGUGCGUGACUUCUUGCGCGUCGGCAGUGGCUUGAGCGUCUACGGCGAAAUCCGCGCUGCCAUGGACUUGUCUGUGUUGCAGCAAACUCAUUUAGGCAGCGCCAUGAGCGUGCGUUCCUUCGCCCGCUUCGGAAGCAGCGCUUCAGUUUUGUCCUUCGUCCAUCUCGGCAGCGGCACCUCGUUGCGCAUGUACUCGCGCAUCGGCUCUGGAUUGUCGCUCUUCUCCAAGAUGGCGAUUGGUUCUUGCUUGAGCGUCUUAGACACUGCGCUGAUGGGCUCGGCGUGCUCGUUGCGUGCAGCAGCACGUCUCGGCAGCAGCCUCAGCGUGUGCCAUCGCGCCUUCGUCGGGGACCACAUGUCCGUGUUAGCGCAGAUCAACCUCGGAUCUAGUAUCAGCGUCCGCAGUGUCGCUAGACUCGGUUCUGAACUGUCCGUGUUGAACUUCACGGCAUUCGGCAGCUCCCUGUCCAUGCGGUCGAUGUGCCGUUCCGGUGCUACGUUCUCCGUCCUGGACAGCGUCAUGCUCGGCAGCUCGCUAUCCGUGCGCAGCAAGGCGCAGUUUGGUACCUGCGCUAGCGUUCUGGACUUCGUCCACCUGGGUAGCGCGAUGUCUGUCCGCUCUUUCGCUCAGUUCGGAUCCUCGGCUUCGAUCUUCGACAUGCUCAACCUCGGUUCCUCCAUGAGCUUGCGUUGCGGUAUCCGCUUGGGCUCUGCCCUUUCGGUGUACUCCAGCUGCGAUUUGGGCAAGGCACUGUCAGUUCUGGACUCGACCACAUUGGCCAGUUCAUUGUCUGUGCGCAGCUACGUCAAGUUGGGAGACAACAUUUCGAUCUUGAGCUUCGCGCAGAUCGGCAGCGGACUUUCAGUGCGUUCCUUCUGCCGCGUGGGAUCCGGAAUGUCGGUGUUCGGCGCAGUAGAUAUCGGAAAGCAGAUGAGCGUCAUUGACCAGCUACACCUCGGCAGCUCCUUGUCUGUGCGUUCGUGCACACGCUUCGGCGAAGCCAUGAGCGUCUUGGACUACGUUGCGUUUGGCAGCAGCGCUUCGUUGCGCUCGUACUUGCGAGUCGGAAGCUCUUUGAGCUUGUUCGGCCGCUUGCGCACCGGUGAGACCUUGAGCGCCCUUUGUGAGAUGCACAUCGGCAGCUCAAUUUCCUUGCGUUCCACGGCAAGAUUGGGUUCGGCACUCUCCGUGCUCAGCUUCGUCAACCUGGCCUCUAGCAUGAGCCUGCGAACCUAUGCCCGUGUUGGCUCCGCGCUUUCGGUCUACCGAUCUGCACGAUUCGGAAGCUGCGUGUCCGUCAUGGAUGCGUUUCAUUUGGGAAGCACGUUCUCGUUGCGCUCAGUGGUCAGAGUGGGUAGUUCUUUGUCUGUGUUGGGCAAAGCUCGCAUUGGCGAACAUGUUUCCAUUCUGAACAACUGCGCGUUCGGUUCCUCCAUCUCCGUAAGAAACUACGGACGAUUGGGUGGCGCUUUGUCCGUUUUAGACAGCGUGCGUCUCGGAUCCUCUCUGUCAAUCCGUUGUGCGGCUCAGAUGAGUGACAAACUCAGCGUUCUGGACUACGUGAACCUCGGAUCAGCCUUCAGCGUGCGUUCCAUGACGCGUCUUGGCAGCAACUUGUCCGUGAUCGACUAUGUCGCUAUCGGCAGCGCCGUGUCCCUGCGCAGCUUGUUGCGCGCUGGCUCCCGCGCUUCGAUCCUCGACAUGUGCACUUUGGGCAGCACUUUGUCUCUCCGAGACUUCCUGCGAUCCGGCAGCAGCCUGAGUGUAUGCGGCACCAUGGCCUUGGGCAAGACCUUGUCCUUGUUGUCCCAGAUCGAAUGCGGCAGCUCGCUGUCCGUCCGGUCUACUACCAGAUUCGGCAAGAUGGUCAGCAUCUUCGACUUCACGAACUGCGGAAGCAGUCUUUCUUUGCGCGCCUACUCGCGUUGCGGUAGCACUGUCAGUGUCAAGGGCCUCGGCCGCUUCGGCGCAGACGUCAGCGUUCUGCAGCACGUGCACCUGGGAUCCAGCGUCUCGCUGCGUAACGCCGCAAGACUUGGUUGUGUCGUGUCAGUUCUAGAUGCCGCACACUUCGGAUCUACGGUCAGCGUGCGCAUGUUCGGCCGCUUCGGCGGAAAGAUUAGCACCUUCGAUAUGAUGGCUCUAGGUUCGACAGUUUCCCUCAGAAUGGGUUGUCAACUCGGCAAGAACCUCUCUGUGCUCGACAGCAUUGUCAUGGGAUCCUCCUUGUCGCUCCGCAGCUGCGCUCGCUUCGGAGACACGGUAUCCAUGCUCGACUACACUAGCUUUGGAAGCUCGGUUUCCGUACGCGCAGUAAGCAGAUUCGGAUCCGCGAUCAGCGUGUUCGAGUUCGUUAACUUGGGCAGCAGCGUCAGCGUGCGCUCAAUGGCACGUCUGGGCAGCAUUGCCUCUGUCUUCGACAUGUGCGGCUUGGGCAGCUGCUUGUCGCUCCGUGCAACAGCUCGGUUCGGAUCUGGCUUAUCGGUGAUUGGAAACGCUGUUCGAGUAAGUGCCGCUUUCUCUCUGAUGGACCAGUUCACUUUGGGCUCGAGCUUGUCUGUGCGCAGCUACGUACGAUUUGGCGACGGUGUGAGCGUGAUGAACUUCGCAACUCUCGGCUCCUCGAUCUCCACUCGGGCAGUGGCCCGCUUUGGAUCUUCAGUCAGCGUCUUCAGCCGCUUGCAGUUGGGCGCACAGUUGUCCGUUCUCGGAUGCGUCCACUUCGGAUCCUCAUUGUCCUUGCGCUCGCGUGCACAGUGCCGUGACCUGCUUUCGGUGCUGGAUGCAGUGACCAUGGGAAGCUCCUUGUCCGUUCGCGCGUUUGCUAAGCUUGCAGGUGGUGUGUCCGCUCUGGACUUCUCCCACUUAGGGUCGUCUACCUCGCUCCGAAGCGUCAUGCGUGUUGGACGCACUUUGAGUGUGUUCGACUCGGUCUACCUCGGAAGCGCAAUCUCGAUUCGUGGCGUGUCGCGCUUGGGCAGCAACGUGUCCGUGCUCGACAUGGUCACGUUCGGCAGCUCGGUGUCGCUACGCGCUUUCACUCGGCUGGGACAGAACGUCUCUAUCCUGAACUUCGUGACCGUUGGCAGCAGUUGCAGCAUGCGGUCCAUGAGCCGAUUGGGCGAACAGACCAGUCUGCUGAGCUUCUCCAACUUGGGAAGUUCGCUUUCCUUGCGCAGCUGCUUGCGCCUCGGCAGCAACUGCAGCGUGUACAAGGACGUGACAUUGGGUGUGAAGUUGAGCAUCUUGGACCAAACCAGUCUCGGAAGUUCCAUGAGCGUUCGUGGCUUCGUUCGUACCGGAUCUGCCAUGUCCACGAUCGACUACCUCGCUCUUGGCAGCGCCAUGAGCUUGCGAUCUACACAACGACUGGGCAGUGGCAUGAGCGUGUUCGCCCGCACUGUUGUCGGCGACUCGGUCUCCGUUCUGGGCUUCGUUACCAUUGGCAGCGCCAUUUCGGUGCGCAGCUUCGCCAAGUUCGGAUCCAACUUGUCCGUGAUCACGUACGUCAACUGCGGUUCCACGCUUUCUUUGCGCUCGUUCAUGCGAGUCGGCAGCUCUGCAUCUCUCCUCUCGCGUGCCUGCUUCGGCACCAUGAUCAGCAUUCUCGGAAAUGUCAAUCUCGGCAGCUCGUUGAGCAUCCGUUCGACCUCUCGUCUGGGAUCCAGCACCAGCGUCCUCAACUUCGUGCAGUUGGCAAGCUCGCUCUCUGUACGAAGCAUGGUACGUCUCGGAAGUGGCAUGAGCUGCUUCACGAGCGAAUUGCGCGUUGGAAAGGAACUUUCAGUUCUUUCGUUCGCUAGCCUGAGCAGCGCAUUGAGCUUGCGCAGCCUGUCGCGAUUGGGCUCGGUUGUUUCGACCCUCGAGUUCUGCCACGUCGGCAGCAGCUUGAGCAUGCGCAGCUUCGUGCGUGCCGGCUCCACUUGCAGUCUGUUCUCCACGUGCCGCGUCGGAAACAUGCUCUCUAUCCUGGACAAGGCGUCCUUCGGCAGCAGUAUGUCCUUGCGCAGCAUCGCACGCUUCGGCCGCACAUGCAGCGUCCUUGACGCUACUGCUCUGGGCUCCAGCUUGUCGCUUCGUGCAUACACGAGACUUGGAUCUAGUUUGAGCGUGACCGGCCGAACGCAGAUUGGCAUGGCCAUGAGCGUGCUGGACCAGUUCCAAUUGGGCAGCACCUUCAGCGUCCGCGCAGCUGUUAAGAUGGGAGCGUGCAUGUCUGUGCUGAACUUCGCACAACUCGGCAGCGCAAUGUCGGUUCGCAGCUUCUUGCGCAUCGGAUCUACGCUCUCAGUCGGAGACCGCGUUAAUGUUGGACGCAGCUGCUCUGUGUUUAGCUUUGGACGCGUCGGAACGCAAUUCAGCGUUCUAGAUGCAGUCCACCUCGGCAGCUCGAUGAGCGUUCGCAGCACGGGCCGCUUCGGCAGCAUGGUCAGCGUUCUGUCCUUCGUCGGACUGGGCAGCACUCUCUCCGUGCGCAGCUACCUCCGCUUAGGCAGCGGCUUGUCCGUGCACAACCUGACGGUUCUGAACAGCGUCUUGAAGGUGAGCGUGAUUGACACAUUCAACCUCGGCAGUUCUAUGUCCAUUCGAUCAGCGUUGCGCUUCGGCAGCAACUUCUCUGUGAUCACCUUUGCGCACAUGGGAAGUUCGCUGUCGAUGCGAUCCUUCUUCCGCCUCGGCUCCGCGGCUAGCGUCUGCAGCGAACUACGACUAGGUGAGGGUUUGACGGUCCUGGACCAGAGUAACUUGGGUUCCUCUUUGUCCGUGCGAUCCUACUCUCGUUUCGGUAGCAACUUGAGCACUCUGGACUCCUUCUGCAUGGGCAGCUCGCUCUCGUUGCGUGCCUACACUCGAUGCGGGUCUGGGGUUAGCGUGUACAACCGAGCUAAGUUCAGUGGUGCCUUCAGCGUCAUCGGCUUCGCUUCGCUCGGCUCCGCCAUGUCGGUGCGCAGCUUCGUCAAGUGCGGAUCCACGUUGACGGUGCUGGACGCGAUCAGACUGGGCAGCUCCUUGUCUAUCCGCGGCAUCACAAGGUGCGGAUCGCAACAGAGCGUCCUCGACUUCGUGAACAUCGGCAGUUCUUUGUCUCUGCGCACACACGCCAGACUCGGCAGCUCGCUCUCGGUCGCUGAGAAGGUGCGACUCUGUGCUCAGCUGUCCGUCAUGCAACAGGUGUCUCUGGGUUCGGCGCUGUCCGUGCGUGCCUUCGCACGUUGCGGAGACUCCUUGUCGGUAUUGAGCUUCGUCACUUUGGGCUCCGCAUUGAGCAUGCGCUCGAUGGCCAGGAUGGGCAGCUGCACAAGCUUGCUGGACUUCUUCCACCUUGGAAGUUCCACCUCGCUCCGCGCAUGCGCUCGGCUCGGCAGCAGCGUCAGCGUGCACGGCAAGUACUUCCGCUUGGCGUCUACAGCGUCAAUUGUGGAAGCCGUGAACCUUGGAUCUUCUUUGUCAGUACGUGGCUUCGCCCGACUCGGCUCCGCGCUUUCGGUGCUGAACUUCGCUCAACUCGGCAGCGGCGUAUCUCUUCGCCACUUCCUGCGUGUUGGAAGCACCGUCAGCGUUCUGGGCAUUGCGCAGUUCGGCUCGGUGCAAUACUUGAGCGUGAUCGACAACAGCAACUUGGGCAGCAGCUUGAGCGUGCGCAGCUUCCUGCGAUGCGGCAGCCAGAUGUCGAUGCUGAACUUCGCCAACUUGGGUAGCAGCAUGAGCAUACGAUCCACCUCUAAGUUUGGAUCCACGGUUUCCAUUCUCGACUGCUUGAACUUGGGCAGCAGCUUCUCUCUCCGAUCUGACAUUCGCAUGGGCAAGUCUUUGUCGGUGCUGUCCUUCGUGGUGCUCGGAUCCUCUUUGUCUACACGCAGUGUCCUGAGAUGCGGCAGCGCAGCUUCGAUCCUGUCGUUCGCAAUGUUCGGAUCCAGUAUGUCCAUGCGUGAAUACGCGCGUAUUGGUUCUGGCUUCAGCGUCUUCGGCAAGUCGCGGCUGAGCUGUGCCACUUCGGUGCAACACGGUGUCAUCCUCGGCAGCGCCUUGUCGCUCCGCAGCUUUUUGCGAUGCGGCGAGCGCUUCUCUGUCCUGGACUUCGUCAACUUGGGCAGCUCCGCUUCUGUGCGCUCUAUGAUGCACAUCGGCAGCGGAUUGUCGCUCUUCGGAAAGGUUCUCACUGGUGAGAAGGCGAAGGUGAGUGUUGUCAAUGAAGUCUUGAUUGGAAGCUCGCUUUCCGUCAGGUGCUUCUCGCGCUUCGGCUCUUGCUUGAGCGUGUUUGACGCGAUUCAUUUGGGCAGCACGUUCUCCGUACGUGACUUUGGACGCUUCGGCAGUGGUAUCUCGCUCUUUGGUGGAUGCCGCCUCCAUGGCACUUUGUCAGUCGUGGCUGCGAUCAACUUUGCCUCCAGCUGCUCCAUCCGCCAGAAGACCACGUUGGGCAGCCGCUUCAGCGUGCUCGACUUCUUCAACGUCGGAAGCUGCGUGUCGCUUCGCUCCUUCAUCCGUCUUGGAUCUUCGUUGUCCGUCAGCGGUGGUUCCACAUCCGGAAGCUCGGUUAGCGUGCGAUCUUUCUACAGACUUGGCAGUUCGAUGUCCGCCAUGUCGAAGACGUCGCUCGGAGACGGCCUCUCGGUUCUCAACUUCGUGAACAUGGGCAGCUCUCUCUCCGUGCGAUCGCAGGUGCGCUUUGGCUCGCGCCAGUCCAUCUGCGAUUCCAUCAUCUUGGCCAGCACGUUGUCCCUCCGCGCUUACGCGCGUCUAGGGUCUAACUUCUCGGCUAUCGGUCUGGCUCGCAUGGGCUCGACCAUGUCCGUGUUGGACGCAGUCCGUCUGGGCAGCGCGUUGUCCGUGCGCAGCACCAUUCGAUGCGGAUCGUGCAUUUCGGUGAUGGACUUCCUAUCUCUAGGCAGCAGUUUGAGCGCCCGCAACUUCGUUCGCGCAAAGAUGCUCUCCACGUUCGACGCAGCGGCCCUUGGAAGCAGCUUGAGCUUGCGCUCACUCGUGCGUCUGGGCAGUGGUGUGUCUGUGCUUGCCGCAGCCCGUCUGGGGUCGCUGGUUUCCGUCAUGUCGUUCUGUACGCUCGCUAGCAGCGUGUCUGUGCGUGCCUUUGGACGAUUUGGUUCGAACAUGAGCGUGGUGGACUUCGCGCACUGCGGCUCCAGCUUGAGCUUCCGCGCGUUCGUCCGCGCAGGCAGCACGAUCUCGGUCUACAACCGCAGUGUUUUGGGUAGUUGCAUGAGCGUUCUGGAGCAGGUCUGCGUCGGCAGUUCGCUGUCGAUCCGCAACUACUUGCGGCUCGGAUCUCGUGCUAGCAUCUUCUCAAGCAUGCAGAUGGGCAGCUGCUUGUCGGUGCUCGAUGCCACAACUCUCGGCUCCGCAAUCAGCUUGCGCAACGUCGUUCGCGUUGGCGGUCGCGCAUCGAUUCUGGAUUUCUUCAACAUGGGUUCUGCGAUGAGCAUCCGCUCCUUCUGCCGCAUGGGCUCUAGUUUGAGCGUGCUUGGCGAUAUGCGCCACGACGGCGACUUGAUGGCCACGACCGGUACCUUCUCUGUCGGAAACGUCAGUCGCAUGGGUGGCGCUGUGUCCAUCUUCAGCUAUGUGCAGUUCGGCUCCUCCGUGUCCCUGCGUUCCUUGGCUCGCUUCGGCAGCGCCUUGAGCGUCCUGGACUACGUUGAAAUCGGCUCUGCUCUGAGCUUGCGCGCGCACUCGCGCUUCGGCAGCACGCUGUCCGUUUGCGCCAACGCGAACUUCGCUAGCCACAUCUCGAUCUUGGCUCACUGCCAUAUGGGCAGCUCCAUGUCCUUGCGUGGUCGAACCGCCCGCUUCGGCGGCUCCGUCAGCGUCUUGCACGCAGCACACCUUGGCUCCGCGUUCUCGGUACGUCAGUUCACGCGAUUCGGAGAUCAGAUUUCCGUCAUGGACUUCGUCAACUUGGGAAGCAGCUUGUCCGUGCGCAAGUUCGCACGCGUCGGAUCUUCGGUGUCCGUUGUCGGAACGGCAAACUUCCGUGCCGCGUUCUCCGUGAUGCAGCAAGCAGAACUCGGCUCUGCACUCUCUGUCAGGUCAGUGUGCAGACUCGGUGGCAUGCUCUCGGUGCUCAACUUCGUUGAGGUCGGAUCCUCCAUGUCCUGCCGCAACUACGUGCGUAUCGGCAGCUCAUUGUCCGUCUUGCGGGAUGCAAAGCUGAGUGCUAAGCUCUCCGUGAUGGACUUCGCGUCCUUGAGCUCCGGUUUGAGUCUGCGUGGUACAACCGCGAAGAUCGGUGGCGUCUUGUCCGUGCUGCGCUUCGUGCAGUUCGGCAGCAGCUUGAGCGUGCGAUCCACUGGAAGAUGCGGCAGCGCCAUGAGCGUGUGCAGCUUCGCCACCAUUGGUUCCAGCAUCUCGACGCGUGCCUUCACAAGGCUCGGCAGCAACUGCAGUUUGCUCGACUGCCUGCAACUCGGCAGCAGCAUGUCUUUGCGCUCGACCAUGAAGAUGGGAGACAAGGUGAGCAUGCUGGACUUCGUGUCCCUCGCAAGCAGCUUGUCGAUCCGCAACUACUGCCGUGUUGGUUCAACUCUGUCUGUGCACGGCAAGUUCAUGUGCGGAAGCUUGUUCAAGCUCUCCGUGAUCCACCAGGCGCACUGCGGUAGCGCAUUGUCCGUGCGUUCCUUCGGACGCUUCGGGCACCAGGUGAGCGUCUUCGACUUCUCCACUUGCGGAAGUUCGCUCUCAUUGCGUAAUUACAUGCGCGUUGGCUCCGCCAUGAGCGUGAACAGCAAGGCGCAAAUGGGCAGCAAGGUGAGCGUCUUGGACUAUCUCGAGAUUGGAAGCAGCUUCUCUGUGCGCUCCAUCGCGCGUCUAGGAAGCGCUAUGUCAUUGGUUGACUUCGUAGCUCUAGGAAGCAGCAUUUCCUUGCGCUCGUGCGUGCGGUUCGGCAGCGACCUGUCGGUGCUGAACUACGCGCACUUCGGAUCCACGAUGUCCGUUCGUGGCAUCAUGCGUCUCGGAAGCGCGAUGUCCGUGUACCGCGACGCCCGCUUCGGUGGACAGAUGAGCGUCCUUGAGCAAGUUGCUUUGGGCUCUUCGUGCAGUGUCCGCAGCUACAUGCGUCUCGGCUCGGCCUGCAGUGUGCUGGACUUCGUCAACCUCGGAUCGUCUUGCAGUGUCCGUGCUCGCGCGCGCCUUGGAUCCAACGUCUCUGUCUUCAGCUUCUUCCACAUGGGAUCUGCCAUGUCUAUUCGUAGCUUCGCUCGCGUCGGCUCGGCAGUUAGUGCACUGGACUACGUGAACUUGGGAAGCGCAAUUUCAGUGCGCCAGUACGCUCGCUGCGGCAGCAGCGUGUCGAUUACGGGUUUGUUGCGCAUCGGCUCCUGCCAGCAGUUGAGCGUCAUCCGCGCCGGCCACUUUGGUAGUUCCAUGAGCUUGCGUAGCUUCGCUCGCAUGGGCAGCAGCGUUUCCGUGCUUGACUCCAUCCACUUCGGCAGCGGCAUGUCUAUGCGCACCUUCAUGCGCAUCGGCUCUACGGUUAGCGUUUUGAAGCGUGUGAACGUUGCGACAAUGUGCUCCGUGCUCGAUGCUACGCACUUGGGCAGCAGCAUGUCGGUCCGCAGCGUCAUCCGCAUUGGCAGCAGCGUCUCCGUACUCAACUUCGCGCACAUCGCGUCUAGCAUCAGCUUGCGCAGCUAUGUGCGCUUCGGCAGCAGUUGCAGUGCGUUCUCGAACGUGCAGUUGGGAGAACAAUUGUCCGUUCUGUCCCAGAUCGAACUCGGAUCCUCUAUCUCGGUCCGUGCACUCGCUCGCCUCGGCAACAACAUGAGCGUCUUGUCCUUCGUGCACAUCGGUAGUUCCAUGUCGUUGCGCGCCAUGGCUCGCUUCGGCUCCGCUGUUUCUAUCUUGGACUUUGUGCACGUCGGUAGCAGCUGUUCGUGCCGCGCUUUCUCUCGCCUCGGCUCCAACUUGUCGGUCUUUGGCCGCAUGAACCUGCAUACGGACUUGUCCGUCAUUGAGCAGAUGAACAUCGGAAGCAGCAUUUCUCUCAGAGGCGUCGUGCGCUUUGGUCAGGCUUGCAGUGCGCUCAGCUUCGUCGAACUCGGCUCUUCUCUCAGCGUCCGCAAGUAUGUGCGCUUGGGCAGCAGCAUGAGCGUAACGGGCUUGACCAAGAUCGGUUCCGUCCUGAACUUGUCCGUCAUCGGCCAGCUUCACUGCGGCAGCUCCUUGUCGGUGCGCAGCUUCUGCCGAUUGGGCAGCGCAAUGUCUGCUCUGGACUACGUUUCUGUUGGAUCGACUCUGUCCAUUCGCAGUUACAUGCGUGUGGGAAGCGGAACUAGCAUCAUGGCGGCCACCAAGUUUGGCGACACACUGUCUAUCUUAGACAUGGCAUCUAUGGGAAGCUCCGUGUCUGUGCGUUCCUUCGUUCGUAUGGGCGCUGAGUUCUCCAUGUUGAGUUUCGCGAACUGCGGUUCUUCGCUGUCUCUCCGAUCCCACGCCCGCUUUGGCAGCAAGCUGUCCAUGGUCGAGAUCGCGAACAUCGGAAGCGCAUUGUCUGUGCGACAGUUUGUGCGCAUGGGCAGCAGCUUGAGCGUGAUCGGCUUGAACCAGUUCGGUUCCGUCGCCGUGAUGUCGGUUAUCGGAUGCACAACCAUGGCCUCUAGUAUGAGUCUGCGAUGCAGGGUCAGAUGCGGUCACACGCUAUCCGUGCUCGCGUUCGCGCAGGCCGGCAGCAGCAUGUCGCUGCGCCAAUUCGCGCGUCUCGGUUCUUCGUGCUCCAUGCACGGCCUGACGUACUUGGGCAGCUGCUUCAAGCUGUCCAUCAUCGGCGCAAACACACUGGCCAGCAGUAUGAGCUUGCGUUCCACUUGCAGAAUGGGUAGCGCGAUGAGCGUCAUGAACUACGUCGCCAUCGGUAGCAGCUUCUCCGUGCGCAGCAACAUCCGCUUGGGCAGCUCCUGCUCUUUGUUGAGCUACGCGCAGUGUGGCAGCGCCAUCUCGCUGCGUGCAUUCGCUCGCUUUAGUUCGAAACUGUCCGUCCUGGACAGCGUGCAUUUGGGCAGCAACUUCAGCGUGCGUAGCACCGCUCGUUUCGGCAGCUCCAUGUCUCUCUUGGAUUUCUCGUUGUGCGGCAGCACGCUUUCUUUGCGCAGUUACUUGCGCGUGGGCAGCGCUUGCAGCGUCACCGGUCUCGUUAAGAGCGGAUCCGUCUUCUCCUUGUCCGUGAUCGGCUUCGUGCACUGCGGCAGCACUCUGUCUUUGCGAUCACGAUCCCAGUUCGGUGGACCGUUGAGUAUCCUCGACUACGUCUCGUUCGCGAGCACUUUGAGUAUCCGCUCGGUGGCCAGACUUGGAUCCGGUCUCUCGGUCAUGCGCAAGGUGCGAUUGGGCAACGUUUUGUCUGCUCUGGAAUGCGCUACGGUCGGUAGCUCUUUGAGUCUCCGCUCUUACUGCCGCAUCGGCAGCCACUUGUCCGUAUUGGAUUCUACACACCUGGGCAGCAGCUUCAGCGUGCGUACGCACAUCCGAUUGGGCUCCAACAUGUCCGUGCUCGAGUACGUCAUGUUGGGUAGCAGUGUCUCCCUGCGCAGCUACCUCCGCGUCGGAGCGCACUUGUCAGUGCUCGACAGCACUCUCUAUGGUUCCACGCUUUCGUUGCGCAAGUUCAUGCGCACAGGCAGCAGCCUCUCAGUCCACGGCCUAUUCAUGUGCGGUUCCGUCCAGAAAUUGUCGAUUUUGGGACAAGCCAUCCUUGGCAGCACAUUGAGCGUGCGUCAGCGCGUGCAGUGCGGUCACAGGCUUUCGGUUCUGGACUCGAGCUUCUUUGGAAGCUCAGUGUCUAUCCGAAGUCUGAUCCGUAUGGGAAGUUCUUUGUCUGUCGAAAAACGUGGCUUUUUCGGUGCCAUGUUCAGCGUCCUGGACUCCACGACUCUAGGAUCUAGCUGCAGCGUUCGUCACAUGUUGCGUGCAGGUCAGAAGUUGAGCUUGUUGGAGAACGCCAACAUCGGGUCUGCUUUGUCGAUCCGUAGCUUCGUGCGUCUUGGAAGCUCCCUCUCGUGCCACACGACAUUGGCUUGCAAGAACAUCCGAAAAUUGUCAGUCGUUGAGAUCACCGUUUUAGCGUCUGCAAUUUCUCUACGCUCCUUUGCUCGCUUCGGAAGCAGCUGCUCCGUGGUCGACUACGUCACGAUUGGAAGCACCAUGUCCCUGCGCAACUUCGCACGCAUUGGUUCCGGUGUGAGCAUCAUGCGCGACGUGCGCAUUGGCAAGUCGCUCUCUGUACUCUGCGCUCUGACGAUCGGCAGCACGCUGUCUCUGCGCAGCGAAGCUCGCCUCGGAUCCCGGAUCACUCUGUUGGACUGCUUCCGCAUGGGAUCUUCCUUGUCGCUGCGUUCCUUCUUGAAGGUCGGCUCCGGAUGCUCAGUUUUAGGGCAUGCACAGAUUGGUGGAAAGCGGCUGUCGCUCUUGGAUCAGCUGCAGUUGGGUAGCUCGUUGUCUGUGCGCACGCAAAUGCGCCUCGGCAGCAAGUUAAGCGUGCUGGACACCUUCAACUUGGGCUCCGCGCUCUCGCUGCGCACGUUCGCACGCAUCGGUUCGUCGCUCUCCGUACACCAGGGGUCCUGCGAAUGCGGUGCUAAGGUUUCCGUGCUCAACUUCAUGCACUUGGGCAGCUCGUUGUCGCUCCGCUCCCACGCUCGCUUCGGCAGCUACUUGAGCGUAAUCGACCGCGCCGAGAUGGGCAGCAGCUUGUCUAUCCGCUCCUUCGUGCGGCUAGGCAGCAGCUUCAGCGCGAUCGGCAUGUGCGCCGUUGGAUCCGCUUUGGCUUUGUCGGUCAUUCAGCAAGUCGAGUUUGGUUCCUCGCUGUCUGUUCGUUCGGUGAUGAGGUUCGGCUCUCGCAUCAGCGUAUUGAACUUCACGCAGAUAGGCAGCAGCGUGUCCUUCCGAUCCUUCGCUCGCUGCGGCAGCGCGCUCUCCGUCGCGGAGAAUGUCCGUGUUGGAGCCACCCUCAGCGUCCUGUCUGAGCUCGAGUUGGGCAGCAGCAUCAGUUUGCGAUCCUUCUCGCGUCUGGGACAGCGCGCCUCCGUGAUGGACUACUUGGGCAUUGGCUCCGGACUGUCCAUUCGUGGCUUCGUGCGCGUCGGAAGCAUGGUCUCCGUCCUCGGUUGCCUGCGCUUCGGAUCUGUCCAUGAUUUAUCCGUUGGACAGCAGACGCAGAUGGGUGCAAACUUGUCGGUACGCGGCACCACGUUUGCAGGCUCGAAGCUGUCUGUCUUCAGCUGGGUCAUGGCUGGCAGCGGCCUCUCCGUGCGUGAGUUCACGCGCCUCGGCAGCUCGCUCUCCGUCUUCGACUUCGUGUCGCUCGGAUCCACUAUGUCUUUGCGAUCGUACAUGCGUAUGGGAAGCGGCCUCGAAAUCUUCGGAACGCUCAACUUGCCCUUAUCUGUCUCGAUUCAGAAGUACGUGAACUUGGGCUCCAGCCUCUCCAUCCGUAGCUUCUCGCGCGUUGGAGGCGCCUGCAGUGUCUACAACUUCCUAGACCUCGGGUCUUCGAUGUCGGUGCGAUCGUACUCGCGAACGGGCUCUGGAGUUAGCGUUCUGGGAAAAGCUCGCAUUGGCAUGACGACCUCAAUCUUGGGCAGUGUCGCUUUGGGCAGCACCUUGUCCGUACGCAGUUUUACAAGAUUCGGCAACUGCAUGUCUAUCUACGACUUCUUCUGCGCUGGAAGCAGCUUCUCAUUGCGCAGCGCAGCUCGACUGAGCAGCAGCAUGUCCGUGGUCGGGGACUUCCGAGUUGGGGCUAAGCUUUCGAUCUUGGAUUCCGUUGCCUGUGGCAGUAUGAUGAGCGUCCGCCGCUUCACGCGAUUGGGAGGAAAAUUGUCUGUUGUGGACUUCUUCCAUCUUAGCAGCACAAUGUCUUUGCGCAGCUUGUGCCGUGUCGGAUCCGCAAUGUCCAUUCUGGACUUCUGCGGCUUCGGCUCCACCUGCAGUAUCCGCAACUACGCUCGUGUCGGUUCCGGGCUUAGCGUGUACGGACGCGCCCGCCUCGGCUUCAAGGCCUCCGUUUUGGAUCGUGCGGCUUUGGGUUCCGCGUGCUCUUUGCGCGCUGUCCUGCGUCUCGGAAGCUCUUUGAGCGUCCAUGGCGGACACUGCCGCAUCAGCGGUUGUUUAUCGGUGCUAGAUAGUCAGCAGUUCGGCUCUACGAUGAGUCUCCGUGGCUUCAGCCGCUUGGGCAGCCGCUUGUCCGUUGUUGACAACACGCACAUUGGCAGUUCCUUCUCCUUGCGCAGCUUCGUGCGCGUCGGAUCGGGAUGCUCCAUCUUCACCACGGUCAGGAUGGGACAGAACUGCAGCGUUUUAGAGGGUGUGCUCAUGGGCAGCACUUUGUCUGUCCGCAGCUUCGUGCGCAUCGGAGAACAGCUGUCGAUCAUGAACUUCGCGACUAUGGGCAGCUCUCUGAGCGUACGUUCUAUGACGCGCUUCGGCAGCGCGCUUUCCGUGCUGGAUUACGUCGCAAUUGGCAGCUCGACUUCGGUCCGCAGCUUCGUGAGACUGGGAUCCAGCUUGAGCAUCACUGGUCCUGCGAUGCGUGUCGGAGGAGCGAUCAGUAUUCUGGACAAGGUCAGCCUCAGCAGUUCAUUGUCAGUGCGUGCCCUGUUCCGAUGCGGCUCUAACCUGUCGGUGUUGGACGUAGUCACACUCGGCAGCAGCGUUAGCUUGCGUAGCUUCGGUCGUUGCGGAAGCGCGAUCUCCUUGGUCGACCAGACGGCCUUCGGCAGCUCGCUCUCGAUGCGCAGCUUCACGCGAAUCGGCAGCAGUGUGUCCGUCCAUGGUCUCUUCCGUGUUGGGUCCGCCCACACCAUGUCAAUCAUCGGCUUCGCGCACUGCGCAAGCUCGUUGAGUAUGCGAUCUUUCGCUCGCUGCGGCCAGCACUGCAGCUUGCUCGACUCAGUUGCCCUCGGAAGCUCCGUAUCGGUCCGCUCCUUCGCACGUCUCGGUUCUCAGCUCUCUGCUUUGGACGCCACGUGCUUGGGCUCCUGCUUGUCGCUCCGUAGCGCCGUCCGAUUGGGCAGUUCUUUGAGUGUCGCUAAGGUGACGUUCUUCGGCUCUCUGUUCGCUUUGUCUGUCUUCGGCCAGGUAGAGAUCGGAUCCAGCGUUUCUGUGCGCAGCUUCACGCGAUUCGGACAGAACUUGAGCGUCUUCGACGCUUCGCACUUGGGCUCCACACUGUCUUUGCGUAAGGCGGCACGUGUCGGCAGCUCUCUCUCUCUGCAUGGCGUCUUCAUCGCCGGUUCCGUGCAGCGAUUGUCCGUUAUCGGUAACCAGAACCUCGGAAGCUCCUUGUCUGUGCGCUCUUGCGUACGCCUGGGCAACCAGAUGAGCUUGGUCGACUGCCUCAACCUGGGCAGCAGCGUCUCUCUUCGUAGCAUGAUCCGUUGCUCGUCGCAACUGUCUGUUCUCGACAGCGUGAUGCUUGGAUCUUCGCUUUCCUUGCGCAGGUUCUUGCGCAUCGGCUCUGCAGUUUCCAUUAUGGGACGCGUACGAACCGCCGCCUCCUGCUCCGUGCUGCAGCACGUCGCUUUGGGCAGCAGCCUGAGUUUGCGCUCUACCGCACGCUUCGGCUCCAACAUCUCGAUCAUGCGCUUUGCACACCUGGGCUCUGCACUCAGUCUGCGAUCCUUCUUCCGUGUCGGAUCCACUCUGUCCGUUGAGGGUGUCGUGCGCGUCGGCAGCGCUAUGCAGUUGUCCAUCAUGCACAUCUCCACUAUGGGCAGCAGCUUGAGUCUGCGCAGCCAGGCCAGAAUGGGAUCUAGACUAUCGGUUUUGGACCACGUGGUUAUCGGCAGCAGCUGCUCGUUGCGCAAGUUCGCUCGUAUCGGCUCCGGAUGCUCGAUCUUCGGCACUCUCCGUCAGCGCGGCAAGUGCUCCGUGAUCGACGCUGGCCACCUGGGCUCCAGCCUCUCGGUGCGCAGUUUUGUCAGGUUCGGGUCGAUGAUGAGCACCUUCGACUACAUGCACAUGGGCUCGAGUCUGUCCGUGCGUUCGGUGAUGAAGGCGGGAAGCUGCUUGAGCGUCUUGGACUUCACCAGCGUGGGAUCCGCGCUUUCGUGCCGCUCCUUCACGCGCUUCGGAAGCGCCUUGUCUACUUUGGAAUUCGGCGUUCUUGGUUCCUCCCUCAGUAUGCGCUCGUUCGCACGGUUCGGCAGCACUUUGUCUGUCGAAUCUCGUGUGCACAUGGGCAAGGACUUGUCGGUGAUGGACGCAGCCCGCUUGGGAAGUAGUCUCAGUUGCCGAUCCUUUGUGCGAUUCGGCAGUGCCAUGAGCACUCUUGACUUCGUGGUGGUCUCCAGCUCGCUUUCGCUGCGAUCCUUCAGCAGACUUGGAUCAUCCUUGAGUGUUUGCGGACUGACGGCUCUCGGUAGCUGCCAGACCUUAUCGAUCAUCCAGCGUGUGACGUUGAGCAGCAGCUUGAGCAUGCGCAGCUACGCACGCUUCGGCAGCGCGAUUUCGGUCUUGCAGUUCGCGCAGGUCGGUUCCUCCGCCAGUCUUCGCAGCUUCAUGCGCUUCGGAAGCUCUCUGUCCGUCUUGGCAACCGGACGUGUGUCGGGACACAUCAGCGUCUUCGACCAACUCGCGUUGGGCAGCUCGCUGUCUUUGCGCUCGGUCGCUCGAUGCGGUUCCAACAUCUCCGCGCUCGACUGCGCUCACUUGGGCAGUAGCUUCAGCGUGCGCGCCUUCGUGCAAUUGGGCAAGUUCUGCUCCGUGCUGAACAGCGUUCACUUCGGAAGCAGCUUGAGUGUCCGUAGCGUAAGCAAGGUUGGCAUGCGCUUGAGCGUGUGCCAUGCGGCGCACUACGGAAGCACGCUGUCGGUACGCAGCUUUAUCCGCUUGGGCAGCAAUGUUUCAGUGAAGGGCGGCGGUCGAUUCGGAAACUUGCAACGUAUCUCAUUGGUCGACAAGACGCAUCUUGGAAGCUCGUUCUCCGUGCGAUCCUUCUCGAGGUUCGGAAGCUGUGUGAGCAUCCUUGGCUUCUGCCAGAUUGCCUCCUCCACGUCGAUGCGCAGCUUCACGCGAGUUGGAAGCAGCUUGAGCGUCCUCGGACGCGGCUUUGCUGGAAACCAACUCACGGUUCUCCAGCAAGCAAACGUCGGCAGCAGCUUCUCGGUGCGCAGCUACUUGCGUCAUGGAAGCGCGCUUAGCGUGCUCAACUUCACGUGCAUGGGCAGUAGCGUGAGUCUGAGAAACUUCGUUCGAUGCGGCAGCGCAUUGAGCGUGCACGGCUUCGUCAUGCUCUCUUCGGUGCAGAAACUCUCGAUCUUGCAGACCGUGUGCUUCGGCAGCUCCAUGUCCAUGCGCCAGAGCGCUCGUAUUGGCCGCAACCUCUCGGUCAUGGACGCCGCGCAUCUCGGCAGUUCGCUGUCUGUGCGCAGCUUCGGACGCUUCGGUUCCUGCCUGUCGGUGCUGAGCUACGUGAACAUCGGUAGCUCGUUGUCCACACGUGCUUACGUCAGACUCGGCUCACGACUAAGCGUCGCCAAGGCCAUCGAAAUGGGUGGUGAAAUCAGUAUCCUCUGCCAGGCCUCGAUUGGCAGCUCGAUCUCGAUGCGCAGCUUCUUGCGUUUGGGAGCCGAGUUGUCCGUCAAGGACUUCAGCUUGCUCGGAAGCGCAAUGUCUCUGCGCAGCUUUAUGCGCAUGGGCAGCUCCUGCAGCGCAGUUGGUCUGUGCUACAUGGGCAGCGUCAAGGCGAUCAGCGUGUUGCAGUAUGCGUCUUGCGGCAGCACGUUGAGUCUCCGCAGUUUCGCACGCCUCGGCAGCGCAAUGUCUGUGGUUGACUUCGUAAACAUCGGCAGCACAUGUAGCCUCCGCGCCUUCAUGCGUGUCGGCAGCGGAAUGAGCGUGCUCAGCUCUUGCCGCGUCGCUGGCGCAACCUCGGUUCUCGACGCAACUGGAUUGGGCAGCAGCUUGAGUGUUCGUAACUUCGUGCGCUUUGGCAGCCGAUUGUCCGUCUUCGAUUUGUGCUCGCUCGGAUCCAGUGUCAGCGUCCGCGGACACGUCCGUCUCGCUACCACACUGAGCGUUGAGGGCGCAGUCCGCUUCGGUUCCGUGCAACAACUCUCCGUGAUCGACUCCACACACUUGGGAUCGGCCUUGAGCGUGCGCAACUACUCCACCAUGGGCGGUCGCCUGUCUGUGCUGGACUCCGUGCAUAUGGGCAGCUCCUUGAGCUUGCGUUCUAGCGCUACUUUAGGAAAGAAGCUGUCCGUUCUGCAGUUCGCACAUCUAGGCAGCUCCUUCUCCGUUCGCAGCUCCGGUCGCAUCGGCAAGCACAUGUCUAUGCUCGACUUCGCCAAUAUGGGCUCCAGUCUUUCGGUACGCGGCUUUGCACGAACCGGUGAUGCACUAUCUGUGCUCUCCUAUGUGGGCAUGGGUUCGUCUUUGAGCGUCCGAUCGGUCGCUCGCCUCGGCAAGCAUUUGUCCGUUCUUGACUGCACACACGCCGGAUCGACUCUGUCGUUGCGCUCCUUCGCUCGCUUGGGCAGCGGACUCUCCAUGGUGGGUCUCCUCUCCUUUGGUUCCUUGUUAGAGGUCUCCGUGAUGAACCAAGUCGCGAUCGGCAGCAGCUUCAGCGUGCGCUCGUUCACUCGUUUGGGCUCUGCUCUGUCUGCAUUGAACUUCAGUGCUCUAGGCAGCUCGUGCUCUGUGCGUAACUUCUUGCGCGCGGGUGACAAGCUGUCGGUGAUCAACUUCGUGCAUCUGGGCAGCGCCAUCAGCUUACGUUCGUCCGCUCGCUGCGGCAACAGCAUUAGCACCUUGAACUUCAUUGCUGUCGGCUCAUCAUUGUCGAUCCGCGACACAGUACGUCUGGGGAGCAGCUUGUCGGUGCUAGGAAAUACCAACAUGAUGGGCCGAUUGUCCGUCUUCUGCCAGAUGAACCUGUCCUCUAGCCUGAGUCUUCGUGGCAUCGCUCGCAUGGGCUCCAGAGCCUCGGUUCUGGAUUUCAUGCAGAUUGGUUCUGCCCUCUCGAUGCGCAGCUACAUGCGAGUCGGAAGUGCAAUGAGCAUAACUGGAAAGCUGCGUCUCUCGGGAAGCGGCGGCUUGAGCGUGCUCGGCCUCGCGCACCUCGGCAGCAGCUUCUCGCUCCGUGGAAUGGCCACUUGUGGUUCCAACUUGAGUGUUCUCGAAUUCGCGCAGUUCGGCAGCACCAUUUCACUACGUGCUCAUGCACGCUGCGGUAAGUUCGCUUCCUUUCUGGACUACGUGAAUCUCGGCAGCACUCUCUCUGUGCGUUCCGUCGCGCGUGUCGGCAAGAACAUCAGCGUGAUCAGCUUCGCGCAGGUCGGAAGCACUUUGAGUCUGCGUGCAGCCACUCGUUUGGGCAGCAGCUUCAGCGUGACCGGAAUGGCAACCUUCGGCUCUCUGACUAACUUGUCGAUUAUCGGACAAGCGCACAUGGGAAGCGCAUUGAGUCUACGUAACUUCGCUCGCUUCGGGGCUAACUUGAGCGGUCUGGACUUUGUCAACCUUGGCUCCACUCUGAGUGUGCGUUCGCAUGCACGCGUCGGUGGCAAGUUCUCAAUUCUGGCUACUCUCAAUUUGGGAAGCUCCUUGAGCGUCCGCAACACGCUCCGCAUCGGCUCUCGCAUGUCAGUUCUGGACAACCUGGAACUCGGCAAGAACUGCAGUUUGCGUAGCUUCUCCAGAAUGAGCUCCAAGACCUCCGUCUUGGAUUGCCUUGCCUUGGGCAGCUCCUUGAGCUUGCGUUCUCAUGCUCGUUGUGGAGCAGCCGUCUCCGUGUUGGCUUGUUCCGCCAUUGGCAGUGCCAUGUCCAUCCGUCAAUUCUCGCGCAUUGGCAGCAGCGUCAGCGUCUUCGGCGUUGUCGCUUGUGGCAGCAUCACUAGAAUGUCCGUAAUGUCGACUGUGGACGUCGCGAGCACUCUGUCUUUGCGCAGUUUCGCUCGCUUCGGCUCCAUGCUCUCGGUGCUCGACUACGUGCACUUCGGCAGCUCCGUUUCGGUGCGUGCCUUCGGACGUCUGGGAAGCAGCAUGAGCGUGAACAAGAAGGUGUACCUGGGUCACGAACUCAGCGUGUUGGGCCACGUUGCUUUGGGCAGCGCUCUGUCGACGCGCGCGUUCGCUCGGUUCGGCAGCGCUCUGAGCGUUCUGAACUACUCGACAUGCGGAAGCAGCAUUUCGCUGCGCGCCUUCAUGCGCAUUGGCAGUGGACUCUCAAUUGGCACUGGCUCUGAGGCCUUCACCGUCGGCGGACGUCUCUCUGUCCUGUCCUACCUAGCGCUCGGAAGCUCUGUCUCCUUGCGCUCGCAUCUUCGUGCAGGUGCGUCGAUGUCGAUCGCCAAUUUCGCGACCUUCGGAAGCAGCAUUUCGAUGCGCAGCUUCUUGCGUGUCGGAGAUAAGGUUAGCGUAAUGAGUUUCGCACAUAUGGGAUCUGCUUUGAGCAUGCGCUCGUUUGCACGCUUCGGCUCCGCCAUGUCCGUUCUCAACUUCGCUCACAUCGGCAGCACAUGCAGUCUGCGCGCUUACACGAGACUCGGAAGCUCGAUGUCCGUGUCUGGCCUCACGUCUGUCGGAAGUUGCUUGCAGAUCAGCGUGAUCUCGCAAACAACCCUGGGCUCUGGACUUUCCGUGCGCUCGUUUGUCCGCUUCGGAGACUCGCUCUCGGUGAUCAGCUUCAUGCAGUUCGGCAGCUCGGUUUCUGUCCGAAGCUUUGUGCGAUGCGGCUCCUUCGCUAGCGUGUGUCACUUCGCGCAGAUGGGGUCGUCACUCAGCGUUCGCUCGCUCUGCCGUGCCGGUUCGCGAAUGAGCGUCCUGGACUGCUUGAACCUCGGUAGCAGCAUCAGUGUGCGAUCUUUCGUCCGAACGGGUUCUGGCAUCAGCGUCAUCGGCUUUGCAUCCAUCGGUAGUUGCUUGAAGCUGUCCGUGAUCGAGCACACGAAUUUGGGAUCCAGCUUGAGUGUCCGCAGCGUAUCGCGAUGCGGCUCUCGUAUGUCGGUUCUCAACUUCUUGCACUUGGGAAGCUCUUUGAGUGUACGAUCUCAUAUGCAGGUGAGCUCGCGCAUGUCCGUCUUGGAUCAACUAGCGUUGGGCGCCACCAUGUCCGUGCGCAGCUUCGCUCGCUUCGGCUCACGUCUCAGCGUCUUGGAGCAAUCUGAAGUCGGAUCUUCGUUGAGUCUGCGUUCCUUCGUACGAUGCGGCAGCAGCUUGUCGAUCUGCGGUCUCUGCCGAACCGGAUCCACGUUCGCCUUGAGCGUGAUCCGCUACACGCACUUGGGCUCCUCGCUCUCGCUGCGUAGCGCCGCAAGAUUCGGCUCUUGCCUGACUGUCUUGGAUUACACGGCGAUGGGAAGCAGCGCUUCUCUGCGCUCCUUCGCUCGCUUGAGCAGCGGCCUGUCCUGCAUGGGCAGCGCAAAGUGCGGUGCUGACUUGUCCGUGAUGCAGGAACUCCACGUCGGAAGCAGUUUGUCGCUCCGUUCCUUCGCUCGAUUCGGAGAUCGGUUGUCGGCACUGAGCUUCAUCGAACUUGGCAGCAGCUUCUCUCUGCGCAGCUUCUCGCGUAUGGGCAGCUCCCUGUCGGUGGCCGGUGACAAGACCUCCAUAGGCGGUUUGAUCUCCGUGCUAGACUACUCACACGUCGGCAGCACUCUGAGUGUGCGAUCCACGUUCCGCACUGGUGCUCGCAUGUCAGUGUUGGAUACCCUGGCACUGGGAAGCUCGCUUUCGGUGCGCAGCGUCAGCCGCUUCGGUAGCUGCAUGUCAGUUUUGAACUUCGCUCAUAUGGGCAGCGGUCUCUCAGUCCGCGCAUUCGUGCGACUCGGCAGCAACUUGAGCAUCGCGGGACGCAACGCAUUGGGCAGCUGCUAUGAACUGUCCGUGAUCAACUGCGUUGGACUGGGAUCGUCCUUGUCCGUGCGCAGCUCGUUGCGAUGCGGUUCUAGCCUGUCCGUCUUCAACAUGAUGGCCUUGGGAAGCGCUUUGUCUAUUCGGUGCGCAGCUCGUCUCGGGUCCGGACUCAGCGUGUACAAGAAGGUCACGAUCGCAUCUGAUCUGUCGGUCCUCCAAUGUACGGCGCUUGGCAGCUCGUGUUCCGUUCGUUCCACUGCCCGCAUGGGUGGAAAGGUUUCUGUGACUGACUUCUUGUCCUUGGGCUCCACGCUCUCGACUCGCGCCUUCAUCCGCCUCGGCAGCAACUUUUCCUUGACUGGGGACGCUCGAUUCGGAGACCGAUGCUCAGUGUUGAACUUCGUGUCCAUGGCCAGUUCGUUGUCUCUCCGCAACAACUGCCGCAUCAGCGGAAACUUGAGUGUGCUCAGCUUCGCAACGGUUUCCAGCUCGUGCUCCAUGCGCAGCAUGGCGCGCCUCGGCAGCGCUCUGUCCACUCUCGAGUACGUGAACAUCGGCAGCAGCCUAAGUCUCCGAUCGCAGGCUAAAUUCGGAUCUGCUUUGUCCGUCCUGAGCUACGUCAGCUUCGCUUCGACGCAGAGUCUGCGUUCCUUCGUGCGCUUGGGCAGCAGCUUGAGCGUCAUCGGAUUAAGCGCUCUCGGAAGCGUGUUGAAGUUGUCGGUGAUCAACCAAGUGGACGUGGGCAGCAGCUUGAGCAUUCGUGCGUUCUCCCGCUUGGGCCAGAACUUGUCCGUUCUCAGCUUCUGCCAGUUGGGUAGCAGCUUGUCGGUCCGCCACGCUAGUCGGUGCGGACAGCAAGCCUCCAUCGUGGACAUGCUCAAUAUGGGCAGUUCUUUGAGUGUGCGUGCGAUGACGCGCUUCGGUUCUCGAGCCUCCGUGCUCGACUGCCUCACCUUGGGCAGCAGCGUCAGUCUGCGUUCCUUCGCCAGACUCGGCAGCUCCUGCAGCGUUGCUGGUGUGAUCCGCAUCUCCAGUGUGUUCAGGCUCUCGGUUGUGCAGCACGUGAACAUCGGAAGCUCGCUCUCGAUGCGCAGCUUCUCGCGCUUCGGCUCCGCACUCUCGAUGCUUUCCUUCACAACAAUCGGCAGCUCUUGCUCUUUGCGCAACUUCGCGCGCUUGGGCAGCGGACUUUCGGCCUCGGGCGUCGCACGCUUCGGCGACAGCGCCUCGGUCGUCAGCUUCGUGAACAUCGGCUCUAGCCUCUCGUUGCGAAGCACCAGUCGGUUCAGCAAAAUGGUUUCCGUUUUGGAUUCCGUUCACCUUGGCAGCAGCUUGAGUCUCCGUCAGUUCUUGCGUCUCGGCAGCGGAUGCUCCGUGCUCAGCGACACUCGCAUCGGCGGCUCUGCCUCCGUGAUCGAGUACACGUACUUGGGCAGCUCGCUUUCGGUGAGAAACGCUGUCCGUCUAGGAUCGCGAGCCAGCGUCUUGGACUUCCUGCAGUUGGGCAGCACCAUUAGUUUGCGUGACUUCGCGCGCUUCGGCAGCUCGCUCUCCGUGUGCGGUCGGGUCCGCACUGGCGGUGCGAUGUCGAUCUUGAACGCUUGCUCCAUCGGUGCGGAUUUGUCAGUCCGCUCUACCACCAGACUCGGAUCUCGCAUGUCGGUCGUCGACAUGGUCGACAUCGGCUCUGCUCUCUCUGUGCGCAACUUCCUGCGCGUAGGCAGCAGCAUGUCUCUCUACCAGAGCUUCGUGUCCGGAGGCAAGAUCUCCAUCUUGCAACAAGCAAACUUGGGUAGUUCCUUGUCUGUCCGCAGCAUGGUCAGGGCGUCUUCGCGUGCCAGUGUCCUUGACACGUGCGCACUCGGCAGCUCAUUGUCGGUCCGCGCCAACCUACGAUGCGGAUCGCGCUUGUCGCUGCUCGACUGCUUGCGACUGGGCAGCAGCUUGUCUCUGCGCUCCCUGGGCCGCUUCGGCGCCAACGUCUCCGUCCUCGAUCAGGUGCACAUCGGAUCCAGCGUUAGUUGCCGCUCUUACCUUCGCGUGGGCAGCAGCUUCUCGGCACUUGGUCUGUGCGCUUGCAGCAGCGUCUUCCAGCUGAGUGUCAUCAACUUCGUGCAUUUGGCUAGUUCCGUAUCUCUCCGAUCCACCGCUCGGUUCAGCUCCGCAGCCUCGGUCCUGGACUUCGUGACGAUUAGCUCGUCUCUGUCCCUGCGUCAGUUCGUCCGCGUCGGCAGCAGCUGCAGCGUGAAGGGCCGUGCCAACUUCGGAGAGAAGAUGUCCGUUUUGAGCUUCGCACAAUGCGGCUCUAGCUUGUCCUUGCGUAGCACUGCACGCUUCGGCUCCGCUUUGAGCGUGCUCAGCUUCGCUACGGUCGGCAGCUCGAUUUCGCUCCGCGCAUUCUCGCGUCUCGGCAGCGGAUUGUCGGUUCUCAGUCAUACGCAAUGUGGUGCUAGCAUCUCCGUCAUCCAGUCCGCGCACUUGGGCAGUAGCCUCAGUGUGCGUUCGACGACGCGAUUGUCGCGCCACUCCAGCGUGAUGGAGUACCUGCACUUGGGCAGCAGCUUGUCCGUGCGCUCAGUAUCGCGCUGCGGUGCAGCAGCCUCGGUGCUGGACAGCAUCACGGUCGGCUCUUCCCUCUCGAUGCGCAACUUUGCUCGCAUCGGUGCGCAGAUGAGCGUCUUAGACUUCGUCUUUGGUGGAAGCAGCAUUAGUAUGCGCAGCUUCGCACGCAUUGGUUCGUCGAUGAGCGUCGUUGGCAUUGUCUCCUUGGGCAGCGUGCUCAAACUUUCCGUGCUCGAACAGACCACGGUCAGCAGCAGCUGCUCGAUUCGCUCCUUCGCACGUCUUGGAAACCAGCUCAGUGUCCUUAACUACGUCAGCUGCGGUAGCAGCAUGAGCAUGCGCAGUGCGGCCCGCCUCGGUGGACGCAUGAGCGUGUUCGACAUGUGCGCUCUCGGCAGCUCUGUUUCGGUACGAUCAAUUUCGCGCUUGGGAAGCCGUGCUUCAGUCCUCAACAUGCUGUAUCUCGGAUCGUCGAUCUCGAUGCGCGCAGCAGUCCGCGUCGGAAGCUCGAUGAGCGUCAUUGGCCUUGCCGCGUUCGGGUCCUGCUUAAAGGCCUCGGUGAUCAACUGCGUGAACCUGGGAUCUUCGCUGUCCGUCCGCAACGUCUCGCGCUUCGGCUCUCGCGCUUCGGUUUUGGACUACAUGAACCUGGGAAGCUCGCUUUCUGUGCGUAGCAACGUGAAGAUCGGCAGCGUGUGCAGCAUGUUGUCGUUCUCCCAACUUGGAUCUUCGCUCUCCAUGCGAUCGUUCGUGCGAUGCGGCAGUGCCGUGUCCGUUAUUGACUUCGUCAACGUCGGAUCUUCUCUGUCUGUGCGCAGCUACGUGCGCGUUGGCAGCACCUUCUCGGUUGCCGGUUUGGCCGCCUGUGGAAGCUGCCUUGCACUUAGCGUGAUCAACAGCGUCAACAUUGGCUCGACUCUCUCUUUGCGCAAUAUCGCACGGUUCGGAAGCCGCUUGAGCGCUUUGAGCACGAUUGACUUGGGAAGCUCCUUGUCUCUCAGGUCCUUCGCUCGGUUCGGCAGCUCCUUGUCCUUGACCGCGACAGCAACUCUGGGCAGCGACUUGAGCAUCAUGAGCCAGGUCCACUGCGGCAGCUCGUUGUCUGUGCGUAGCAUCAGCCGCUUCGGAAAGCGCGUCAGCAUCUUUGACACGAUGCAGUUGGGCAGCUCGGUGAGUCUACGCAGCUUCGUACGUGUCGGAUCCGGACUCUCUGUCCUAGAGACGGCCAACUUGAGUGGCAAAUGCAGCAUCUUGCAGUUCACCAACUUGGGCAGCUCUUUGUCGAUGCGUUCCUACGGAUGCUUCGGCAGCAACUUGUCGGUUGUCGAUUCUAUUAGCUUCGGAUCGUCGAUUUCGUUGCGUGCGGCGUCGCGUAUGGGUGCCAAGGUGUCCGCACUCAACUUUGCGGCUUACGGAUCUGCGCUUUCGCUCAGAGCGUUCUCGCGUAUCGGAUCUACGGUUUCGGUACGUGGCGUCACGUACCUGAGCAGCUGCCUGCGCACCUCGGUUAUCGACCAGGCACACAUUGGUUCUUCUCUGUCGGUGCGAUCCUUCGCACGCUUCGGCAAGAACCUAAGUGUAGUUGAGUUCGUGACCAUGGGCAGUGGCUUGUCGCUGCGAUCCUUCGUGCGAUUCGGCAGCGGACUCAGCGUCUACAACGAGCUGCGCGCUGGAAGCAGAAUCUCCGCUCUCGACUGCGCCAACCUCGGCAGCUCGCUCUCCGUCCGCAGCUUCUCGCGAUUCGGCGGCCGCGCCUCGGUCGUGGAUAUGCUCAACCUGGGAAGUGGCCUGUCUGUUCGCAACUUCGUGCGAUUGGGAUCAACGCUCUCUUGUGAAGCAUCCAGUGGACAGUACAACGUCUUGGCCGGUCGCGUGUCCGUUCUCGGUUUCGUAGGCUUGGCAAGCAGCAUUUCAUUGCGCAACUUCGCACGCGUCGGCUCGAACCUUUCGGUCUUGGACUACACACAGUGCGGCAGCUCCGUGUCUCUCCGUGCCACGGUCCGUACCGGAGCAAACGCAUCAGUCUUCAGCUUCUUCCACCUCGGAAGUUCGCUGUCGGUGCGUGCGGCAGCUCGCUGCGGAAGCCGCGCUAGCGUCUUGGAGUUCUUCCACCUCGGAAGCUCCGUUUCCGUGCGCAGCUUCGCACGUUGCGGUAGCGGCGUCUCUGUCAUCGGUCUGUGCGCCGUUGGCAGCAUCCAGACUUUGUCUGUGAUCGACCACACAAGCUUGGGUUCCAGUCUGUCAGUGCGCUACGCUUCACGCAUGGGUGCGCGAUGCAGCAUCCUCGACACUUUGCAGUUGGGCAGCAGUCUGAGCUUGCGUGCCUCCGCUCGCAUGUCGGCAACGAUGAGCGUCCUGGACUACGUGGGCAUAGGCUCUAGCCUCAGCGUGCGCAACGCCAGCAAGAUUGGUUCUAGACUCAGCAUUAUCGACUUCUUGAAGAUUGGCAGCUCCGUCAGCGUCCGUUCCUUCACUCGUAUCGGAAGUGGCAUCUCCGCCGCCGGUCUCGGCGCGGUCGGAAGCUGCUUGAGGCUGUCGGUGAUCCAGCAAGCUGCUCUGGGAUCUAGCUUGAGCGUGCGUGCGACACAGCGUCUCGGCAGCAGGGCUAGUGUGUUCAGCUUCUUACACUUGGGCAGCAGCUUGAGUGUGCGCAACUGCGCCAACAUCGGCUCGUCGCUCUCGGUGGCGGGAACUAGCGCACAACUGCGCACUCGCUUCUCCGUGUUGGGAAGCGUGCACUUGAGCUCCAGUUUGUCGAUCCGCUCGUUUGCUCGGUUCGGUGACAAGCUUUCCGUGCUCAACUAUGCGCAGAUCGGAUCUAGCACCAGCUUGCGCAACUUCUUGCGUGUUGGCUCCAGCAUGUCUGUGGCCAAGAGCGCAGUGUUGCAAGACAGCGUUUCCAUCAUGAUGCAGGUAAACCUCGGCUCUUCGCUCUCUGUGCGCAACAGCGCUCGCGUCGGAAAGCGCAUGUCAGUUUUGGACUUUAUGCAGGUUGGCAGCGCUAUUUCGGUGCGCAGCUUCUUGAGGUGCGGUUCUUAUUGCAGUGUCGCCGGCAAGUUCCGAUUCAGCGGAGACCUGUCCGUGAUCAACCACACCAACAUCGGCAGCUCGUGCAGUGUGCGCAGCUUUGCCCGGUUCGGCGAGAGCCUGUCUGUGCUCAACUACGCGGUGAUCGGCAGCUCGCUCUCGACGCGCGCGUUCACGAGGUGCGGAUCGAGCUUGUCCGUCCUCGGCUGCUUCCGAACGGGCGGAUCCGUGAGUGCCUUGGACCAGGCUCACUUGGGCAGCAGCUUGAGUGUGCGAUGCAGCGCUCGCUUUGGCAGCCGAAUGUCGGUUUUGAACUACUCGAGCUUGGGCAGCAGUUUGAGUGUGCGCAGCGUGACUCGCGUCUCGUCGUGCGCCUCGGUGCUCGGCUACUUGCAGCUCGGCAGCAGCUUGAGCGUUCGCGCAUCUGGCAAGAUCGGUAGCCGAUGCAGCGUCCUCAGCUUCGUGGACUUUGGAAGUUCCGCGUCCAUCCGCAGCUUCGUUCGCGUCUCGACCAGCGUGUCCGCUCGCGGCUUGUUUGCUGCAGGAUCGGUCUACCAGCUCUCCGUGAUCGACAAGAUCAACUUGGGCUCGUCGUUGUCGGUGCGCAGCGUCUCUCGCUGUGGCAGCCGCGUGUCGGUCUUCAGCUUCCUCGAGUUGGGAUCCAGCGUGAGCAUGCGUGCAGUCUCGCGUCUCGGCUCCAGUUGCUCGGUACUCGGAGCUCUCUCCGCCGGUGCGGAAUGCUCGGUCUUGAACCAGGUUAACAUGGGCUCUUCACUCUCCAUCCGCAGCUUCACGAAGUUCGGAAAGAACCUGAGUGUCCUGGACGUCGUCACCAUCGGUUCCGGCCUCUCGUUGCGCAGCUUCAUGCGUUUGGGCAGCGGACUGUCGGUUACGGAAACUACCAGGUUGGGUUGCCAGUUGUCCAUCAUCAGCCAGCAACACUGCGGUAGCAGCUUGUCGGUUCGCGCUCACUCGCGCUUCGGUGAUCGCGUCUCCGUCUUCAACAUGAUGGCCUUGGGCAGCAGCUGCUCUGUGCGCUCAGUGAUGCGGACCGGAAAGGCGAUCAGCGUUCUCGACUACGCCAACGUCGGUAGCUCCAUGAGCCUUCGCAGUGUGGCGAAGUUCGGCAAGUGCAUCAGCAUUUUGCAGUUUGUCGAUUGCGGCAGCGGAAUGUCCUUGCGAAGCUUCAUGCGAUUGGGCUCCACAGUGAGCGUCCUUGGCCUCACCCGGGUUGGAUCGCUCCACAACGUCAGCGUGAUCAACGCAGCACUCUGCGGAAGCUCGCUCUCGGUGCGCAGCAUCGUGCGCUUCGGCUCCAAUUUGUCGGUCUUGACCUUCGCUAGCAUCGGAUCUGGCCUUUCGCUCAGAUCGUUCAUGCGCUUCGGCAGUGGCUUGUCCGUUACUAGCGCGUUCGACUUGGGCUCUGACCUCAGCAUCAUGAGCCAAGUGCACCUUGGCAGCUCGCUCUCCGUGCGUGGCAUCGGCCGCCUCGGCUCGCGCGCUUCACUGUUGGAUGUUUUGCAGCUCGGCUCCACGAUGAGCUUGCGUCAGUUCAUCCGCUUAGGGUCUUCGUGCUCGGUUGCGGGUCCGAAGUUCCGUGCGGGUACGAACGUCAGCGCAUUGGACUUCGUCCACAUGUCUAGUUCCUGCUCGAUCCGGUCGUUCACUCGGUUCGGCGCCAAGCUGUCCGUCUUGGACUUCGUCAUGCUCGGCAGCUCCACUUCAGUACGCAGCUUCGCACGCUUCGGAUCGUCCUUGUCCGUGCAAGGAACGCACGUGUCGCUCGCAACGCGCAUCUCAGUUUUAGACCAGACGGAACUGGGCAGCUCCUUGUCCGUCCGUUCGGUUGCCAGAAUCGGAAGCCGUGCUAGCGUCUUGAGCUUCUUGAACUUGGGAAGCAGCAUCAGCGUCCGUCAGGUCGCUCGCUUCGGCAGUGGCCUCUCGAUUGUCGGAAAGAUGGGUGGCUCUAGCUCCUUAUCGAUCGUCGAUCAGGUGAGGUGCGGAUCCUCUUUGUCUCUGCGCAGUCACAUGCGUGCGGGCAGCAGAAUGUCGGUCUUGGAUCUCUGCCACUUGGGCAGCUCCGCUUCGUUGCGCUCGUUCUCGCGACUCGGCUCUUCGGUGAGCGUCCACGGCUUGACGGCGGUGGGCUCCGUACAGAAGAUGAGCGUCAUCUGCUGGGCACACCUGGGAAGCAGCUUCAGCGUGCGCAGCUUCGCACGCUUCGGUUCCACCUGCUCUGUGCUCAACUACGUGGCUAUCGGAUCCUCCGUUUCGCUCCGCAGCGUCAUUCGAUUCGGCUCCAGCGUCAGCGCCUACGGCAACGCGCAGGUCGGCCAGCGACUGAGCGUUUUGAGCUUCGCACAAUUGGGUUCCUCACUUUCCGUUCGUAGCAUCGUCAGCUGCGGCAGCCGCGCUUCGGUGCUUGAGUUCUUGCAGUUGGGCAGCAGCAUUUCGUUGCGCAGCAUGUCUCGCAUGGGUUCAUCCUUGUCGGUUGGGGCUGGCGGCGUCAACCUCCCCAGACUCUCAGUUCUAGAUUCCGCUGCGCUCGGAAGCAGCUUGAGCAUGCGAUGCUUCGGACGAUUCGGAAGCUCCCUGAGCAUGGCACAGUUCCUCAAUGUCGGCAGCAGUUUGUCUAUUCGUCAGUACUCGCGUAUGGGCUCUUCGGUCUCGGUGCUCAAGGGCGCUCGCCUAGGUGAGUCUCUGUCUCUGGUACAACAGGCGCAUUGCGGUAGCUCGCUCUCCGUACGUGGGUACAGCCGAUGCGGCAGCCGAGCCUCCGUGCUCGACUUCCUCAACCUAGGCAGCUCGAUCAGCUUGCGUGCCAUGAGCCGUCUCGGCAGCUCGCUCUCCGUGAGGGACGGCUUGAACGUCGGUGUCGGCUUGUCCGUCAAGGAUGCGUGUCAGGUAGGAACUACGCUGACGGUGAAGAGCUUUGCUCGAUUUGGAUCUCGCGGAUCCGUACUGAACUUAGUGAACAUCGGAAGCAGCCUGUCGAUGCGCAGCUUCGUGCGUCUGGGCAGCACUCUGUCCGUCCGCGGAGUGGUGGAACUCGGCUCUGUCGCCAAGUUGUCUGUGGUUACCUACAUCAACAUGGCGUCGUCACUCUCUUUGCGCAACUUCGCACGCCUCGGCUCCGGUCUCUCCGUCGCCGCUAGCAUGCGAAUGGCAGAGCAGUGCUCCGUGGCGAACUUGGUCAACCUCGGCAGCUCCUUGUCGGUGCGCAGUGUGUCCAGAAUGGGCUCGCGCGCGUCUGUCUUGGACGUUAUAGCUUUGGGUAGCAGCGUUUCCCUGCGUGCCUUCGUGCGCAUGGGCAGCAGCGUGUCGAUCCACGGAAUCGUGAACAUCUCCUCUUUGCAGAAGCUCUCCAUCGUGCAGUACACGAACUUGGGCAGCACUUUGAGCUUGCGCAGCCACUCUAGAUUGGGCUCUGCUUUGAGCGUGCUGGAGGCGCACCAUCUGGGAUCGUCCUUCAGUUUGCGUUCCUUCACCCGUCUCGGCAGCGCCAUGAGCGUCACGAGCAAAUGCCGCCUCGGCAAGGACCUGUCCGUCCUCAGCCGUGCGCAUGUCGGAAGCAGCUUGUCAGUGCGCUCCGUCAGCCGCCUGGGCAGCCGCGCCAGCGUCCUCGACAUGCUCCAGCUCGGAAGCACCAUCAGUUUGCGUGCGGCCACGCGGUUCGGCAGUGGCGUGUCCGUUUUGGGCGUUGCUCGAUUGAGCGACUCCAUCAGCGUACUCAGCCACGCGCACUGCGGCAGCUCCCUGUCGGUGCGCAGCGCCUUCAAGCUCGGAGAUCGUCUCAGCGUCAUCGACCACCUGCAACUCGGCAGCAGCUGCAGCGUCCGUUCUACGGCUCGUUGCGGUUCUCGCAUGAGCGUCCUAAGCUUCUCUGAUCUGGGCUCCACAGUCUCGAUCCGCGCCUUCUCGCGCAUGGGCUCUGGACUUUCAGUUACAGGCGCAUUGCGCGCUGGCAGCCGAUGCUCGAUCUUGGAUGCCGUGCAGCUCGGCAGCACAUUAAGCGUUCGCAGCUUCACUCGCGUGGGCUCGAGCCUCUCUGUGCUAGACGCGAUUGCGCUGUCCUCGAGCAUGAGCGUCCGCGACUUCGCAAGAUUCGGUAGCCGUUGCUCGGCACUCUCCUUCGUGCAUCUCGGAAGCAGCAUGUCCUUGCGUUCCUUCACACGACUGGGAAGCAGCCUGAGUGUUGUCUCUAGCGCUCGUAUCGGCCAGAACUUGAGUUUGGUGCAGUACACCAACGUUGGAUCGUCUUUGAGUAUCCGUCAUGCAGCUCGCGUCGGCAGCCGUAUGUCUGUGCUCGACUUCAUGAACAUCGGCAGCUCGGUCUCCACGCGCUCGUACGUGCGCGUUGGCUUGGCCUGCAGCGUGAAGGGCUUGCUCGCGUGCGGCUCCGUCAUGAACGCUUCGGUCAUUGAGCGUGUGAACCUCGGUUCGUCGCUCUCGAUCCGUAGCGCCGGGCGCCUGGGAUCUCGCGCUAGUGUCCUCAGCUUCUUGGAGUUGGGCAGCAGCAUCAGUUUGCGACAGUUAGCGCGCUUCGGUUCCUCGUGCAGCGUUGCCGGAGACGGCAUUCUGAUGGGCCGUGCGUCGAUCCUGUCGCAUGCGGAGCUCGGAAGCAGCCUUUCCGUGCGUUCUACCAGCAGAUUCAGCGGAAGUUUGUCGGUAUUGACGUUCACACAAAUGGGAAGCUCGCUGUCGCUCCGCAGCUUCAUGCGCUUCGGCAGCAGCUUGUCUGUCGUUGACAAGGCACGCUUGGGCAGCGAGAUUUCGGUGUCCGCAGUAACGAACCUGGGCAGCUCGCUUUCUGUGCGCUCGCUCGUUCGUUGUGGAAGCCGCGCUAGCGUUCUCCACUUCGUGCAGUUGGGCAGCUCAGUCAGUCUCCGGGCCUUCUCUCGGUUCGGAUCCGGCUUCUCAGUUGCGGGUACGGGUGAACACGUCUUGCAGGGAGCACUCUCGGUCGCCACCUUGGCAACCGUUGGCAGCAGCUUGUCGGUGCGUGGCUUCGUGCGCUGCGGCAGCCGCGCCAGCAUCUUGCAGUUCUUCGAGCUCGGCAGCAGCAUGUCAUUGCGUGCAGCAGUACGCCUCGGCAGCUCCGCAUCCGUCAUUGGUCUCUGCGCCUUCGGCAGCGUGAACAAUUUGUCCGUGAUCGCACACACGCACAUGGGCUCCAGCCUCUCUGUGCGUUCUGUUAGUCGCAUGGGCAAGCGUGCCAGCGUGCUGGACUUCUUGAACUUGGGCUCUACGAUCUCUGUUCGUCAGACUCUGCGCAUCGGCAGCAGUAUUUCGGUGUUGUCUAGUGGACGCGUCGGUCAAGACCUCUCCGUCAUCCAAGCCGUGCACCUCGGCAGCUCGUUGAGCGUGCGCUGCCGUGCCACCAUGGGCAGCCGCUGCAGCGUGCUGAACCAACUGCACCUGGGCUCCACGCUCUCUCUGCGCGCGGCUAUGCGAUUCGGAAGCGGAAUUUCGCUCUACGGCGCCAUUCCGGGUGUCGGGGAGAAGAUGUCUGUGCUCGAGCAAACGCACUUGGGCAGCUCGCUCUCAAUCCGCGCAACAUGCAGAAUCGGCAGCCGCGCGAGCGUCCUGUCUUUCUUGCACCUUGGCUCCACGAUUUCGGUCCGUGCUCUGGCCCGUGCCGGAAGCAGUGUGUCCGUCUGCGGCCUCACAGCUCUGGGAAGUUGCUUGAAGCUCUCAGUGAUCCAGCAAGUCGCUCUGGGCAGCUCCUUGUCUGUCCGAUCUACUGGCCGCCUCGGCUCUCGCAUGAGCAUCUUCAACCUGUGCGCACUCGGAUCUUCGGUCAGUCUGCGCUCGGCCAGUCGCAUGGGCAGCAGCGUCUCCGUCAAUGCCGCUAUGGAUGUGGGUGGAAAACUCAGUGUCCUGCAGAACGUCCUGAUCGGCAGCAGCAUGAGCAUGCGUUCCACGGUGCGUUUUGGCAGCCGCGCAAGCGUCCUCAACUACGUCACUUGCGCUAGUGGCAUUUCGCUCCGAUCCUUCACUCGCUUCGGCAGUGGAUUGUCCGUCAACAGCUCAGUACGAUUGGGCACCAACUUGAGUAUCCUGAGCUUCGUUAGCAUGGCCUCCGCAUGCUCUGUGCGCAGCACUCAGCGUCUCGGUAGCCGUGCAUCCGUUUUGGAUGUCUUGAACCUAGGAAGCAGCAUUUCGUUGCGCAGCUUUGUCAGAAUCGGAAGCUCGUUCUCGAUCGCAGGUAACAUGCGCUUCGGCAGCAUGCACACAGUGUCGGUCGUGCAUCACACGCAUCUCGGAUCCUCUCUCAGCGUGCGUUCCACGUUUCGAUGUGGCAGCCGUGCCAGUAUCAUCAGCUUCUUCGAGUUGGGCAGCAGCGUCAGCUUGCGCCAGUUCGCACGCAUGGGCUCGACCAUGUCAGCCGCAGGAGCAGUGAAGCUCGGCAACACGAUGUCGCUGUUGAGCUACGUGCACUUCGGCAGCACCAUGUCUGUGCGCGCCUCUGUGCGUGCUGGAUCUCAGCUCUCUAUCCUGAACUACUUGAAUCUCGGCUCGUCGCUCUCCGUCCGAAGUAUUCUCCGUGCCGGCUCUCGCGCCAGCGUGCUCGAGUUCUUGGCACUCGGCAGCACGAUCUCCGUCCGCAGCUUCACGCGCAUCGGCAGUGGAGUUUCGGUUGCAGGCGCCGCUAACAUUGGUGGCCGCAUCUCAGUGAUUCAAACUGUAAACCUCGGAAGCUCGAUCUCGUGUCGAUCUGCCUCGCGCCUGGGUUCCAGACUGAGCGUCCUCGACUACCUGAACUUGGGCUCCAGCAUCUCCGUUCGCGCACAUUGCCGCGUCGGAAGCACGUUGUCCGUUGCCGGUGGCAGCAACGUCGCAGGCAUGCUCAGCGUGAUCGGACGUGUAGAUACGGGGGACCUACUCAGCGUGAAGGGCAACACGCGUCUUGGCAGCCGCGCCUCCGUGUUCAACAUGUUAGCACUCGGCUCUUCAUGCUCCGUGCGCGCGUUCACUCGCCUUGGCUCCAGCAUCUCCGUAGCCGGUGUAACCGCAGUUGGAUCCGUCCAGCGUCUGUCUGUGGUCGACAAGACGAACUUGGGGUCGUCGCUGUCCGUCCGUGGAAUCGUCCGCUUGGGAAGCCGCGCCUCCGUGCUCGACUUCCUCACCCUAGGCAGCAGCGUGAGUGUUCGCGCCAUGUCACGACUUGGCUCCAGACUCAGCGUCUACGCUGAUACCAAGUUUGGCGGCCACUUGAGUGUCAUGAACGAGAUUACACUUGGCAGCACUUUGAGCUUGCGCUCUCGCGUCAGCACUGGUGGAAAGCUGAGUUGCCUCAGUUACACUCAUAUGGGCAGCGGAUUGUCUAUUCGUGCGGCGCUUAGAAUCGGCAGCCGCGCUUCGGUCCUGGAUUUCAUGCAGAUGGGAAGCAGCUUCUCCUUGCGUAACGCUGUGCGCUUCGGCAGUACGUGCUCCGUCGCAGGUAGCUUGAACGUGGCCACCAAGGUCAGCGUCUUGAACGCUUGGACCAUCGGAAGCAGUUUGAGCACUCGUGGCUUCGCCAGGUUUGGCAGUUGCCUCAGCAUUGUCAGCUUCGCGCAGUGCGGUAGCAGUUUGAGUGUGCGCAGCACUACGAAAUUGGCAUCUACGUGCUCCGUUGUGGAUUACCUCAGCAUUGGAAGCAGUCUCAGUGUUCGUGGAAUAGGCAAGUUCGCUAAGGCCAUCUCCGUCAUCGACCUCGUGAACAUCGGAAGCUCGCUUUCGUUGCGCAGCGCUACUCGUUGCGGCAGCCGCGUCAGCGUGCUCAGCUACUUCAGCUUGGGCAGCUCAUUGUCGGUACGCAGUGUCCAUCGUUGCGGCAGCCGCGCAUCCGUGCUUGAAUGCUUCACUCUAGGCAGCACGGUCUCGGUUCGCGCCUUCGUCAGACUCGGCAGCACUUUGUCGCUACAGGCCACUGGUAACCGUGUUGGACAGGACUUGUCCAUCUUCGGCAGCAUGGCUCUCGGCAGCUCUCUCAGCGUGCGCAACACCAUGCGCAUCGGCAGCCGCGCUUCCGUCCUCGAGAUCUUACAACUUGGUUCCACUGUCUCCUUGCGCGCCUUCAUGCGUUUAGGCUCCACAGUGUCUGUGGCCGGGCUUACGCGCGUCGGCAGCUUGGCGCAGAUGAGUAUCGUCAGCUACAUCCAAUUGGGAAGCUCAUUGUCGAUCCGAAACGUCUCAAGAUGCGGUAGCAGAGCCAGCGUGUUGGACUUCCUAACCUUGGGUUCCACAUGCUCGGUUCGAUCCACUACCAGACUCGCCGGAUCCAUCAGUGCGCUUUCAUACGCACACGUACUUUUUGCUUAUUAUAAAUAUAGAUACAUACAUUUCUUGUUGACUUUGUUUCUACUUCGUUCUUCUAGCGAUACUAGUUCUACCUUCUCAAACAGAAUCAUCAUCUUAUCGGUGUUCCAAUUGCAACUCAACAGCAACAAGCAAUUUGAAUUUCAUCUAACUACUUAUCAGUACUAGAACUCUAGACAAGCGCAUGUGGUCAACAACCAACUCCAUCGCACCAAUAAAAAAACUACAGUUCGGCUCUACCUUGUCUGUUCGUGGUGCAGUCCGUCUUCCGAAGCAAGUUUCGGUGGUCGAGUUUGCCAGUCUUGGAUCGUCGCUCAGCAUCCGAUGCACUAGUCGCUUAGGCAGCCGUGCUUCGGUCCUGGACACGUUCCAACUGGGCAGCACGAUCUCUAUCCGCGCUUUCACAAGACUUGGCUCCUCAGUCAGCGCAGCUGGCGUUGCUCGCUUCGGCACUUGCGCUUCUGUGGGUGCAGCUAUCCAGGCUGGAACAACGUUCAGCGUUAGGGAAACAGUCAGAAUGGGAUCUCGAUUGAGCGUCUUGCAGACAUCCAUGUGCGGAUCCGCAUUGAGCAUCCGAAGCUUCGUCAGGUGUGGCUCAGCACUUAGCGUCCACGGAUUCUUCACAUGCAGCAGUGUUCACGCACUCUCAGUGGUCAAAUAUGUCCAUUGCGCAUCAAGUCUAAGUGUGCGCUCGGCGGGACGGUACUUUCUUAAUACAAUCAGAUUAUUGAGAUAUCGAGUUUCUACGAUUAAGAAUAAGAUCGCAUUUACAACAAAGUCAUUCUUCUGGUUCUAAGUCAUCUAAGAAGGUAGUAUAACAGCAAGUAGAUGAUAAUCACGUGAUUUUUACAUUUAUCCAACCAGGUUCGGCUCUCGCGUGUCCGUCUUUAAUGCAUUGGCGCUCGGAAGCACGCUUUCCUUGCGUUCUAGCCUACGACUGACUGGCACGGUUAGUGUUGUUGAUGCCGCCUUCUUCGGCUCGACCCUGUCGCUGCGUUCUAUUGCUCGCAUGGCUUCUUCGGUCUCCGUCUUCAAGGGCCUCAGAGUGGGAACGGACAUGUCCGUCCUAGAUAGCGUCGCACUAGGCUCAAGCUUGAGCGUCCGCGGUGGCGUGCGCAUGGGUGCGAGGGCUAGCGUAUUAGACUACCUGCAACUUGGAUCCACAAUUUCCGUGCGUGGUAUGGUCCGAUGUGGCUCACAGAUGUCCGUGUUAGGACUAGCAAGAGUUGGCAGUUGCUACGCGAUUUCACUCCACAGCUGCCUCAACAUUGGAAGCUCCUUGUCAGUGCGCAGCAACUUCCGAAUCGGAGCAAGGGUACUGAAAUUUUUCUGUAACUACUGCCGCAUUUGUGAGAUAGAAUGGGCAUGAAUUUGAUUUUAAAUUGAAUAUUUCAUUAUUCCCAAUGAAUUGCGAAUUUACUAUUACUACAUCUAUCACAUCAUUUUGAUUUUCCCAAACCCCAAAACCACACCACAGUGUUCCGUACUGGAUUUGAUGAACUUGGGCAGCAGCUUGAGCGUCCGAUCUACUGGCACAAUUGGAUCGCGCGCAUCUGUCCUCAACUUCCUAGACCUGGGAAGCAGCGUCAGCGUGCGUAACUUCAUUCGCAUCGGCAGCGGACUCUCCUGCGCUUCUACCGCCAACAUCUACGGCCGCAUGUCAGUCUACAAGAUUGUCAAUGUGGGCAGCACUCUGUCGCUACGUAGCUUCAUGCGAUGCGGAAGCGCACUCUCAGUGCUCGAUAGCUGUUGCUUCGGAUCUACGGUGAGCGUUAGGGCGUUCACACGGGUCGGAUCCGGAGUCAGUAUCUCUGGCACGACGCACAUCGGAAGCUGCUACAAGCUCUCCGUCAUCAACAUGGUUGGCAUCGGGUAAGAAGAUUUUAACUUCGUCUUUGACAUAACGGGAAGCUUUGAAAACAUUCACAUUUUUGAAGCCAAACCAAUGAAAAUAUUAAGAAAAUGGGUAGAAUAAAGAAUGAUAGUACUUCAUUCCUUAUUCUGACUUUUAGUAACUGCUGUGGUUCAUCUACGACAGGCCAUCCUAUUGUAAACUAUUCACGCAGAAGAAUACAAUCACCCAUAAUUAAUGCACAAAAAAAAAACCACCCUCUUCAGAUCUUCGUUGUCUGUUCGUCAUACGGGAAGAUUCGGAUCUAGAGCGAGCGUCUUUGACACUCUCAACUUGGGAAGCUCGCUUUCCAUGCGCUCCACAACGCGUAUGGGCAGCCGCGCAUCCGUGCUCAGCUUCUUGGCUGUUGGUAUGAUGAUCUCUUGCUACUAUGUACUUACUUACUUACAACAAGAAUGAUUCUUUACUUCUUGAUAAAGAUAUAAGAUUUGAAUUUGAUUAUCAUGGACAAGCUUGAAAGAGUACCCUACUUGGUUCGAAUUGGUAAAAGAUCUUCACGACAACAACCAAACUCUAACUAAACUCUUAGGUUCCUCCUUAUCCGUUCGUGCCGUUACUCGAUUCGGCAGUUCUGUUAGCAUCGUCGCAACAACACGCGUUGCCGCACAGCUUUCGUUCUUCAACCAUAUGCUGAUUGGUAGCACGAUGUCCAUCCGAAGCUACGUGCGUCUCGGCAGCAGCAUCUCCUGUACUGGCAGUCUGCGUGUUGGCAAGACCUCAGGCGCUGACUCGACGGUGAGUAUUGUCGAUCGCGGAUUGAUGGGCUCCAGCCUGUCGACCAGAUCCUUCAAGCGAUUGGGCAGCGCUUUGAGCGUCUACGGAAGAAUGGCGUGUGGAUCGAACAUGAGUAUCCUGAACUUCGUCUCCAUGGGAAGCAGUUGUUCGGUACGAUCUGCAUCGCGCGCAGGAGGAAGAGUGUCAGUCUUCAACAUGCUGGCACUUGGUACAACAAUAAUUUUGAUUUUCUUGUUCGAGAAUGAUUUCUUCAUGUUGUUGCAUACAAACAAAUAGAUACAACUAAGUCAUCUGAAAAAAGUCAUCUGAAACUGAAUACAAUCACGAAACUGAACAUCUCCUGACCACAUCUUCCAAAUCUCACUUGAAACCCCUACUCAUCGCACCACCACAGGUUCCAGCAUCUCUGUCCGCUCCUUCUCCCGAUUCGGAUCGGGUCUCAGUAUCAGCGGAUUGACUCGUGCCGGUAGCAGCUAUGCCCUCUCCGUUGUCAACAGAGCUAACCUCGGAAGCGCCUUGAGCUUGCGAUCGUUCUCGCGAUUCGGAUCGAAGGUGUCUAUCCUCGAUUACACGGCUCUUGGCUCCAGCUGCAGCGUCAGAUCCACGGCAAGAUGCGGUUCUAGGGUCUCUGUCUUCAACAUGCUCACGCUCGGAUCCUCGCUCUCAGUCCGUACUGAAAAUUUUCUACUUUCGUUGACACUUAUAAGCUUUGUCUGGUGUGUGUAGAAGUUUGAUGUCUACAACUACAUCUACGACAACACCUUGCAUUCAAUGCUAAAGACUAGUAGAUGAAUUGAAUAUAAUAAAAACAUCUACAAUUCACUCCCAACCAAUCCUCCUACAACUACAGGCCGUUCCACCAAACUCGGAGCUGACUUCUCGAUCACCGACUUCUUGCACCUUGGUUCGUCCUUGAGUGUGCGUAGUGCUGGUCGUGCGGGUAGCCGCCUGUCGAUCCUGGACACCGUAGCCUUAGGCUCCUCUCUAUCAGUGCGAGCAACAAGCCGAUAUGGAAAGCGCAUUAGUGUCCUGGAUACGUUCAACCUAGGAAGCUCCCUGUCUGUCAGAUCUACUGCCAGCAUGGGAUCUAGAGCUUCCGUGCUGAACUUCUUGAACGUGGGAAGCAGCGUUAGCUUGAGGUAGACUUUCUUGUGUCCUUAGAGGAUGGAAUGGGAACCUUUAUUUUCUUUAGACCAAAGAACAAAAAUACCUCUGCUGGUCAAUGACCUUGAUCACUCAAAAUGACAAAAAUCUUCCUCUGAAAAAACAACAGGUCCUUCGUCCGCCUGGGCAGCUCAGUUUCCAUGAAGGGUGCGGCUAUUAUGUCUGAUGGCCGAUUGUCCGUCACACAGUGCACGAAUCUCGGAUCUUCGCUUUCAGUUCGCAGCGUCGCUAGGUGCGGCUCGCGUGCCUCAGUGUUGCAAUUCUUGCAGUUGGGAAGCUCGAUGUCCGUCCGCCAGUUCUUGCGAUGCGGUAGCACUGCUAGCGUAAUCGGACUCACAGCACUUGGUUCAUGCUUGAACCUGUCAGUGAUCCAGUACACGACACUGGGAUCGUCGUUGAGCGUCAGGUACGCAGACUGUUUUCUUAUGCAAGAAAUUGAAAUUAUAGUACGAAGAUCUCUGCCACGGUCUCCUGAUCAUGGUAAAAAUUCCACUUCAAUGCAAGAAGUAGUAUCUCCACCAUCAAAUACAAUCUACUAUAACUGCAUCGAAAACGAAAACCAUUCUCCCAACUCAACUACUACAGGUCCACGAGUACGCUGGGGGCAAGAGCAUCAGUGUUCAACUUCUUGAACGUGGGCUCUUCCGUUAGUCUCCGAUCUAUGGCACGCUUCGGUUCAGGUAUUUUUAUUAGGGUUGUGAUAAAUAUUUCUCCUUCAGGUUCAGACAGUCUAGCUAAGUCGUGCACACGCAACGAUGAAACAAUUUAAUCUUUCUUCUCUUCAUAAGCACAACCUCAUCAACAUCAUCACCCCCUCAACCACCAACAAAACAGCUCUCUCCGUCGCUGGCUCCACUGUUGGCGGCGUGAAGAUGUCAGUAUUGGAUGCAGUUGCAUUGGGAUCAUCGCUCUCCGUUAGAAGCACUGCCAGAUGCGGUAGCAGGGCAUCCGUCUUCAGCUACUUGCAUCUAGGGUCAACGGUCAGUCUGCGAGGAUUCGCCAGAUUAGGCUCGUCGCUCUCCGUCACAGCCGGUGAAACACGACUCGUCGGAACGAUGUCGGUAAGAAACACUUAAAUGUCUUCUCACGACAUGUUGUAGUUUAUCCAUGACUUACUGGGCUAGUAGCACAACAUGAGAAAUAGAUGCAAGUUCUUUUUGGUGAAAAAAUCUGACUUUCCUAUAAUUCCCUUAGCACCAACUGAAAGGAACCAAAAAACUAGGUGUACGACCGCGUCGCCAUGGGCAGCUCCUUGUCUGUCCGUAGUGUUACACGUAUGGGAAGCAGAGCAUCAGUGAUGAAUAUGCUAGCAUUGGGCAGCAGUAUCAGCGUACGACAGUUCGCUAGAUUUGGCAGCUCACUCAGCGUUGAGGGCACAGUUCGCAUGAGCUCGUGCUUGUUGCUUUCCGUCUACAACGCCUGCAACCUCGGAUCCAGUUUGUCUGUGAGGGGAAUGACUAGGUAAAACAAUAAUGUUUCUAGUGGAAUGAAGUGUUUGUUCUUGUUGUCAAUGACUGGUAAAUGAAAGAAGACUCUUUCAUGAGCAUGACUACUUCCUAUGUAGAAUCAUCCGGACAUCAUCAUCCUCCAUGGUUUUUCUUCCGGACAACAAACCAACCACAAUGGUUUUUCUUCCCCAUCCUCGUCUUCAACACUCUAUCUCUCUUCAGACUCGGCAAGCGCACAAGUGUCUUCGACACUUUGGCUCUUGGCAGUUCGGUCUCGAUCCGCAGCUUCGUCCGACUGGGUAGCACUUUGUCUGUGAAAACGAAGGCCAACAUCGGAAGCACCAUGAGCGUCCUCCAAGCAAUUGCGAUUGGUAGUUCCCUGUCCGUCCGCGCAGUCGCCAGGUUCGGAAAGAGUUUGUCGGUGCUGGAUUCGGUUAACUUUGGUUCCGCACUCUCCAUGCGUUCCUUCACGCGUCUCGGCAGCUCCAUCAGCAUUGCAGGUUCCGUGGCGAACAGCGUGAACACGAACGCCAGCAUCCACGACUACACGUUGUUGGGUAGUACGUUGAGUGUCCGAUCAGCGGCCAGAUUCGCAAGCAGAGCAAGCGUCUUGAACUUCGUCAAUGUCGGAUCGUCAUUGUCGAUGCGCUCCUUCUCGCGCAUGGGUGGUAGAGCAUCCGUACUAGAUUGCCUGAACCUGGGAUCAACGUUCUCGGUGCGAAGCUUUGCAAGGUACUACUGAAGUAUUCUAUCCUCCACAUAUUAAGUCUAUUAAGUCAAUCCAACCUCCUGCAGCUUCACUCCCAACCUCCAUCAAAAAACUUUUGACCAUCUUGUCUAAGUCACAAACUGCAGCUUCACUCCCAACCUCCAUCAAAAAACUUUUGUGACCAUCUCUGUCAAAACAGGCUUGGAAGCAGUCUCUCCGCUGUCGGAGAAGUCCGUAUCAACGACAAGUUGUAUAUUGGCGGUUCCGCUAUUGAGAAUUCGUCGAACACGAUGAAAUUGUAUCCGAACUACGCUUCCAACAAGGCAGGCAUCUCGAUGACCUACAGCAGUGGCGCUGUCGCAGGUACCUUGCACGGAACGUGGUCCGCGGAUAGCACCGUGAGCACAUCCGAUCGACGAAGGAAGAGAGACAUCAAACCCCUCUACCAAGAGUUGUUGCAAGUCGCACCAAGGAACGAUAAGGCGUUGGCGCUGUAUGAUGAAGGUAAUUCAUUUUAGAUUUCUUUGUUUGCUUUUUACCUCCGUAAGUAAACAUCACACUUGAGUAUCUCCACGUUGGUGUAGUUGUACACUAGACAGGAGAUACACCACGAAAGAUUAAAAACCAAAAAGCAAAAACAUCAUUCAACAAUGUCAACCUUCUCCUCCCGGCCAACAUCAACAGGCCGCAUCGCUGAAGCAAAGGAAGCUACGGUGAUUCACGUAUUACGUGAACUACGACCAGUAAGCUUUAAAUACAAGCGUGCAGCUGAAUCGAAAUACAGCCGAUACGGUUUCAUCGCACAGGAGAUGGAAGACGUACUACUUCUAUAAUGCUUAUAAAAUAUAAUUCUUCGUAGCUGGUGGUGGUAGUUUCUUUUUCAAAACCAAGAGUUCUUGAAUAAAUUGGAUUCUUGUUUCUCCUUGAAGAAGACCAUGGACAUGGUAAACUAAAACCAUAAUCUUCCCAUAAUUCUUGUUCCUCCUUGAAGAACAAUGGAUGGUAAUUAACUCAAGAUUAUAAUGCCAAUUGGAGAUGAAGAUCAUCCUCGCACAGGUCCUUCCCAACGUCGUUGUGCGGAACGAGAUGGAUGGUAUGCUCCAACUCCGCGUGGACGAUUUGAUCGCAGUCGUAACCUUGGGCAUCCAGUCUCUCGAUCAGCGCAUCGUGCGUAUGGAGGCUGAGGUGGAAGACCUUAAGGAGAGAGUUGAUGUCAACUACGUUGAGAUGGACGACCGACUCAAGAGCAUCGAGUACGUGAUCCGACGAGCUUUGGCUGCGAGGAAAGAGAGGAGACUUGCAGCGGCUUCUCGCGCAGCGGAAGGUCGUCGAGCCAGUACAGGAACCACUUCAUCGGAACUAGUACAGGAACCACUUCAUGCGACGAACACGACGGAAGUAGAAGUUGUAACAACAACUAGUAGUGCUAGUUCAGCGGAAGAACAACAAGUAGAUGCUGCAUCAACAUCGUCUGCUAGAGCACAAGAUCAGCAAAAGGCUCAUCUGGAUGCAGCUAUGGUCGACGGAAAGAACGUCACAUCGACGACCGAAGUGGCUGAGAACGAUGCGCAGAAUGACAGCCACGAGACAGUGGCUUCUCGCGCAGCGGAAGGUCGUGCAGCUAGUACAGGAACCACUUCAUCGGAACUGUACAGUUGAGUUCGCAAGUAAGGCUAAUUUAUGAGUAGAAGAAAAUAGUGAUCUUCAUCUCGAGGGUCGCAUGAUGAGUCAAGAAUGGGCAUAAUUAGCAGCUCGAAGGUGGUUUGAGACCGCAAUACCAAUUGAAAAUGAGUCAACAGUCAACAUUUAAUGACAUGACAAGUAAUAUUUACGGAAUUGAAAGCAAUAAACAAGAUCAUGAUCUCCAGCAAAGGAGCAUCAAGAACAGUUGUACCUAUGUGUUUAUGUAGUGACAGAAGAGUUUCAGUUUCUUCACCUGAGUUCGAUAAUAAUCAAGAAGAACUGGGAUUCUUCGCAGCAAGAUUAGCUAUCUCACUAGAAGUGUCACCUCAUAUUUUCAAACGCACAGUUUGUAGUUUCAUACAUUUUUAGAUAAUAAUAGGGUAUAAUCUGGAAAAAUAUAAUUGAGAACGAUCCUCAUAAUGUUGUGUUAGUACUGUAAUUAUCAGUGUUAUAGAUGAAUUUGAAUUUAGGUAGUCGUACUAAAGGAUGGCUUACAACUUGAUAGAUAUGUUUUAUUUUGAAUAGUUAUUAGCUGUGAUCUACUGUCUGAGUUAGUAUAAAUUGUCGUCUAAUAAUAUAGCAAAUUCAAAUAUUAAUUCGUUUUCUUUUUCUCAGUUCACGAAGUCCGCCGUAUGCGGUUCAAUAUCAUAGUAACUAUUUGUCGCGUAAAAAGAUGAUCGCAGCACCAUUGCGAUCAUCAGAAAGUGAGUUGUAGUAUUGUUGUAUUGUUUAUCGUUAUGAUUGAUCGCUAUAAAAAUCGUUAUGUCUAUUUCUGUUCUUCUGAUUUAUUAUCUCGAAUUAUUCAAUCAUGUCAGUUCUAAAAAUCACAACAAAAAGUGGUAGAAAUAAGCAAUAAAAGAAUGGUAAUAAUAAUCAGGUAUUCUUGCUUGUUACAGUUGCAUUGUGGGCCGCCUGUGUUGGAGAGGGGUGUGUGUCUCUCUAUUAGAGGCAUACGACCGCGACCGAUGCGGGCUCACUUUUCUUGCAUGGUGAAUAUUAGUUAUCAAAAUAUCAAAAUGUCGCCACUCAUUUAAUCAUAUUAUCUUUCAUCAACAACAAAGUUCAAGAGUCUGCGGAUUCAAGAACCUAAAACAUCUAUUAUUUAGUAACUGCGAAUUCUAACAUCUUAACAGUUAGUAGAAUUAUUCUUAAUCGUCCUGUUCAGCGUUGAAAUAGUACCUAUUUAUUAUAGUCUUCAUGCCUCCUACGCGAUCAGCAUCCAAGAACCCCUUUGGUGUUGGUCGUUGUAUGAUCUUCAGUUUUAUUAGAAGAUUACCGCAAAAUUCGUACAUCCAAAUUUCAGAACUAUAUCAAUUCAUCUCUCAUCACACAAUUACAGUCGAGUUAAUACAGUAGGGAUUGGUAGAUUGCAUUCUCGUAAAACAGAUUCGUGUUGUCUACUGUCCUGAUCAUCUUCUUGCUGCUGGCAGCUACUAUUAGUCUACUUGUUACUUGUUAGUCCCUUAACAAUCCAAAUCACUUUCUUAGAUCCCAUGAUCAACUAGGGAGUAGCUUUAGGGCGGAAGGCAGUGCGGGGCCGUCCACUAUACUUGCGCUGUCUUCUUCUGUCUGCUUGGGGCAAAAUGGUGGAAGCGAUUACACGUUCAAGUAGAUUGAUAUGCAGUAAAAUCUUGAAGAGCAGGAUCAGCAAAAAUAGACACGACACUAGCCAGCGAGCCGCACUAUUACUUAUAGCAAAGCCACUAUAUUGAGGAUGCUCCCCUGGCAUUGUCACGACCAAGAAAGAGCUCUGACGUCCACUUUCAGGAGCCAGCUCGUGACAGUUGCAUCUACCUCCUACACAAAACACUCGCUAAUUUAAGAUGGUGCUUAAUAGAAACCUCACUGCACUCUCGUGUUGAUGACCUAAAUUCGCAAUUGCAGCUAAAAAAGGUUGAAUUGAACAGUUUGCUCUUCUUCAUCACUACAGGUAAUAUCUUCUAUAGAAACUACUUCAACAUCGAUCUACAUUGAGUUUUAGAUUUGGAAGCGAAACAUCAAUAACAGGAAUAUGAAGAAGUUUAGAGCAAUACAAGUGAAAUUCACGUCUUCGGUAUAUCGUAGUUUUACGUCUUACUCUUAAACAACAGGAGGAGCAACAAUUAGUUAUAAUUAAUCGUUCUAGAAUUUCAACAAUUUAUUUACCUGCUCAUCUUUUAGAAAAAUAAAGAUGAGAGGAGUCUUAAUCUUAAUCAUGAUAGCAUUCAUCAACCUCGAAGAAAGACCAGAUUGACAGAAGAUUUGACCCGGGACGGAGUGCUUCUAGGUAGUUUGUGAAAGAUACAUCGGCGUUAUUCAUUUGUUUUAGUGUCACACUGAAAAUCGAAUUUUUUAUCAUCGAACCGAACAAGAACAUCGAUCGUCGUAAGUAUUAGAUUCUGAUUAUUAGAUUUAUGGAGUUAUAUCUUCAAGAAAAAUCAGGCUGCGCCGGCCUACUAUGCCUUAGGGUCGUGAUGUUUUCUCCACAAGUGAGGAACCCACAUCUUUGGCAUAACAAAGGCAAGAAUUACUUCUACUAAGGUAUCAAUACAGUUUGAAGACAAAAUGGUAAGUACAACUACAGGUCGUUUUAUGAGAGGAAUUUUGAGAUUGUCAAGUAUUGAAAAGAAAACGCAUCAAUCAACAAAAGUAAGAAUCGAACGCAAAAAAAUAGGAUUUGAACAGUUUCACUAGCAAUUCUACAUCAAGAAAUUUCAGAAAAAGCUUCCGCGACCCUGUGGUGGACUAUUCGGACGGACGCGGGUGAUCGUGAUACGACAUUCACUUGGUUGGUUCCGUUUCCGACUCUCCUACAGUGCUAGAGACAUACAGUGUUCAGAUUAUUUUCU